GCAGCGAGCAGUCAGUCGGUCACGACGUCCCGGUGAGCGACUUCGUGUCUGCGUUUAUGCGCGUGUCUCUGUGUGUGUGUGCGUGUGAGCGAUCUAAUCGUUUUCCCGUGUGCACUACGUACACCGUAUAGUACGCGUUCACGUUCUCCGUUCGCGGGCCGUUGCCUACAAACACCGCCGGGCCAUCGCGCCCGGAAUAUUCACGCGUGACCGUAGUCCAAAUCAACAACUCUUGGACGGUGUUUUUUUUUUUUUUCUGUCACGUUUUGUGGCCGCCCGGCCGUUGGCCGCCGCGACUCGAAAACCCGCGUACUGCACUCGCACCCCGGCAGUGGCGGUUUUCUGCAGCAGUCUAUCCAUAAAUCUCGCGCUCGUCGACCCUCCAUCCGCUCCGCGACGAGGGUGGUUUUAUUAAAUUCCGAGUCGUAAUAUAUAGACGCGAUUAUCUGUACGACGACCCUUAAUCGCGUACUUAAAAAAAAAAAAUAUCCCCCUUUUUCAAAUCUCGAAACAACAAUCGCAGACCGUUGCGUGUACAAAUCGCCGUAGAUUUCGCCGUGCGAUUGUCGCAUCGCGAACGGCCGGAUUGUCGUAAAUAAAAAGACGCGGAUAUUAAAAAAGAAAAAGAACAAAAACAAAAAAAAAAUGAUCGUAAACGUAUCGUCGGUGGUCAUUACGGAUGAACGACACAGAAGUAAUUCCAUUGAAAAGCUCGGAAUGGCGGGACCACCGUCCACAUUGACGGUGUCUUCCGUAUUGCAGUGCGACAUUUGAUUAGCUGCUUCGAGUAUCCGUUGUCGUUACUCGGCAUGAUUCAGCCGACGCGGACGUCUUCGGAUGACGGCGACGACGGCGGAGACGAAGAGGACACGGGCGGCGGCGGCGGCGGAGACGCCGUCAGUAACGUGACGGUCAAGUGGCGAGCAUUCAUAGGACGUUACGAUCCAAGCUGUUCAGACGCGUCGAGCAAAUUGACAUCCGAUACGAUGAUGUUUGGGUUGUUGAUGUUCUUGAUUCCUUGCACGCUGGCCAACAUCACUUUCAGAGGUAAUAUAGUUUUUAAUUUUGUUUUUUUUUUUUUUUUUUUUUUAAUUCAUACAUCAAUAGUAGUUAAAUGUUAUAACAUAAUAUAGUGUAAGUUUACGGUUAGGCCGCGGAGGAGAGUACCGUCGGGGAGGAAUCGCGAUUAUCGUGUUAUUAUCGUAUUAAAUGUUUAUCUUAGCCAAUGCCACUGCGGAAUUGUUGUUAUGCGAAUGUACGCGGCGUUGCGCCCGGCGGCGUAGGGGCAGGCCCGGAACGCGCUCGGGGCUCUACUCCGAAAAUUACCGCGGUUUUCGUAUCAAACGCGACGUAAUAUUCACGGACAACUCGUAUGUCAUUUUGUCCGCGAGAUUAUUUCUAGCUACGGUCGCGCGCGGUCGUAUUAAUUGUUGACCGCGAUGGACGGCGACUAUGUAAAACGAACGAAAACGCCGUGAUAAUAGGACGCGUUACCGCACGGCAACAACGUUAUUGUCACAACAUAAUAUAAUAUUAUUGACGGCAUCGCGUACACGGGAAAAUUCCGUUCGGUUUUGAAUUACGGCGACGCAUAUGCUUACAAAAAAGGGGCGCGGGGGGGCGGGGGGCGGGAGGCCCUCGCCGGCCUCGGGUACCGCAUGCGGUCAUUAUGUAACGCGGUUUUUUCGUGGUUUUUUUUUUUCUCGUCAUAACGUAUUAUCGGUAUCCGCCGGGCGCUAUUUUUUUCCACCGUUUUCCAAAGGGAUCGGACGCGGGGACCAUUGACGCGUUAAUGUUAGCGAUAACGCGCGGGUCGGAGUGGUUGGGGGGCUCGAACGUCCGCGUCAUUUCCGCGCGACGUUUUUCGCGAAUGAAAUUUCCCGAGCGCGCCGUCGAGAAAACCGAUUCCCGCGCGACGGUGGCGUACCCGCGCGCGGGGCGCACGUAAAUUAGUUAUUAUAAAAAGUCCGCCGCUUUUCACCACUCCACCACCACCCCCCACCCCCUUCCUUCUCGCCCUCCACCCCGGUAGGGUUUUGAACCGCACGCGCGGUACCGUACACGCCAAUCAUUAACGUUUUUAUGUCGAUCGGCACGCGAACGAUACGCGCGCCGAGAUCGGAUGAUCGUACACGCGUAUUGCGCGUACUGCAACAACGGUAUCGAGCAAACGUGCGCACAUCAUAGCGCAGAAGUACCGUAUACAGCCGGCCGUUUUAAUACGGACGCGGGCAGCAGGUGUACCCGGCGUAGAAGGGACGGAACGCGCGGGCACGCGUCAAUACGGGCGUGCUGCGGAAACGACAGCGCGCCCAAAGAUCGCGCGGGCCAUUGUCUGGGCAUCGCGUCGUCGUACCGUUUCGUCGGGUUUUCGUUUUUCUUAUUUUCUUUCGUUCCUCCGCGACGCGGUUAUUGAUGUGACCGGAUAACGCGCCGCGGAAACCGAUUUACAGUCCCGGGGUGGUCGUGGUGGCGGUGGUGGUGGUGGUGGUGGUGGUGGUGGUAGGAGGGGGGGCGAGCCCUUCUCCUCCUCCUCCGCGCCGCCGCCGCCGAUAAGCCGAGUGCGCGUUACGCGUAACGCCUGUGCACAGAUAAUUCCCGUCGGCGCGUACGGAACGCCGCCGGCCGACAGUUUUCCCGCGCGCUUGCAAUAAUUAGAGGUGUUUCCGCGUGAUCCGCGGGCCCCGGUUCAUGCCCCUCAGCGGUAUUCCGAGGCGCCAUUGUCGUGCACGCGCCCGCGUGAUCGGGAGGUUACGGGACACGGAACAUCGUGCGCGGUGUGCGUGGCGCGGCGCCGGACAGGCCCGCCGGGGAUUCGGUAGUUUUCCCGACGGGCCUUCUCCGAAACAUGAUCCGCGCACCGGCGGCGCCGCGAUUAAACGGUCGAAACGAUUAAUCCGAUUUUCCGCCCGCAAACAACGCCGACGAAACAAAGUUGCCGUGCAACAGAAUCGCAAUUGUAACGGCGUUUCGUCGCAAACUCGGACGAAAAUAUCGAAAACAAUUGGCGAUUAUGUUGCUGAGCCGCGUCAUGUCGUUCGGCGCCCAGGGGCGUGGAUUUUUAAACGUCCCUCUCUUUAAGUCUUUCCCAGAGACGAUAUUCGGGCGGGCAACAACCCCCCCCCAUCACGGGUUGUUUGUCGUUCGUUCGACAUUUGCGGUUUUAUUAAAUUCGCAUUUUAAGUUUCGCCGCGGAUUAUAUUUUGUUGUUCUUGGGUUUUUUUCAACACACGCAUACUACGUUACCGGGCUGUACUCGCGGUUUUCCAAUUGCCGAACACUGUCCAUUGUUACAAUGCUCUCUACAAACAAAGCGGUUAAAAACGAAACAGAUAACAAGCGACAGUAGCGAUAUUGUCGAUUUCAUUUCGAGUUUUAUACACAUAUCGAGACGGGCGCGAUUCGAUUCAUCUACUAGGAAGGGGGGGGGGGUUAGCCAAUAUCUUUUUGGUCCGAAAACCAUAGCGACUUUUAACAACUGUGACCAGCUGCACCGACCGCUUAACGUGAUAGCGCGCUAUCCGCGGAGGCUAUGGUUUUAAUAUUCAUUAACACCCUGAACUUCUACACAGAGCCCCUGGCCCCCACGGCCCCCUCCCUAAAUUCUGCACCUGUCCGGAGGGGCGUGCGAAUGCGAUAUCAUAAUAAUAGCAUGACGGCGUGCGGUAAACACGAUAGGCGCCGACCGGACGGAAUAAAUAGAAUAACGAAGAACAAGAAGACGCGCGCGACCGUAGGAAUGUCGAGAAAUACCGUCCAGUUGUUCGGAAGCCGCGUCGUUGCGACUCGUUUUAUUAGACGGAUUAGAUUGAUGUGCGGUACGAGACCCGAAGAAUUCAUAAUUCACAACGUGUACGCAAUUUACACGAGCGAUACGAACGUCUCGAGAAGUUCUGAAUAGUCCGCUCGCGGAAUAACGAAAAUACGACCUUACGAUAUACACGGCAAAACACGUUUUUAACGCGGACGCCCGUUGUGUCGUCGGAUGAAAUAUCUUCUCCUCUCCCUCUCCGCCCACAUUUCGCCCUUAUUAACGCCCUCUAAGAGUUUUCACCGCCAUCACUGGAUCUCUCCAUGUUUUCUCGAUUUCGGGCCAGUUCUCUACGUUCUUGCACUCCCAUCCCGUCAAGGUCUUCUUCCACAGUGUCCUUUUCUUGGUCUCCCUCGGGGUCUUUUCCCCGCCGGUUUCCACUUCAGCACUACCAUAUUAAUUAUACCGUCCUUAUUUCUCCGUCACAAGUGUCCUAGCCAUGGGGUCCUUUCUCCUCUUAUGAGUAUAAUUACUACUGAUGACAUUUACAUUUCUUCCUGUAGCUCUUAUAUUGUCUUUGUUGCGUUCUUUUUUCACUAUCAUAUACCGGUCCACAUAUUACCCCCCGUAUUUUGUUUUCAAUGGUCCUGCGUUUUCUUUCAGUAACGCUAGUAGCAGUCGUGCACCCAUAUAUAAGCAUUGGUCUUGGUAUUACCGUGUACAGCCUUGCUUUAGUUGUUUUGGAGAACACUUUGGGUUUUAAAAGUUUACUCAGAGCGAAUGAGGCUUUUUUAGCUUUUUUUUAUCCUUAAACCUAUCUGUCUAGCCCAGUCAUUUUUUAUACUCCGUACUGUUCUUAAAUACUCACAUUUAUUGGCUUUUUCGAAAGCUAUAAGGAUCCCAUAUUAGUGUUGUCUCCAUCAACUUGCAGUUAUUUUGCUGGUUUCAUCCGUAUCAGAUUUUAAAUCUACCUUACUGGCGGCUGCUUGUUCGAGCACUUGGGCUGCUUUAUAUUAUACUGAGCUGUCUAUGACAUUCGAAUCAUCCGAAAAACCAAGAACUUUUAGGCGCCGUUGACUGAUCGCUAUUCCAGUAGUUUCCGUUUGUAUCUCCCUUAUAUGUCUUUUUCCAAUGCUAUCGAUUGAAUAACGUGGGUGUUGGCGAAUCUCUUUGUUUCAAUCCUGUGCUAACUUCAACAACUUAAGACAUUGUUCGCUUGACCCUUACCCGACACAUCGUGCAUCUUCCGUGCACAUUUUCGUGAGCGCUAGAAGUUUGUUUGGGACAAAUAAAGCGAACAGACACGCGUCUACGAAACGCUUGUGAAACGGAUCCCGGCCACAUCGGACGCACGGACAAUGGGCAUUUUUCUGUUUUUUUACUGUAAACCUAGCGAAAACAAACGAUUGCGUUUUUUCACAGAUGAAAACGAUAACGUCCGUUUCGCGGUCGACACAGAUAAUAUAUAGCGUCCUAUUAUCCGAUUUUAAUUCCGCGUCGUUCAGCGAGUUUAUUCCGAUGAGUCGGUCGUUUUUUUUUUUGGCGCCUCCCCGCUUUGGCUGAAAAUCGUUCGAUUUAAUGCGAAAAUUAGGUAAAGGUCGGCGCAAGGUACUUACUGUGUAGGGCGGCUAUUGCCUAUUGGUAAGCCCGACGCGAAUUCUACCGUAAAAAACACUUCGGGACAUUUCUACGGCGGAAAUGUCUGUUACCCGUGUAUAACGGACACUUUUGAGUGGUCCGUGCGGGCGGGUUACGCCGUGCACAUAAAAUACGGCCGACGAUGCACAAUAACGAUAUUUUCCGUGCGAUUUGAUUAAUCGUUUUUAAUCGAACCGGCCGUACCGAGUGUGCCGACACCUGUAUAAUAAUCGAACUAUAUAUAUAGUACACCCGUAAAAUAAAAAUAAUAAUGGAAAAGUUUUAUCGAUGCCGGAUCACAUUAUAGUUCGGCCCCGGCCGAAAUGAUCGCAUUAAACGGCGUCCUCUGCAGAAUAUACAAUUUAUAUAUAAUAAUAUUAUGUCGCACGCACUUGGCGAAAUUCUUAAUCUCGUGAAAAAGUUAUCCGUUUCGUGAAACAAAAUGCGUUGUUUCCUUUCUUAUUUUAUUUUUUACGCCUUGAGAAUUUUAACAGGACCGUGCGCGCGUAUAACAUUAUAUGUAAUUUCGUUAUAGACGGUUAUUCAUUUAUCGUCCCACGCCAUUGCAGUAUACGUAGGAACUUUACGAAAAAUUUAACAUUUACCGGCGAUAAAAUAUUGUCGCCCAAUCGCAUCCGCGAUGAUUCUGGAAUUCCGGCGGUCAGUUCUAUAAGCGCGCGAGGCUUUUGAGCGUGGCACAAAACGGCCAAGUUUACCGCCGCAAUGACGUCUAUUUUUGAUUUUCGACCUUCCCGUGUAGUUACCGGACCCGAUACCUUAUACAGAUUAUGUCGAACCUAAUCCCUCCUCUCUCGCCUCCCUCCCUUCCGCUUAAUCCCCCGAUUUCACGACUACUUAAUAGAACGCGGUCGUGCGCAAUGAAACCGCAGUGACCGUGUAUACGCGGCUUUUAAUAUAAAACACGCGCCACAGCCUUACGGUUCGUGAAAUAUUUCGUUUUAUACGAAAACGACCGUAUAUAGAUAAAAUGUCCGAAACCGAAAUUAUGAAUAGUACGGUUAAACUGUUUUGCGUUUCGCAACGUAUUUUUGCUGGAAAAUAAAACACGCCGCCGUGUACUGCACUCUAAUUGAAAAAAUUAAGGAAUAGCGCACUACAGUUAUUGUACCGUUAACUGUAUAGUUACAGUCAUUGACGUAUCAUCUCAAUAAUAAUUGUCGGUCGUUAAUUUUCGUAUGUAAACGUCCAGUUGAGUGUUCUUCUUCGGAUUUCGGCGUUUUAAGAACGUUUCCAUAACACAAAUCGUCCUCUAGUUCUCUCUGUCUUCCGCCAAUUCACCCCCGAGUCCUCUGUCACUACAUUCAAUAUUACAAAAUCCUCCCGUCUAAGGCGUGGCCUACCCAGCUGUCUUUUUCCCAACGGUUUUUGAGUAUUAACGGGUCGAAUGCGACGAUUGUGUGUUUUUUUAUUUUAAAAUUCGAAUAAACGCAUUCAAAUUUGAUCGUUAUAAUACCAAUAUCGUAAUAUUCGUCGUGAAAAUCAUUUCGGGAAGUCGAUUGUUUUAAGCAAAGUCAAUAUAAUUAAAUGUUUUUUUCGCGUUUCUUUAUUCGUUUGACUCUGACACGAAGCGCGUUUUAUAAUUCGCACGUCUUCGGAGUGUUUUAUAACAAAUCCGUCGCUCGCAUUCUCGAACAAUUCGCCGGGCGACGAACCGGCAACGGCUCCCGCGAAAUUGCGUUUCGCUCUAAACGUCGUCAACCAGAGUUUCUCAACAAUUGUUUCAUUCCCGUGCCCGUUGACUUCUCAUCACUGCUCUACAGACGGCCCAAACGUCGACUUGUCGUACAUCUGCACACAGGAUAGACAAGACGACUAUCACUUUGUCCACCAUUGCGCCGGUUUCCGCGCGAACCUCCCGAAUACCCUCUUGCGCGUACCCCCCAUCCCCGCCACCGGUCGAGAAACGCUGUCGUAAACGAUAACAUUUUUCCGGCACGGGGCGGGGGUGGGGGGGGGAUCCCGGCGACGGCGCGCACGAUCGCGCGCCGUUUCUGCGACGCGGACGACGCGCGCAUAAAAAUAGAUCCGUCGAGUGUCGGGUUUAAAUUUAACGGGAAUCGCGGCGGCGGCGCGUAAUCUUACGUACAGGCGCCGUACGCGUGCGUGCGUCACGCGCGAUAACACGACGAUACGUUACGUAUCGUGUGGUAACGCGCGCGCGCGCGGCACGAACGCGUUUACAAUACGUAUUACACGAGUGUCGGUCGACGGCGGCGAUUUUGCAGACGACCCGCAACGGGCGCUUGGCCGCCGAACGAAAUAAAAAUCCGUCGUCGCCACAGCCGCCGCCGCCGCCGCCGACCCGUUUUAUUAUUAAACGAUACGCGGGGUACGGUACCGCGGGCCGUAACGUUCGCCGUUGUCGCGCGCGAUCGCGAUACCCACUCGCGUAUUUAUAGAACCGACGCGGACGGCGACGGGGACCUUUGGGCCGCGCCGUCCGCCGUCUCCGUCGUUGUCCGGCGUCUCCGCCACCGCGACGUGACACGACGGCGACGACGACGUGGCGGCGGCCGUAAUAAUAACGCGCGUACUGUACGUAUCGUGUCCCCGCGGCGCACGCGUUUUAUAAAUACCGACUCGGCGUCAAAAAUAAAUAAGAAAAAAAAAAAAAACGGUUUUUUUUUUUUUUUUCUCUCUCUUUUCUUAUGGUCAACGCGUGUUUCUAAAUAUGGAAUCGUCCGCCGGCACGUCGCGUCCGCGUUAUCCGGCCGCUCUCGUUGCGCCGCCGCCCGCCGUCACUCAUAAUAAUAUAUUAUACGCGCGUAUAUUAUCCUCCGCGUUGCGGCGUUGAAAAAAAAAAAAAUAAAAAAAAAAAAACGUAACAAUAAUCGUAAAUAAUAUAUUGCGUGUACGCUAUACGCACGCCGUAACGUAUAUUAUGUAGGUGCGCAUGAUGCUACGCGCGAACGGGGGAGGGCUAACGGUCGCACGUAAAAACGUUUACGCGCGCCCGCGGGACCGGGCCGCGCGACACGUUUACAACGGGCAGAAGGGAAGAAGGGCGCGGGAUUUAUAGGCGCGCGGGUCGCCCGUUCCGGACCCGGCGUUGUAAUAUUGUUCGUAUAUAUAUAUAUAUUUUUUUUUAUUUUUUAUUUUUUUUUUUUAUUAUUAUUUCUGUUUUUCGUUUCGUUUCGUUUCGUUUUUUUUUUCCACGGUAGAUCCUGUAAAUCCGGACGAACGCAAUACGUAUAUAUAUACACAUGUAUUUAUGUAUAUACACGGUCGUCCGGGGGAAAACGCGCCGCCAUACAUCAUGUGAUGUACACGCAAAUAUGAUACGGGAAAUCCUCGCGGGCUGCGCUGAAAUUUGAAAUAUUAACCGGACGCGUACGCGGGGCGGCGCAGAGCAGCCCGAGCCCGUACCGCCGGGCGCGUGAUGCAGCGCUGUCGUAAUAGUGUAGCGGCUCGGCGAAAUCAACGUUUCUCCCCCGGAGACGGACGCAAUAUUUCGGCGGACCUUUUACCAAACGUCUUACGGACGGGAACGCGUCUGCGGCCGUUUCAUAUCCGUCCGCGAACAGCUCUCCCCUCUCUACCCCCUCCCCCGCCUCCCCUCCCCACGACCCGGGAAAAACGCGUGAAACGCGGCGGAGGUAUAUUAUCGCAACCGCGGGAUUCGCGCGUCCGGAAAUGUAACGAAAACCGUCGUUUUCGCAAAACGAGUCGUUAAACGAAUCAUUUUAGACUGCGGAAAUCCGAUAGAUUUGACAACAUUUUUUAUUGAAAUUUAACAGAUUCCAAUACAUUUGUUUGUGAUAGGGUAGAGGCGUUUUCGGAAUGGGGUGGGCGAGCGGAAAACUAUUAUAUCGGCGUUUCAAGGUAAAAAUAUUUCAAGCCGCCACUGGUGAAACGUACACGUCCUCCGUCCCACCGUUAAACGUUCGGGGCUCCGUUCAGGCCUGCGUUCGAGAUCUAUGCGAUUUUUCUUUUCGAAAAAUGUACAGCAACUGUCGCAGUAAAACGUUACGGACGAUACUCAAUAGCUGAUAGAUACUUCCGAAUAACUCAGAGUUUCUCAAAUACGCGUUUGUCGCGUCACUGUUUCCGGUGAUAUUUUCUGACGAUAGGGGCGGAUGAGUAUACGCCGGAUAACUAUUAUACGUCAGCCACGGCGCACGUCUUUUUAUUAAACCGACGGAAUUUUACAAAAAAAUAAUAAACCCACUGAAAAUCUGAGUGUUUUGUCGUGGUCAUAGCGCGUUGACGUGAUGAAGUAGGAGACUCGAGGGCGGGGUAACGUGCCUAUACCUAUUAUUACACUCGAGUUUUUCAUUCUGUUCGAGAGGUUUACAAUGUUCGCUGCGUGCGGGUAAGGUCGAAUCGCACUUAUUUUAAUCGAAUUAUAUAUGGGGUUGAAAAUAAAAAAAAAAAAAAAGUAAUGGUCGAACACUGCGCUCGGGUCAAGAAAGGCGUUUCAACGGAAAUGUUAAAAAAUAUAUUUAAUUCUAAAGUUUCGAAAACACUCGUUUACCUUCCCGCUUACAGUUUUAAUCUCGUUGUCGUUUCUAAGUCCGCAGUAAAUGGAUCGGGAAACGAGGGUUUUUAAAAACUUUUUUUUUUUUUUUUUUACAAAAACCUUUUUCGACCCGAGUGCAGUGUUCGAUGAUCAUUACCCGUUUUUCACUCGAGUGCAGUUCGACCUUUCAAUUCGCGGAAAAUGUACAAUUCGACCGCAUCCCGCAUCACGAACGGUGACCGGAGUUAAGCUAAACUGUCAACCGCGGGCGAAACACAUUUUGCCGCCCUCUAAAUGUCGGUUUACGUUACUGUGACGUCUGUCCGCACAAAUUUUCCGCCCCGUCUGAACGCCGUAAAAUUCGACUCCUCCUCGUCGACCCCACCCACGAAUCGGUUAAACGCGAUCGGGGGGGGGGGAGGGGGGCGGACACACACGACAUAAAAAGGUUUCUUUUUCCUUUUUUUUUUUGUGCGAGAACCGAUCCCCGCGCGCCGGAUAUAUAUUUAUACCUGGAUAGUCCGCGAAUAUAUUACCUAUACAGGAUAUUAUUUUACCUCGGCAAAAUGUCCGUCGGAGGUAAAUAAUUUAUCCCGGUAUAUUAUUACAUAUUUGCCGGGGGGGGGCGGGAGGAGGAGAGGGGGAAAUAUUAAUAUUUAGGAGCUGGUAUAAUAAUAAUAUAGUUGCGCGGGCGCGCGCCGAAAUCCCCGACAAAUAAAUACGCGACGGCGUACACGUAAUAUUUAUACGUUUCGCGCUACGCGUAUUAUAAUAAUAUGUUUCGUCGUACCGCGGGUUAUUAUCGUCCCCGCGACGCGCAUCAACCGCGGUCCAAUAACGACGGUAACCCGCGCGGGUUCACGACAACGCGCGCACGCCACUCCGCAAUAUAAUACGAUAUUAUUACACGUACGUACGUCUGUGUGUCCACACACCGGAACGGGCCACCGACGGGUGAUUGCGGACGGCGACGUCGGGUGGUUUUUCCCACGGGCGCUUCACAACGCCUUUGUGCGCCCGUCCCGCCUGCAUUAUGCUGUGCUCGCGUGCGUGCCGGCGCGCGGAGGCGAUGGGAACGCGCAGGGCCGGCGGGCGGGCGACUCUUAGCGCGGGUCUUCGCAGACGUAGGCGCAUGAUGUGUUGCGUACGGGGGAAGCGAUGCGUCAUUAGUAGACAGGUACCGGGAGAUUGGCGCGCGUGUGAAAAACUCUCGAUCGCCGACGCCACUUGUUAUAUUGUUGCGUACGGGGCGCGCGUAUAACGCCGCGCGAGUGUGUGUAUACGAGAACGUUCGUGUUGUUGGUGUGUACGCGCGUCUUUUUCGUAAAAUAUUUCGCCGUCUCCGCGGCUACGUUUCGACGGGCGUGUGCGAAGGAGAGAGAGAGAGAGAGAGAGAAAAAAAAAACAAUAACCCCGAGCGCGUGUCGGGAAAAACGACGUCUGAAAUAUUUUCACAUUACCGGAAUACAAUAAAAAAAAAAAAAAAAAAUAAAAAAAAUAUUUAUUAUAUUACAACAGUAUAUACCUACGUACUCGUCGUCGCGUGAUGCGCGUACGCGCCGCGACAAUGUCAAAACACGAAUAAUAAUAAUAAUAUAUGCCCGACGGGAUCCCGGUUUUUUUCUUUUACCCCCCCCCCUCCCGUUCACUCCGAAACUUUUCGUCGGGACCCUUAUCGCGUUAUUGCUGAGCUUUUCUCUUUUUUUUUUUCUUCCAUUUUCACGCUCGUUAUCAUACCCGCGCCAUUGUACAUUUUAUAACAAGGGUUUAACGAGCGCGCCGGAAAAAUAGCCGAUACUGCCCGCAAUCGCGCGGGCAAUACAACAGUACGUGUGCGCCCGUCGCGCAGACGGCCGGUGUCGGAAACGCGUUCCGAAUAAUACACGCAAGCUAGGCACUAGGCGAUAGUAAAAUAACAGUCGUGUAUGGCGAUCGUCAUCCCUGUCCAUUGACUCCCGGUUUCGGCGCCACUGAAUUCCGUAUUCGACGACGAACGGUCGUGUACGUCAAACGCGACACUGUCACGCUCGGAAUUCGUGUAAUUGAAAACGUUAGUAUUUUUUCAAUAACAAUUAGGUACCUGUAACAUUACAAAAAAAAAAAAAAAAACAAACAAACAAACAUAUUACGACCUUAAAUAGUUUUUGUUUUCCUGAUAGUAAAAAAAAAGACUUGUACGAUCCUUGUACCUAUACAAUUUUCGCGUAUUUAUAUAAAAGCGGCUAAAUAUAAAAAUGAAACGCCAUUAAGAGGACGUGGUACCCUCGCGUACUGGUCUCCGCCUUACAAACCUACGACAUAGCAAAAUUGCGUUCACCGGGUACGACUUUGUGCUUAGUUUGAACAUUGGAGCGACCUAUUAUCAAACUUCAAACUAUAAGACCAUUGUCUGCAAUGUAACCACGUCGGUUUUUUCGAUAUUUUAUGUUUUAAGCGAGUUACAAGUAUUUUUAAUUCGCGAUGUUUCACGUGCUCGUAUAUUAAAAUAUCGAACGCCUGACGUGAUUCUUUACGAUAACGGAUCGAUUCACUCGCAAUAUGAAAACGAACGGCGCACAAUUUUUCCUGCUGAUCAGCACAGUGUUAUGCGGUUGAUGAAUGCCCGCAAAAAAAUUUAAAAAAAUGUCUAAACAACAAUUAGGCACGAGGAAUUUCAAAGAAAAACCGCCCCGACCAAAUUAAUUGGAAACGCUUCGAGAAAGCCAAAGAUCAAGUUUUAGCCGAUCCCGCACGACCGGCGUACAUAUAUAGCCAACAUUGUUCACCGAUACUCACUGCAGGUACAUGGAAAGCUUUAGAUGUACUUCUUGUACGAUUAUUGUUGCGGUCACAUGGCUCAUACCGGUGGAUUAUCGGCAAACUUGAUGUAGGUUUAAGGACUGUCAAUAUUUGAAUUAUUAAACUUGGUGUUUGUUCCCGCACAACUGUUAUUUAAUUGACCGUGUACAAACUCGGUUAUAAAUUAUACGAUAAACUUAUUUACUGGUCAACAACACGACCCGUGCGGGAAAAUUCACAGUUGCCGUGACAAGUGUCAAUACCAGAGGUUUCUAAAGGGUCUGUGCAGACCCCCAGGGAUUUAUUCCGACCUGCAAGGGAACAAUUUCAUCGGAAAAAAAAAAUCGGGCGUGCACGAGAUGUAAAAAAGAGUAAUGGCAAUGAUAUCAGAGCGAGAUCUACGGAAAACAUAACAAAUUGGCAAGUGGAGUACGGGGUAAAAAUAUUUUAGGAACCUUUGGUCUAUACGACGGUGCUGAUGCAGAAUACUUCUAAAUCACCAGCCGGUCGGUCGCCAAUAGCAUUGGUUAUAUUAUAUCGCCGGUGACAGAUUUCGGCCGAACACACCAGAACGGGCUUUAUAUACGGGGCAUUCGAUCGCCGACCAAUCGAUAGGUCUACUGCGGCGGUCCGAAAUACGGCCAAAACGCAUUUUGAACGGGCGCGCGCUCACUAAACACAAAUAAACCGACCGUUUUUUAUCAUAUCGCAGUUAUCGUUGUUACGGUACGCGAAAUAAAUUUACAUCGUCAAUUAUUAUUACGAUCGCAGAGAACGGUGUAUUAUGUGUAUUGUGCGUACGGCAAACCGCCGACAGUUGACACGCGGACUGCAGGUAUACGCGCGUCCAUACAGAAUAAUAAUAACAACAAAAACUAUAGAAAAAGAAAAAAAACAUUGGAUACGGUACACUGAUUGUAAGUCGAUCGCCUACAUAAUAAUCGCCGUGUGAACCACGUCCUUGGGUGGUGCCUGAUGACGGUCGCCGUACAUAAUAUUGUUGUAGAGGUGCACGACGACGAACGGCGCGUGACGACGACACAAGACGGCAGGAAGACGCUAUAUUAAUGGCGCAGGUAACAUGGGAUGUUACCUGAAUAAAAAUAAAAACAUCUGUUGUUUUUUCAAAAGAAAUUUGUUCACUACUGACACUCUCGUUUCCGGCUACUCGCCGUUGUUUCGGUGUUUGGCAUUUUUUUAAUUUUUUUUUUUUUUUUUUUCAAAACUUCACUCCCACAAUAUACGCCGUAUUACAAUAAUAAUUACUACGUGUAUAUAUAUAUAUAUAUAUAUAUAUAUAUAGGUACGUGUGUACAUAAUUUAUAAACGUAUUUUUAUACCGCGAUGACGGGUACCUGUGGAACGGAGAUACCUACGUAUAAUAAUAUGUUUAGUGCCAAAAAACAAAAAAACCACCAUAAUAUACACGGAUACACUUACUGCGAGUAUUUUCAUAAUACCGACCGUCCGAAAAUAAUAAUAAUAACAAGAAUAUACGACCGGAUUUUUCGUUUGAAUAUUAUAAUAUUAUAACACUAUUGCAGCGGACUGAAUUUACUCGCGGAAUUUCCUGCAGGACCGGCCCUUGUAUACCCCUUAUCACAGUUAAUCGUGGUCACCCGGCAAUUUAUCUUUUUAAAAGGGUACUGUUCCUUGUAUGUGACAACCGAAUUAAAUAAUAAUUGGUAGUUUCGCCCGUGUCGCCGUGGUAACCCAUAAAUCAACUAAAAGAAAAAAAGUUGAAUUUUUUCAUAUUUUUCGUACAUUAAAAUAUCAAAAACAAAACAUGAGUGGGUUUAGCCCUUUAGUGGUUGAAUUUUGAGAUUUUGAGAUAAAAAAAAACAAAAAAAAAAACCAUUAACAUUUUAAAUAUAAUAGUCGUUUUGGACUAUUGCAAUACGUAUCAACUAAUAUCGGUUACUUAUUAUUUACAUUGGUUCGUAUACUUAAAUACCUAAAUACAGUGUUAUAAGAACAACGGGAACAUAUAAAUAUCGACUGAAUAAUAGCCGUUUGUACAUAUUUUAUUAUAGAAACCUAUAAAUGGGUAUGGUCCUGCAGAUCUAUUAGGAGGUCCAUAUUAUAUUAUUAUUACUAUUAUAUAUUACGACGUUCUAUAGAGACUAUACGCGACCGUAUCGAAUUCGUUUAAACCCGUAUACCUAUGAUGUUGCAGUAUAACGCCACUAUAUUCUGUAUAGCAUACCUAACCAAAACACCGUUUAUUGUUGUUAUAUUAUCGACAUUGAUAUAACGGGUAUAUCGGAACUGCGCGAGAAAAUAAUAACAACAAUAAUAAUAAUAAAAAAAACAGUACCUUAUAAUGCGGACUGCUGUUUGGGGGAAAAAAAAAAAAAAAAAAAGACCGUUUGACCGAGACGUUAAAUGUGUCGAAUGUUUAUUUUAUAUUAUAUAUAUUUAUUAUAAACGUAACGGCAAACGAUUCGGCGCGGCCGAUAGGUACGCGUUCUGUAAAACUCGGCGUUGUAGUUGUUCUACUUAUACACGAACUAUAAAAAAAAAAAAAAAAAUUAUAAAAGAAUAUCGGUAAACGCGAAUCGAAUUCAGAUAACCGUAUGGAAAUAUGCUUUAUUAAUUAAUUAAUCUACUAACGAGGUUCAAUGCGACCCGAAAUUCAAUACGUUACAGUUUCGAUACACGCCACGCGUUUGCCGAAAAAUAACUCGAAAACCUGUAAUAAGCUAAUGAUAUAUCUGUUGGUUUGAACCCGAUACCGUUUCGUGAGAAAAUCAUAAUAAACGUAAUAUAUAGUCGGUGAAAAACCACGGCAGGUUCAGAUAAUAAUGCGGCGGCCAGAGGUGGGAGGAAAAAUGGAAAAUCACGUCGGAUAAUACGGAAGUAUCGAUAACAAUAAGGGAUAAUAGGUUUGCCGCGAUAUAAAUUCGUCCUGAUUAUGUUAUUUUAUAUCGUUUGUCAAAAGCUUAUAAGCCAAACAAAGGCAUCGGUUUUCAAAAAAAACCACUGGGGUAUAAUUAAUUGUAUUUUUCAACGAUAUUGACAUUUUUGUUAAACCGUUAACAGUGUUAACUAUUAUAACGUAUAUAAUAAAUACGGAAAAGCUGGAGGCAGGGCAUGUCCCCUUCCCCUUGACUUUCAAUAGACGUCCGCGAAACCAAGGAACAUAAUAAUUUCGAUAAUACUUUUUUGUGUACAGUGUAUAGUACAUCAGAGAUGUCUAUACUAGAGCUAUGCGAGGGCCUAUAUGUUUGGGCUCAACCUUGCUUAUAACCCCCGAUGAGGCCCACCGAGGCCAUUAUAGACCUGCACAGUCCUCUCAAAUUUAAAAUUAAAAAAUGAAACUCUCCCGGCCCUUCCCGGGCUUAUCAAACCCGAAUCCGCAGCCCGGUUCUUGCCUCUAAUAGUCUAGUACCCGCCCAAACCUACCUCCUACCUACCUACGUGUUCUGUACAUUCGCGAAGUAAAAUCAUCAACAUAUACCCCGCAAACGUGAUGAUUCAUCGAGAUUCACACGUUGCACAUGCAUGCCAAUAACGUAGGAUUAAAAGCAUUGUCAUCUGAAAUAUAAUUGUCUACUAAAUAAUCACAACGCACUGAACUUAACCAUAGACACGUUUAUCAUAAUUUUAUACUGUAACAGAUUUGGAAAUAAUUUGAUUAAAAACCGUUGCCAACUCAGUUUUGAAAUGCGUAAAACACGUUUGGGGCGAACGGGUCCCGCCCCGUGACGCGACCUCUAAUAUAUCGAUAUCGUAACUAUUGGGUUUCUUUACUUGGUACCGUGUACAAUAACGCGUCCAAGACAAGUGCCCAACGCUAUGCGUACCAUAGACAAAAGAAACAUACGGAUACACUCUGUAUACUCUGCCGGAAAAACGGUUCGCUUAAAAGAGCGCCCCGACAACGUAUAUUUGUUUGCGACUGCGUUGCGUAAACUAUUGCGAAUUCGUAUUUUUCAUAAUGAUUCUGUCUUUAAGCGUCUGCCGUUUGCCGUGUUUGCAAUUUUCCCGCGAUACGCACAAUAUUAGCACCGCAGCGAAUGGAAAACGCUUCGGCCGAAGCCGGCCGAACCGUUUAGCCCCGCUGCGGGUAACGCGAGCCGAGUGUCUACGCGGUCGCGCCUUUGCGCUACGCGAUACGCGGUACGUACGCGCGUCGUAAUAAUCAGUAAUAAUAUGUUCUAGAAAGAAACCGCGGUCGGAAACACGGUUCGCGUACGACGGCGUCGGUACUAUUUUGUACGGUUUCCGUUUCCAUAAUCAUUCGGUGUGCGCAACACGACUUGUCGUACGGUCCUAAUGACGGGUGGGGGGUACCCACUGCGGCGGGGUGCGGCGGCCGAUUAUCAGUGUCUAUACACGCACGAUAGAGGGAAAUAAACGGGUGUUUUUCGUGCGUUGAUAACAAUACCGAUAAUAGUAUUAUUUCGCAACGGGAGCGGCGAAUACGCGACGACGCUUCAGCGGGACAAUUAAAACGCGUAAUAAUAAUACGCGACUUGCAUCGGUGUCGGCGGCGGUAGGCACUCGCCGCCAUCGAGUACGGGAGACCGUAUUGUGUAUACGACUGCUCUAUUAUAAUAAUUAUUAUUUAAAUAAUAAUAAGGCUCGCUGUACAUUACAGGGGAAGUAUUAUAAUAUAUACUAUAUAUGCGUGUGUGUAUGCGUAUAGGGGCGAGUAGGGGUAGGCUGCAGGAAAACGAGAGGGAUAAUCAUCCAAAAUGUAUAGGAAUCGAGCGCGACUCCUCGAGGAGACGAUGAGGAGAGAACGACGCGUGACGCCGCCGCCGCCGCCAUCGUUCUCUCCUCGCUGGUCACGGACGGAGGGGAAGGCACGGCGCGACGGCCGCGAAGAAUGAAAAUAGAAUACAUUACUUUAAAAGGGCGAAGAAUAAUAAUGAGCCGGGUUCGUGUUUCGAGUAGGUACCGACUAUACAAUAUAUACGUAUAAUAAUAAUAAUAAUAAUAAUAAUGUAUAGUCGCUGAAAAACAGCGGUAUUAUAAUAAGUACGUAAUAGCCGGAGGGGGGAGGGCAGAACGCGUUUACGGGGCGGGUACAGCAACGAGUUCGGUUAUUAUUAUUAUAUUUUCCCCCCGGACGAGAGAGUGACGGACGAGUAACGGGCACAAUAAUAAUAAUUACUGGUACUCCGGCGAAUAACCGAAUGUUUCGUAGAAUUUUUUGUUUAAUUUUUUUUUUUUUCUGUCUACGGAGAGCUUUUCGAAUUUAUACCCCCGAGAAUUUCCGAUGACAAUAUAUAAUAAUUCCGCGCAAAUACGGUACCCACUCGUGCGAUAUUCUCCGCGGUAUUGUUAUUAUUACUACUAUUACAGAUAAGUACCCUAUAUAACAACCGUUCGGACCGUACAAAAUGUUACAACAAUUUCUAUAAAUAUCGACUUUGUACAACAGCCGUUACAUUGUAUUCGAUUUUCUCGGUCGUUUUUAUUGUGUACGCGUACCCGCCUAUUACCCUGCCCACCCCCGUCCGGUCAUCCGGUAAUAUUCAACGGUUCGCGAUGACGACGACGACGACGACGACGAUGUCUCGAACAACGGAGAAGAAUACUAGUAGGUACUGCCGUACUGCAUAGUUGUCGUACACAGGUAUAUGAUAUAUUAUUUAUUUCAAAGGCUCUUAUUAUUAUUGCCCGUGUGAUAUAUAUACGCUCUAUUAUUACAAUAUAAGAACGCGCUGUAUAAUAUCUAAAUAAUAAAUACGACGCAUGUCUACGAGACGUGGUUAGGAGGCGCAGGUACAAAGAGGAAACGCGUAUAAAACCGAACCGCGCGUAUAUUAUGGGCACGAUUUUUAUUUUUAGUGCAGCGCCACGGAGAAUUAUUCGCGUGUGCGUACGAAUGGUAUAAAUGUAUAAAUGUAUUUCGAGCAUUUUCUACGCGGUUUAAACGCGGUAGCUGCAGCAGUACUUAAAAGCUAUGCGCGCAGAAACUUUGCGAUUUAAGAGAAGGGCUUUCGCCGCCGCGCGGUCGGGUUUAUCAGCCCGUGAUUCCUGAACAUGUUGAAGCCGCGAGUCUUUAUAUAAAUACGUAUAAUAUAUUAUUAUGUUCGCGCGAGUGUGAGAUUUUAUACGUAUAUAGCGAAACUACGAAACCGUAUACGUAUUAUACGAGUAUGCACGGGGGCCGACAAAGGCUAUAGUAUAAUAUAUCGUACCUACAUACGCGUAGGAGAGAUUAAAGGCGAUAUAUAUAUAUAUAUUUACGUAUAUGAAUUAGCGAAGGGAAAAAAGGGAGAUUACUAGAUUUGAAAAACUGUACUAAAAAAAAAAAAAAAAAAAACCGUCCCCUAUACUCGCCGCCUGCUUGGUGCGAAAGGAGGGAUAUUCUGCUGCAGUGCAGCGGCUUCAAUUCCGAAAUCAAUCGCGUCGUAUGCAUAAUAUUAUUACAAACCAAUUCCGUCUCUCUCUCUCGCUCUCUCUCUCUCUCUCCGUCUCAUUCUCUCUCUUUCUCUUUUUUUUUCUGUUCAGUUUCUGAGCGCACCCAAGAGGUGCCUAUUGGUUUUACUAUAACGACGUGUGCCCCGUGUUUGUCCGCGUAAACGACUUUUCCGCCAGAAGUGUUUUCAUUUUUUAUUCGGUUCUGUUUUAAUACCACCGGAUUAAUAUCUUGCUCCGAUUUUCAAGAGCGGCGGCGUUUUUUCCUGAAAGAAAAUGUUGUCUAUAGUUUGUGUGUAAAAAGGUUGUUUUUUUAUUUUCCUCGUGGUUUUCUUAAUAACCGGCAAAAUUUUCGGCAAUUAUAACGUUUUCAUUAUUUUCAAUAUUAUUUAUUUGUUGUGAUUUGGUUAAAACUAUUGUAGGAACCUAAAAUUUUCUCGGAGCACUUAUAUAGGCUUUUUCUAGACGUGGAUACAUUUUCAAAAGAUUCUGUCGAUUUUUUGAGCUAUUUAUAGGCAUUUUAAUCUUUUUAGUGUGUUUUAGUUUUUAUUUGAUGUUAUGAGAAUACGAUUUUUUGGUCAAAUAGAAACGCUUCAUAAUUUAACACGAAUUUAGGGGUUUUUAAAAUUAUAAAUUAAUAUAACGAAAAACAUAAAUUUUACGGCAUUUAAGAACAUGAUAUACAUACAACUAAUUUGUAUUUCGUAAGUAAUGAUUCAUAGUUACGACAAAUAUAAAUUAUACAACUUUGAUACAACUUCUCACCUAUAUAACAGUGGCACACCCAUCAGCAGUAUCAUCUAUUUUUUGUUCACGAUCCAUCACCUACUAAAUAACCCUUGCGACAAAAGCCUUGUGUACAAAAAAUCCAUACAAUCCCGUCGUGCAGUGACGCGUGUACAAGACAUAAAAACGCACAAAACAUAAAAAAAAAAAAGUAAUACACUUAAUGCCAGUAAAGAAAGCAACUGUUUUCAAAUGGAACGGAGAAUAUUAUGUUGGGAAAUUUAAUUUGUACCCGUACGUGAAAAUAAACCGACGGAAAACUAUUCUGAGCAUUAUUAGAGUCGUAUUUGUUCCCUCGUCACGCGAAUAAUCGACGGGAAGGUUGGAGCACAAUUCUACAAGAAAACCUUCAGUUAUUCCCCGUUUAUCGAGAAAACUACGAGGAAAAAUCGAAAAUUUACCUCCUCGGCGCACCGAAUAGAUCAAAGGGGCUACAAGAAAGUUCCAAAGUUCAAAGUUUUUAAUCGGAGAGAGAUUUCUAAUAGAAAAGUGUUAAGAAAAAAAAAACCAAUAUACGCUUCGCUUGUACUUUAUAAUGUACAGCAUACCAUACGUUAUACACUCACUCGGGUAUAAUAUGUAUUUUAUCGUUACCGUUACGUAUUGUAACUUUUAGACACGCAAUGCGUCGUGUGGAUAAGUGCACGUAUAUAGUACAUUAUUAUUAUUAUAAGACUUGUGCAGCUUGUACGUAUAGGUAUGUACGGUUUUCCGGUGGUGUGUGGCGGAGGUACUUUAUUUAGGCCGGGGCCCGGCAGGAUUUUCGGUCGAGUGAACCCGACGACGAAACCGAGCGCGUAUAUGGAAACCGGACGGCGGCGGCAGUGGCGGCGGUAGAUUCUCCCACGGGAGGUAUAUAACGGUGGCGGUUACGAUGAGUGUCGAUAUUAUUAUAAUAAUAAGAACGGUGGCGGCGGACGCCACCUGCUCCGAAUGGUUACUCUUAUAAUAUACGAAUAACAAUAUAAUCGAGGAAAAAUCUAAAGGAAUUCUAUUAUUUUAUAUUCGUUCCGUUAAAAAUGUAUUAUAUGUACCUAUGCGUACCUCCUACCUGCACUAUGUUGUAUAUUACGAGCUUUCGAAAACGUUAUGAGGACUUUAUAGGACUCUCAUCUACUGUCUCAGUCCAACUACCGGUUAACAUGCAAAAACAAUGCUUACGCAGAACAAGUAAAACUAGAUUAAUUUUCAUUUUAGAGUGAAAGUACCAAUUAUGAAAUUUAACGAGAACAAUAUUUCGGAGGGAACAUCACAAACGGUUUUUGGAUUAUGAACUGUUAAAAAAGUUAUAGUUAUUUAAAAAAGAAAAAAUAGGAUUUUUUAUCUUUUAUAUCGAGCUGUAUAUUAUGAAUAAUACAAAACUCUAUGACGUUCCCUCCAGAAUAUUGUUCUCUAUAAAUUCCAUAGUUGGUACUUUUACUCUAAAAUCAAAAUCAGCAGAGCAAAACUUCUUUACACAUGUACGAGUAUACAUCCGAUGUCUUAUUAUAUUAGUAUUACCCAACUGAAAUCUUUUUUGACCGAAUGAAUCACAACAUUCAAUAUCGUAUCAUAAUAUAUAUUCUCCGAACACUGACUGUCGAAUGGUACCACAAUAAUCUCAAUAUUGAAGAAAAAAAUAGACUACUAUUACCUUUCUUCCACCGUGCUCUCCACAUUGGUAGGUCGUAAUGCGUAAAUACGUAUACAAUUUUUCGAUAUACAGUGACGCGGUGAACGACGUUUUCCUUAAUGUGCAAUUAUUUAACCCUAUAGAAAUAGAGUGAAAGGGAGGAAGGGGCAGUUGAAUGGUUAUUUCGGGUUAUUUUUUAAAAUUUUUCUUAGAGUUCGAAAUAUGUUCAUGACGUCACAGUAUACAGCAAAACAAAUCUGUACGCAAUCAUAUCCCUAUUAUUAUUAUUACAACGCUGACCACCGAUCGUAAUAGGAAAUCGCUGCGGAGAUGUGCGGUUUGACCGCAUUCGAGUAACGAGACGUUAUUAUUUUUUAUAACGCGAAUCUAUUCAUUGAAAUUUUUGUUAACGAUCUAACAAAGAGUCGGACUAUUAUUAUCGCGAGUUUAGUAACGGUAGACGUUUAUUUAGUGUGUAGGUGUGGUGAUCGAAAUCUUAUAUACCUAGUUGGGAAAUGUUGCAAUUUUUUUUUUUUACAAUAAUAAUGAAUGUGAAAUAGAACGUCUUCGUAGACGUGACAAUAGAAUUCUUGCGAAACUUGGUUGUUCAUGUAAGAUUUCUUUACUUAAAAUUAAAAAUAAAAAGUACGAUUAAAAUAAAGAAUAAAACGUAUAGUUUAGUGGUAAAAUGGAACGUGGGAAAUUGGAAUACAUGCUCAUUGCUCGUUUGAUGUUUGGCGCGUGAUCAAAAAUCAUAAAAAAAAAAUCAAACGGAAAUACGAUAUACGAUGUAAAUAAUGUCUAUAAAUGUAACAGCUCGGAUGCUGCGUAACACGAUAACGACGGCGACGCUUACCGUUCUGUAAAAUAGAAUCUUGUUGUUUUUCGAACUUAAUAUUUGAAUAUAACAAAAUUGUCGUAAAAUAUCUUGGAUUCUGUAUUUUCUUAAUGGGCAAAACGAAAAUGACACAACAGCUGCAGAAUACACUGUGAAUUGUACAAAAUUACAUUUAAUAAACAGAUUUUUAAUUUAGAAAAAAUCUAACUUAAACAGUUAUCGUGAAUAGUUCAAGUUUGAUAAAUAAAAAAACCAAAAUUCAGUUUAAUCCAUCGCUAAUAAUAAUCAUGGCUAUAGUUUAAACGUAUAUUAUAUAAUUUGAUUAUAUUGCGCUAUUAUAUUGUUUGUGCAAAAUAUUUAUUUCGCACGCAAGCGUAAGUGUAAAUGCGUAAUUCUGCCAAUUAUAAUAUUGUACAAUACUUUAUGGCAAACAUAAUUUGUUCGCAAACGUUUGUAUUAUUCAACCUUGGUUUCGUUAGGAUAGACGCUCGCGUCCAAUUAAAACAAAAUUGGAAAUUAUUCUAUUCGCGUAAACAUUAUAUUCUACACAUUUUUCGAUUAUAUUAUAUAACUGAUAAAUUUGUAAAUUUAAGAGAUUUGGCGCUAUACGAAUGCGACAUAAUACCUAUAAAGCUCAGCUAAUUACGUUAUAGAACUGUCAAAUGCAUUAUAAUUUUAAAUUAUAUCUAUAUUAUUAUUUGUGAAGUGGCAAUCACGACUGUGAGUACGAUUUUUAUAAGAGAGUUUCUGUACAUGACGUUUUGACGAAAUAUUAUAAGAAAAACGAGAAGAUUGAAGAAAUAAAGAAAGAAAAUGUUUUAUCAACGUAGGUACAAGUGGUUUGUACAGAGGUACUAGACGAUAUCAUAAUAUUUUCUGAUUUAAUCACGAACAUCAGGAAAAUAAAAAAUAAUUAUAAUAUACAAAUAUAGUUCUGUUCCUCUACACCUUGCACUAUACAAUUUUCAGUGUAGUAAUUUUUUAAUUUUUUAAAAAAUGUUUUAAACGUUAAAACUCUACAGACAAAAUUAUUUUAAGGUUAGUUCAACGAAGUGUUACCUGUUAGGUUUCAAGUAUAUUUUUGCAAUAAUUGCGACCCGUGUGCUGGAAUUACGUGAUGAACUGAACGUGUUUUUUCGGUAAAAUUUCGUUACUGUGACCGUUUUUUAAACACUGAAGUAUAUAUAUAUUUUUUUAUCUUAAAAAACCCGUCUAGCCAAACAGUAAAUACGUACCAUAACAGAGCAUAGUCAAAAAAUACGAACAUAGUACAUAGUAUAUAUCUAUAAUAUUGUAUUAAUUAAAAAAAAAAAAAACUAUUUACCGUUUUAUAAAAUAAUGUCUUGUAUUUUUAUUAUUUUUUUUUUUUUUAAAUAGUUUGUCUAUAAUUUUCCGGUGUUUAGUCGCAAUCCAAAUUUCAUACUCUUUUUCAAGCCCAAAUUAUAAAGUAAUAAAAAUAAAUGACGUAGGUAUUAGUUAAUGGUUAUUAGGUUAUAGUGAUGGUAUUAAAUUAAACUGUUCGGUACGGAUACCUUAAAACUGUUAUUACGAAACAAAAGUUUAAAUUAAAUUUACACGAAAAGCGUAUUUCCGGCACUUUCAUCGCGGUGAAAACGAAAUGUUAUAAUAACAUACGUUCCAGAGAUUGAAAUUCGCCUAUUAUUGUGUGUGAAUUUACGUGGAUUUAUAAAAUACAUUUUACACGCGCAGUUCGGGGUUAAUGCAAUAUUUGUAUCACUCUAUCGCCAGGACAUGAUAUUUACUCGCUUUUGCUACUAUGGCAAAUUAAAUCAUCCGUCUUUGUUAUUGUGUGAAGAUUUUAUAGCCGGUCGGGCAAGAUAAAUAUUUUUAUAUUUUUUUUCCACCGGUUUACAACCACACCCUCAUUAUAUUGUUCCCGGUUCCCGCAUACAUUAUAAAUAUAUUUUGACCAUAUUUACCUACUUUACACUCGAGUAAAAAUGUUCAACGUUUUAAAUUGCUCCAUGUAUAUUUUAUUAUAUGUAAAAAGCACACACACAUAUAUAUAUAUAUUCAAAGCAAACGACCUAAACGAUUAUAGGUAUACAUACACGAUAUAACUACUCAAAUAGCGUAUUUUUACACGCUACGGGGCUGAAAAAAAAAAUAUUAUCAUAUUUUGCAAUUUUAAAACAUAAAAACUAUAGUUUGUGUAAAAACGGUAUAGGUACCUUUACAGUUUAUAUAAUUUUAUUAAAUUAGAAACAUUAUUAGAUUCCGUGGUAUCGAUAAAAAAAAAAGCGUAGUUUUUGCUAUACUUAUAUAUAGCAUAUAGUUUUUCAGGUGAACGUUCGAGUGGGUUCGUAUGCGAGUAGAAAAAAAUAUUAUAUUAUAUUAUUAUGUACGUUAUUUCUAUCCUGUACGCAAAUAUAAAAUAAGCCGUUUAUUUUAUUCACUACUUUUUCAUAAAAAUAUAACAGUUUUCAAAUGUUUGAUUUAAAAAGAAAAAAAAUUGUGCAAGAUGUUAUGUUAUGUUUAUUAGAUUAAACGUGAAUGUAUUAAACAAAAUAAUCGGAGGAAACAAUGAAGGACGCAUAGGAAGAGAAGGACUUGGAAGGACUUAUGAGCAUAAUAUAUGACUCGAAUAACGAAGGGCGUGCAUAUACGGGAAUAAAAACAAGAAUCUACAAAAGUUAAGCUAUUUAUACCAUAUAGGCAUGGAGAGCUACAAAAAAAAUUGUUUAAGGGUCCAUAUAUACAUAAUUAACAUUAUUGUUCUUAUAUUGGUACUACUGAAGGGUUGAUCAAUGUUGAACUUUUUGAUUUUUAUUGACAUACUGUCGAUUAUAAUUUAUUUUGGGCGUCGGCGGUACUGUUCAAUGAUUCUCCGUGAUCAUUUGGCCAUUAAACUAAUAUUAUUAACAGUAAUACGAAAAAAAUGAAAAUAGAACAUUGAUUACAAAUUCAAAAUAAUAGACCAACGAUGUAAAAAUACUAUAAUUUUUUAAAUUUUAAAACACGUUUUAAAUUGUAAAAAAAUGUGUAUGUUUUAAACAUGUUUGUUUAUUUUAAACAUUAUUUUGUACAAUAAUACGUGGUUAAAACUAUACGGUAAAACUAGAGAAGAAGAAAACUAAGGGUGGAAUAUAUACUAUAAAUUGUGAGGGACGUGGGAGUGAAAAGUUAUCGGGAGCUGAAGAAGCUGAAUUAUGAUAGAGAGACGUGCUUCUGGAAAGUUAUGAUCAACCAAUCGAAAGGUCGAAGACAAAGACAGAGAAUAAUUGUUAACCAUAAGUAUAAUUUCAUGAUAAUUAUUUAAGAACAACAUAUUAUUAUUUAUCCGAAUUUCAAAAGCAAUAGGAACUGUUUAUUUUCAUUUAUAUUUUAAGAACGAAUUAGUACGACAUAGAUAUUAUCUUCACUAUUCAGAACAUAAUAUUUACUUUAAUUUAAUUUCCGAACAUUCACAACGUUUUAAUCGUUUAUGUAUAAAACGUUUCAUGCAUAGACACUUGAGAUAUUAUUACAGGCACUCCGAUACCCCGAUUACGGGCUAAUUACCCGCUUUGUCGCAUCCGAAAUAGAUUCGUUCCGUUCAAACCCACAUUAGAUGGGGAAUCAACACGAUAUUAUAUUUUAUUUACACGAUAACGUCCGUUACACUAACCGAUCAUAAGCACUGCGGGUUUCGUGUGUACAACAAAAUAGAAUUUAUCAUAACCCGAACACGCUUGAUUCCGUGCAGUGUAAGAAAUUACAUCGUUAUAAUAUAGUUUAUAGGCAGAGUAGAUAUUAUGUACGGCUUAAUACAUUUUUCCUGUUGUGAUUACGCCGGGGGCACGUAUGUAUAACUGCAAGGCACUUUAUGCGUUUAAUCCACGUAAAUUAAUUUCCACACGAAAAUACUGCCUAUGGUGUAGAAAAAAGAAAAAAGAAAGAAGGACUGCUUUAAGAAAAUCCCAUUACAUUUUACGUGAGUUAUCUCGCAAAAAGCUGCUGCUGUCGCCGGGUGUACUUAAUGGGACUAUACGCAAAGUGUAUAUAUAAUAUACGUAUAGAUAGUAAAUGUAAUAUAAUAUGCGUAGUGUGUUUAAUAUUAUACACAAACGUAAAUAUAUAUAAACCGUUUUUACAUUUUUUACGCGGACGUACAGUAAAAAAAAAAAAAAAAACAACACAAAGAGCAAAGUGCCGAAACGCCGCCACCGCGCUUCGCGAUUAAUAUAUAUUUUAUUAGAUUCUGAGUGGAAUGAGAAACUUAUAUUAGUUUUACAAGGAGGCGAUCCUAGUUUUUUUUUUUUUUUUUUUUUUUUUUUUUUUAGAAACGCUUUUGUUAGAAUAAACGUGUUAAAAAACGAAAAAAAUAAAAUCUUCACAUAUACCUCGUAUAGUUCCUUUAUCCGUUGAAAAAUUGAAAAGUAGACACAGAUGGUACGCAUAUUUAUAAGGAUACCGAAGUAUUAUUAUACGCAUACGUUUUUUUAUUUUUUUUUUUUUUUGCUGAACAUCAGACUUAUGAAAAAAAAAUCAUAAAAACCGCGCGUAAUAUAUUAUAACAUACUCGCGUAUUUAUUGUAUGUAUGCAUAUAUAGGUUGUAUAGGUAUAUUUUUAUUUUAUAAAAUAUAGUGUUUAUUGAAUUAUUAUUAAAAUAAUAUUAUUGAUCGUUUUUGUUUUUUUAACAAUACAUUUGGAAAAUCUUAUUUAUGCAAUAUUAUUAUACAAUAUAGUAGAAAAUUGGCAAUGUUUUAUUUUUAUUUUUUAGAAACUGAGCGUAUACAUUGGACUUACUAUUAAGAUAUUAUGUUUUCUAACUUUUUAACAACUUUUCGGUUAAAAAUCUCGCAAUCUGAUUAUCAACUUUAAGGGUAGUUUCCGUUUGCGAAUUUUGUCUAGUUGGUGUACUGAGAAAGUUAUUUUUUUGAUUUUCCAUUUAUAGUUUUCCUAAUAAUGGAAAAAAACGGUUACAUUUACACGGUAAGCGACGGUUUCUGUUCUGUUAAAUGUUGGUUUUGUUGUUGUAAUUCGGUUAAAAAUAAUCGUAGAAACCACGAAAAGUUUCACCUAAUAUUUUUAUUAGCAUUUUCUAGACCCGGUACAAUUUCCAAAAUGUUCUGGCGGUUUUUGAGUUAUUAAUAUAACUAUUUGAACGUUUUGAAAAUGUUUUGUUUUAUUUCACGUGGAUACAAAUACUGAAAUGUUAUUUAAAAAUUAGUUGAAAACCCAAAUAAUUGUAAUAAUCAUAAGCGUUUAGUAACAAACAAUAAUUACAAUUUCGAAUUUACACUACUAUCGAAAUUCGCGUUUAACCGAAACAGAACCGCAACAUUUCGUUUCCAUUGGGUUUAUCGUCAUUGCGUACACAUAUUAAAACAAAUUGUCCUACUAUAUUAUCCCACCCGUAGUUUUGUUUUCGUUUGUUUUCCAACGCGAUAGUCUACAUUGAAAUAUAAUACCAAACGAAAACACUACAGCAAUAGGUAUAAUACCCAACUAUGAAAUACCAUAAUUUGGCAAACCAAACGUUCAGCAAUCGCGAUAAUCACUUAUUAUGAAACUAAUGGCGUAUUAUAGGCGAACCGAGCGUGCAGUUUAAUCGUCUUGUUGUUCGUCUAUGUUACGUGUACGUUCGCGGCGGGCAUAUUAUAGCGGCGGUCCGGGAACUCCGGCCGAGGAAGAACCCUACAGCUACACAGUUGAUUCUCUUAAACCGUGUAGCCCGGCUCACUCGGGGACAAUAACAAUAAUGUAAUGCCAUUAAAACGAAAUGUUCGAUUGGGUAUUACACCGGAGCUGCACUGCAGUGUGUACACCGCAACCGUCGGCGAUGAAGACGAUUUUAUCCGCUCGUUAUCGUGUGUAUACUGUGUGCAUAUAUAUAUAAAUAGAACGUUGCGUGUUGUCGAAACAAGCCUCGGACGAGCUUCCGUUUUCCGGAGACGGGAAUUAUCGCGUAAUCGUCGCAAUCUCGCGGUUACGUGCCCACGUACGGUUUUCGCGGGAUUCGUUAUUUAUCGUAAGGCAGCUGAUGGGAAUAUUUGACAGAUGUCAGGACACACCGCCGCCGCCGUCGUCGAGUGCGGCGAUUAAGUUCGGUAAAAGCACCCGCGUUUCGUUCGAUAGUGUUGUAGGUAUAUAAAAAUGCGGAUAACGGGUAUUUUUUCCUUUUUUUUUUUUUCGGUUUUUUACCUAUCAGCCAUCUUGACAUUUUUCAGAGAAUACACGUGAGUGCGUCGGUAUAAGAAAUACAGUACUUAAUGUGUUUUUGGACCGCUUGGUUUUUCAACAUGACGUGUUUUUUGUACCUAUAUAAUACAUAUAUAUACAUAUAUAUACUGUACAAUGUACACAUAUGAAUCGUUCACAUCUAUUUGACGCGAGUUAUAUUAUAUGUUUUACGACUGUCAAUAUUUUUUAGAGUAGGUGUAAUCCGUAUUGCGUAUAGGUAUAUUAUGUUAUUGAGAUACUUAUACAUAUACGUUAUUUUAUAUUAUUGUCGGAACUGCAGUAGCGAUAAGAGAAAACACACAUUAAGAAACAAUACGGUUUUCGUAUAUUUUCGGCUUAUUUAAUUAUUGGAAAAUGUUAAUAAUAUCAUUUCUAGAAUACGUUCGAUAGUAUUGUAAAACCGGUAAAAUUUGAGGAAUACGAAAUAUUUUGUCAACAUAUUUCAUAGACUACUGUUAGACAGAUUACUACUAGUUAUUUAGUGAUAUCCUUGUUUACACUUCCAUUUAUUUAUAAAAAAAAUAAGCUCUUUAAAGUAGUUAUUUUGAAAAAAAAAAAAAACAGGGAUAAUAUUAUACUAAACGCAACUUAAUAAUUUAUACGAAUAAAAAAAUUUUUUUUAUGUAUCAGGAUGUUUUUUUUAACAUUAUAAAAAUGUAUAUACUAAUUAGUUUAGUAUAGUAAUCAAUAAUGUUUUAACCUUUUUAACUUUUUAAAGAAAUUAUGUAUCUAAGGAAUAACUUGCUAAGUAAUUUUUAUGGCAUUUUUCUUCGGCUCUCUUACAUAAUUCAGCAUAAAUUAAUUUAACUCGUUUUGCACUUGUUUUGUGAAAAAAUAAAUGGAAAUGUUGAAUGAUUAAUCUGUACCUAUAUAUAUAUAUAUAAAAGUGAAACUGACUGACUAAUUUAUUAACAGUUUAAAUAGCUCGGGUUAGAAACAUAUCUUGACAGUAGAUAUAUUUAAAAUCGUUGACUAAGGAAGGAUUUUUGAAAAUUUCACCCCUAAAGGAAUAAAAUAGGGGAUGGAAGUUUGUAAGAUCUGUCGUUUUUAAAGUGAUACAUUUAAAAAAGAGCUUCCUUAGUGGAAAUACCCUUUUCAAAAAAAGAUUAUACCGGACAACUACUGCGAUUAACUGUGAUAGGGAAACUGGCGGAAACGGGAACACGCUUUAUAUUGAAAUUCUUUUAUAUUGAUUUCUGUUGUUAAGCCCCGGAAAUACCGAGUAAUUCAGUUAGUAACUAAUAAGAUGUCAAUUAUAAAUAAGUAUUUUCAAUAUUGGUAAAAUCUAAUAUUGUCUAGUUCAGUAAUCACGAGAAUUACAACUGUGUGCAACUGACCCACCAAGAGAACAAUCGAAUAUCAAACAAACUUAUAACGUGAAAGAAAUAAAAAUAACAAAUAUUGAAAAACCAAUAUUAUUUUUUAGCAAUACACAGUCUUCAUACAGUUUCGUAAAACAUGAAAAAAAAAACAAUUGAAAUUUUUUCACUCACGCGUAUUUUACUCUCGCGAACAAUUAUAAUACAAUACAGAAUGUUAUAAUUAUUUAUAAUUUUGUAAUAUAACGUUAUAUCGAAAUAUUAUUAUUAGAGACCGGAUUUAUACGUUAUUAAAAUCCAAAAAAAAAAAAAAAAACACUUGAAAACGUCAAAGAGCCUGGAAAAAAAACCGCAUAAAUAUUAUAUAAAAAAGCAAAAAUAAUAGAGGAGUUUAAUGGUACCCCUCUCUAUGGGAUUUAAUUAACAUUUUCCAACGCCACUAAAAUUUUUAAUAAAAAGUAAUUUUUUUUAUUCAAAAUAAAUUAUUCUGUAUGAAUCAAUUUUGUAUAGAGUUAGGAAAUUUAGUUUAAUAAGUAAGAACCAUUAUAAUGGGAGAGAUGACUUAUACACUUUUCUAUCAUUUUUGUUUUUUAAAAUGUUUUGCUCAGAGUAUUGUUUGAUGUUUUAAAUCGCCUGUUUGUGGAUUAAUAUGAGAAUAUCAAUCCGCUCUGUAAUUAUUAUUAUUGUUACUGGCCGAAAUGUGUCUAAACCGCGCAACCAUAAUGCCUAACAAUAUCAUCGCGGUAUUUUCUGUAUCGUCGUCGCCGUUACAGAAAAACGAAAAUAUUAAUUGCGCGGUAUAAAUUAUUAUUAUUAUUAUUAUUAUUAUUAUUAUUAUUAUCCGUCGUAUUAUAGGUAUACGCGUGUACAAUGUACGCGCGCGCAUAUAUUUGCAUAAUAUUCGACGGCGGCGAAGCGGAUAAAAUCGUCUCCCCCCCCCCCCCCCCNGAUCGGCGUUCGAAGGGAUCGGCAUUUUCGAAAGGGUCGAAAUGAUAAGGGGGGGGGGAUACGGAUGUCUGUACUCGGCGCCGUUAAUUUCCUCUUUGACGUGUUGUCCCUCGUUUAUAUUUACGUGAAUAUAUAUAUAUAUAUAAACACGCCACCUCGUAUAUAUUAAAAUAUGACGUUAUAUGCGCGUGUAAUAAUAUUAUUCCGUCAUCGAUAACGCCCGGGGCCGAAGUUAUUUAAUCGCGUCGGCCGCCGUCGAUUCGGAAACGUCCGGGAACCCGGCGGUUCGUCCUUAUGCCGGGCGGUAAUUUAUAAUUAAUUUUCCGGGCGCGCGGCCCCCUUCCCCCCCCUUCCCCCCCGGGAACGAUGCAGUCGCAUCGUCGUCGGUCACCGCCGAUUUCCGCGAGAGAUCACCGUCGUCUCGUGCACGCGUAAACUACCCCGUACACUUUAACGUCCCGCGACGAAGUAGGACCGGCGAUUCGAGAAGAUGGGUGUGGGACGGGGUUCUCGGGAUAACCGCUCGGCCGGCGUUUACGUGCGCCGCAGUCAAAAGGGAUCAACGCCAGGAUUUAAAUAACUAUACGUCCUCUAAAAGCUAUCGAAAAACCGUCCCCGGAAAUUCGGCGAAAAUAAACGCUGAAACGGAGAAACGGCGGAAAAUGCGAUUUAAAAGUUUCGCUUGCGUAUUCGCUUGUUAUUCGUUCGGGUCGAGUGACGUUAAAUAAAAACACUAAAACGUUACCGAAAUAUCAAAUAAAACUAUUGACAGCGAGCCUAAAUCGACGAAAAAUAUCAAAAAUCUAUUAGAUCAAAUCCUGUCGAAAUACGAUUUAUUGUAAUAGGUAAUAUUUCAAAUUAUCCAAAUUCAAACUAUCAAUUAUCAUCGUAUACAGUAUAUUCAUUAUACAUGUGCACUUACAAGUAAUAAAAUAAUCGGAUAAUAUUAAAAAAUACUCUAAAAACGUCGGAAAAUGAAAAAAAUGUAAAAUUCAUUUUUGAAGUAUCGUGCUACGUGAAACGAAUUAUGAAAGCAUUGUCUUAGAUCACUGGAAGAAAUGUAUGUAGCAUUGAAAUACGGACCCUAUUUUAUAAUAAAUUAAAGUCUCGACGGAAGUUGUCCGUAUAAUAAUACCUACUUGUAUAAAUUCAAAUAAAGAUUCGAAAAAUAAAAAUUUCAAGCGAAAAAAAAUGGGGUUUUCUAAGUUUGUUUUUCAAAAUCUGUAAAACAAUCAGUUCAUGACUGUUGUGGGUUACAAACUUAAAGUACCUAUUAUACUGUAUAUUAUGUAAGCAAUGCCAAGUUGUUGCGAACAAAAAAUGAUUCUGGAAUGGAGCAUGUGGAGCCAUUGCGUAGGAAAAAUAUGCUGGGAUAAACAAGAUUUGAAUUGAAAAUUGAGUUAGUUUUCAAUUACUAUAAUUAAUAAUUUAAUUUGAUCAAAAAUAUGAACUUGUUCGAUUUUCUUCAUCAGAGGGAAUAAAUUCUAUCUACAAAUGUUGAAACGGCUACCAAUAAUUCAAAAAAGACUAAAUAUUUUGUACUACUCGUGUUCGCAUCUAGAAAAUAAUAUGCUAAUAUUGGCUUUCGAGAAAAGAUUCCGGAUCUUUAUAGUUAUUUUUUCUAAACCACAAAAAGAAAAAAUCGAUACGUUAAAAAUUGGUGUUGCGUAAAUAUUUUCUCCGUUUUUUUUUUUUUGUUUUGUCGGUGUUUUGUUAUUACCCAUGAUGUCGAAAAAAGUAGAUACUAGAAAUAUCAAAAAAUGACCUUCCAAUUACUAUACAGAUCAAAAAUACUAUAAUAUACUAGAAACCUUCGUAUUGAUGUUUUUUUUUUUUUUAUGAUUAUAGCAAGUUCUUCCGGUCAAAAAAAAUGCACAUCAAAGUUAAACCAAUUCCGCUAAGAAUCUAAAAAAAAAAAAAAAAGGGUCUCCUCCGGGUCGUAUCUGCGUAUAAUAUAAUGAAAAAUUCAAGAUGAAAUUUAUAGUCGGCAAUAUUUGAAGAAAAAAUAACUCUCCCUCCCGCGAUUUUGGUCAUGCUCGUCCCAUGCAGUCUGUAUUAUACGACGAGUUUUAUCCGACUAUAAACUUCAUGGGCGUAAACGCUUUGGCUAUACAUUGCGCGUUAUUAUAAUAAUAUUGGCGUAUUAUCGUUAUUUAUUUUAUUGCACGAAACGGAUCUUCGUCUAAAGUACCUAGUUUAAAAAAAAAAAAAAAACUAUACUUAAUGCUAAACAGAUAUUAUGCAAUACAAUACAAUUUUCGCAAAACAACGAAUAUAAUCGCGAUUAAAUAGAAAGUACGGAUCCUGAUUUCUCGCAAUGCGCGUUAUAUUCUAUAUAGAUUGAUUGGUCGUAUACGAUAGUAAUAAUCAGUGUCCAGUGGUGUAAUUUGCGGUAUAAAGAACGGAACUGACGGGACUGAAAGCUACAGAAGCUUUGAAAUUAACUUGGUAAAGUAAUUUGCUGCAGGACAGUCGUUUUUUCCAGUGAUCAACUAACUCUGUAUAGGUCGUUAGAACACGCGUGUUAUCCGCCAAGGAAUGCGGAAACUUAUAUACCUGGUCAUGACAUUACGGGCUCGUAUAUAUAGUCGUGAAGCUGCUCGUGAUAAAUGUUGAACACAUAAGCGGCCAAAUUAAAAAGUUUACGUUGUUCCUACCCUCUUUCGUUCCGGAUCUUAUUAUAUUGUAUAUCUAUAGCGUACGCGAGACUAGAACUUACACCGGUGAACUCCAAAAACUGCUGUCAGAAGAGAUUUUUUUAAUUUUAUAUUUAAAUACAAAAACUAGUGAGGGAGGAGGGAUAACCUAUAAUACCUGGAGUGGCGUUUCCAUUAAUUUGUCUGAAAGUAUGUACUCUACAAUAAAAUCGUGUGUUCCCUUGUACUUAAUAUUUUAAUAUUUAAUAUUUGGUAUUUAAUAUUUGUCUUAUGAUUUAUACUGUUUAAUUUUUAUAGGAAAAUAGAUCAAGAAUAUUAGAUUAUGGAACAGUUUAACUAAAAUUAUCGAAAUAAAACACUCGAUAUUUGAAAAAAAACGUAUUAAACGUAGUGGAAAAGGUUAAUUUUUUAAAUAAAAACAACAUUAUUAUAACUAAAUAACCAUACAUUUUACAAAUUUAAAUUUUUGAAAACGUAUUAUGAUUAUUUAAUUUCUUUAUAUAAGAUACGUUUGAAAUAUUAUUUUUUUAAUUUUAGUUCUCUUUAUGUUAUAAGUAAUAGACCAAAAAUAUUCUUUCGGAUAAUUUUCCAUACGAUUUUCCGAGUAUAUUAAUUAAGCGUCCAAAACUCGUCAUAUAGUACAGUGGCGUAUUAUUAUAUACAGAGUAUACACACAAGCUUAUGUUCUACCCUAUUGAUCUUACCUUAAAUGUUUUUAUUUUGUUUUAUUUUUGUUUCUGAUGACACUUUUUCAGUAAAAAUAAUGCUAAGCGUUCAAUUUCAAAAGAAAUUUCAGAUUUAAUUUUUGUGUCUAUAUAUUAUGCAUAGAACGCCUACACAAAUUAAUUGAUGGGGGGAGGCGAUCAUCGUCUCCCCCUUAAAUACGCCACUGCUAAAGCAGGUAAUAAAGAAUACGUGUAAAGAAUCAUAAUCCGUUUUCAGAAUCACGUAAAUCCGUCAACACACAAUAUAUAUCGCUCUGCUGUAUUUUCUGGCUUUUACGUCGAAACCGACUGUAUAUUAUAAUAAACACGAGAUUUAAAUAAAAUAUCACGUAAAAUCCACGCGUGGUAUAUUGUACAGUGCGUUCACACUAAGAGGUACCACUAAAUAUUUCAGUUGGUUGACCUAGUAUUGAAAUGGAAUUUUCGGGGAAUGAUAGGGAGUACCCAAAUACGCAUUUUUUACAAAAUUAGUAGUUACAGUAUGUUGAAAUUUAUUAUUUACGAACAAUCUGUAAUUGACGAAAUUUUAACUAUGUUCAACUUUUAUACUAGAAUAUCGAAAUGAUGAUAUCUCCGAUAUUGUGAAAUACCUGUUUAUAGACCGAUAAAAUACAAAUAAACACUUCAGCUUUUUUUAUGGGGCCAUUUAAAAAUUAUUGUAUGUGUGGAUCCUCCUAAUAAUGUCCAAGAUUUAAAAAAACAAAUUACGAGUAGCAUGUAAGAGAGAAGUCCAAAUAACCGCUGCAACAUCAAGAUGAUUUUUAAACCGCUUGGAAUAAUGUUUGGAACACCAAGGCGGAAACUUUAAACUAUCUAUAUGAUAAAACUGUAGUUUGCAAAUAAAUAAAUAUUAAUUUGAAAUUCAUAGUGUGUACAUUUUUAUAAUUUUCAUUACUUUCAAUUUAUUUCGAAAUAAUAAAUUAAAAAAAUAAGAUUAAAUUACGAAAACAAAAAAGUGUUUAUUUGUGUCUUAUAUCUAUCUACGAACAGGUAUUUCAAAAUAUCGGAGAUAUCAUUUCGAUUUUCGAGCACUAGUUGAAAAUAAUUAAAAUUUCGUCGAUAACAAAUUAUUCGUAAAUAUUAAAUUUCAACAUACUAUAACUUUGCCAAAUUCGUAAUUAGAAAAACACUUUUUAUACGAAAAUUGUUUUUAAAAAAAAAUAUACUCUAUCCGAAUUUGUAGAAGAAAAAAAACGGCGUUGCCAUAAAAAAAAAAAAAGAAAAAGCGACGUGUAUUGCGCAUGCGCGUACCAAAAGUGUUGACAAUUCGAAAUUUUUCCGAAAAUGUGUGUUCGGGCACUUCCUGCCGUUCCCCGAAAAUUCCGCUUCAAUAUACCGGGUCAUCCAACUGAAAUAUUUAAUGGCACCUGUUAGCGUGAGCGCGCUGUACAUUCCAAUAAUAACGCAGCCGUGCUGUUGCCGUCAACCCGCCGCCAAUUUACACGGCGACAAUGAUAUCGUAAUAAUACGCGUGUAGACAUUUUCGCGCUCGUCCGCGGCCGUAUUGUAAUUUCGGGCCCGCUGUUAUGAGCGCGCGCGAAACGGACCGGACGAUUCCGAUUCGGCCGAAAACGGUUGCCGGAGUGUAACGCGCUCCUUGUUGUGUACACAUAGAUUUAUAUUGUACCCGUAUAUUGUAGUCACCGUUGUGCCUAUUAGGCGUAAUGUGCGUAUUGCACGGCGAAUUAUCGCGAUUCUAUUUCGUCACCCGGCGACCACGCUCCCCGCAUUCUCGGCGGCGCGGCGGCGGUCCAUUACACCCGGCGCGUCAUUUACCUAUGCCCACAAUCGUCGCCGCCGCCGACGACGAUAUCGUUUAUUCGUUUACGCGAGGGUUCGUUAAACUCGUCCGCCGAAUCCGGCGGUCCAUUAUCGUCGCGAUUCGCGUUAAUCAAAUAAUACCGACGAAAAUAUUUCGUUGUUACCGGCGGCGCAUUGGCGAUUUUCGUCUAGGCCGGUGGCGGAAGGGGAAGAGGGAGGGGGUUAGGUGCGCGAUCAAAUUCAAAACAAAAAGCCUUAGCGUCGGGGUCAGAGGGCGGGCAUAUCUGGCACCCGCUUAUUUGUUUUCGUACGGUUUCCGUUUAGUCCACCGACAUUAUCGAUCACUGAGUAACUAACGUACUUCACAACGCCGCGAUAAAUGGGUAGGCGGUACUGGUAUAAUACAAGACGAUUUGCUCGUGGUUAUAGAAUUAUGACUCGAUUUCAUCGUCGUUACCGUAACGUUUCUCACAGCAGUAUAGGGACAUUCUUGAUUAACAAUGACAUUUUGGUGAAACCACCAAGACUCUUGAUAUAAUUUUAAUUUUACUUUAUCUUGUUUAUUAAUUCGUUAAUUCUAUAAAAGGUAUAUACAUUGAUUUUUUUUUUUAAUCUUAGAUCCAUAUAGCGUUUAAGUGGCCUGACGUGCAUAAAAACAAAAAAAUUAAUUUCAUCAAAGAAUGGUAAUAUAAAACUUUUAGGAGGAUGUAAAAUUUAAGGUUAAGUAAAAAAAAAAAGGGUCUGCAGCGUGGCAACCUUUAAAGUUUAUAAUUACCAAGAAAAGUAUUUGUAGUAUGUAAAUAAUCUAAUCUAACUAAAUCCCGUGCUAAAAUGAUUAAGAAUUAUGUAUGCAGUUCCAUCAAGAUACGAUUUUGAUCGGUACAGUUGUACUGAUCAAACAUCAUACAACCUUAAAAAAUUACGCAUUUUAAUUUUCCUAAAUAAUUAUUAUUGUAGAUUAUGUACUAAUAAAAUUUAAUUCGAUGUGUUACAGAAUACCAUGGGGUAUUACCAAUGCAAGAAAUGAAACAAUUCCAGAGACCACGGCCUCUCAGAACUCCCUACAUCACGCCAAUGGGUAUGUAUGUUGUAUAUGUAUUUUCUAACUGAAGUUUACUAUCCAUGUUUAUUAUGUAUUUACAUUCAAGACCCGACUGAGUACACGUACUUUUACCAAAAAUUACAAAUGGAAAUUUACUUCCUCUAGUAUGUGACAUUUACCUAAUUAAAAACUUAAAACAGCCAAAUACACUAGCUCCUAUUUCACUAUAUACCUACCAUGUUACCAAAUUUUACCAUUAAUAUGUAGGUACUAGCCACUAGAUAGGUACUUCGGACCAUUCACAUAGGCUGAUUUACGCAGGAAGGAAUAUAGAACACUUAUAUAAUAUAUGUAUGGCUGUAGGAUUUAUAUAAGUGUAGUCUAUGGGUAAAGAAUCUAAAGAUACAGUAUGUAAUGAUAGUGACACAAUUGAGCAUAAAAGACCUUUUUUCAACACGAUUGAGGAUAUUUGUCAGCGUAUCAAAGGAUACAGACAUACAAAAGAAAAUCUUAAUGAUCGAGCAUAAAAAAUACUACGACGUUGCUAUUUUCCAUGUUAAAAUUUUGAAUUAUAUUAUACAGAAAUUAUGGUCCAGGAGUUUUUAUUAUAUUACGUUUUUUUGAAUCGUUAAAAAUUAUUUUCGAACAUUUAUCAUUAGUAAACUUCCGUUUCAAAAGAUUGUCUCUUUUUCGCUCAUCAAAUAAUUUAUAUUUAUUUAAAUUUAUUAGAACUUAAGAACUAAUUCUUUGUCUCUUUUGGAUAAAAUAAUUUUCAUUUUAUUUGUUACUUAUUUAUUGUCGUGGGAGGAGGGAUAUCAAUUUCAAAAAUAACAGGUAGCCCACUGUUGAAAGUGUGUAGUUUGAGGGUUUGUACCUACAAGGUAAUUUAAUUUAUAAAAUGUGUGUAACAAUAAAUCAUUACAAACGGAAAAAUAAACAUUCUGAACAUACUAGUAUUGUAGUAUAUUAUAAGUUGUUUUUUUCCUUAUUACCAAGGCAACUUUGAAAUAAACAAAAAAAAGACAUAGAAAGUAAACUGCUGAAACUAUUGAUAAAUAUUUUAUAUAAAAUAUUACAGAGCAGAAAUUCGACAUUUCUUGAGACACUGCGUGAAAAAACUGAAGCAUUUGCUUGAGCAAAAAAAAAAAAUACAAUAUAUAAAGUAAUUUUUCAAAAAGUAUUAAAGAUGUCGACACAAUUUCCAAUUAAAACACCAUCAAUAAAAAACCGAAUCUUUUCAGAUCAUACCUGAAUACAUAGAAUCAUAGCAUUUUUAUUAAGAAUGAAAAUAUUUUCCGAUUCAUCAUUAUAUCCAGAAUCUAAAAUUGAUUGGAGUUCUGUAAUCUGGUAAGGUGUUGGGUUUUUUUCCCCGUUUAACCUGAAAAUCAAUAAAAGAAAACAAAUGCAUCGAAAUGAUUUUAAAAAUAGUUUGAAAAAUAUAUUGUUAAUGUAGAAAAAUGUUUCAAACGAAAUACCACAGAAUGAAAAAUGCAUUAAUUUAAUGUACGAUGUGAUAGAUUUCGAGUAAGUAUUUUUACUAACUAAAAAGGUGAUUUCAGGGAGAAAAAAAAUGUUUGUUUACAAAUUAUAGUUUAAUGUCUAAAACAUAUUACAACAAACAUUUAGUACUUACUUUUAGUUUUCAAGAAAUACUGUUAUUUGAUCCAAGCAACACAAAUUAUAUUACUUAUGAUUCGUAAAAAAAAAAUAUUAAAUUUUGGAGGGACUAGGUAUUCAAAGGCUAACUACUGAAUUACUUCAAUAAUAAUUUGGAAAAUAUAAUUUAAUACGAUAAAACGUUGCGUUGUUAACGGUCAGUAUCCCGUAUAAAAUUAAUAUGUAUUGCUUUGUCGCCAUAACAUUGCCGAUAAAGUUGUGCUCAACUCAUGGCGUAUAUUGACGUGUAAAAAAAUACGUGAAAAUAAUAUAAAUUACAAAAUUUCUGUUUGAUUGUGGUAACGGAGCAUAAAAUAUGCUACGCUCAAUUGUGUUUCUAAAAAGGUACCCAAUCGUCUUUUACCGGAUGGCGGAUAUAAUAUACGGUCGAUCGUGUUGACGAGAACAACCCGCCCAUCUUGAUCGUAAGCCUGAUUUUCAAGGAGAUAAAAAAAAAAUAUACUAAAUAAAAGAACACAUUUCCAUCAAUGAUUUACUGGAAUAUAUUUUUAGAAUUUAUAAAACUAUAAAUCUUCUAUCGUUGCGCGGAGGAAAAGAUGCGGAGUAGAGGGAUUUAAGUUUAUAUUUUAGUUUUGAACUGAAACGACGAAAUCGUAAAUUUGGCACGUAUAAGAGGUUUUUUCCUGUCAACCAUCGCAGUAGAUAUAUAUUAUAUGCAACGAUAAAUCAUUGCGAACAAAAAAUAAAGACAAUUCUGAGCGGAGCUCGGUUAAAAUUUUUUUUUAAUUUGUUUUUCUUUAUACCGACAAUUUUGUUAUCCGGUAGGACGACCGAGUUUUCCACUAUACAUAAUAUAGUGAAGCGAUUUAGGUUAGAACAUAUCUACCUACCCAGUAUUAUUUUAUUAAAUAAUAUAGUACCAAAUAUAUACCGCGGCGGACGUAUAACACGACGAGCUUGUGUAUUAUGGGUUUUCCAUAAUACCUGUAUAAAAUAAUUAAUGUGUAUAAUAGAACCCUUAAUAGUUCGAGCGUAAAGCGCGUAGGUCGAAACGUUUGAAAUUUAUACUGCAGAGAGAAAACUCUAUUCGAAUACACUAUAUACGUAUAUUGAAAAUUCGUUUUUUUUUUUCGCAUGAAAACUACUAACAUUAAAGGUUUUACUAUGAUGUAUACUUGGUUGUUUUUUUUUUUUUUAUCGUUGCGUACAAAUCUAGGUACCUAAAUAAAUUAAAAUCCCCUUUUACAAAUUCUAUUACCAUCCCACAUCUAAAAUUUACACUGGUGGGGCUUAUCCAUAGUUUAAAAUUUAUUACCAAACAACCGGUAUAAUGCGUAUUACACUGUUUGUCGAUACUGGAAAUAUUAUUGUGGAAUAUUUUUGUUGACGCGUAUAAUUAUUUUGCCGUUCCAAAGUUGUCGUGCGCUCAAAUUGUCGCACUCGAAUGACUUCGAUCCCGAAAUCGCAACCUUCUAUAGCUUCGUUCGAUCGUGACGUGCCCGUGAAUUUUCCAUGGGAGUUGUGUAGCGAAUAAAAAUCAUAAAUAAAUUGUAGAAUCUUCUUCACUAUACUCAACUCGACUGUGGACAUUUGAAACCCGGAUUCCGAAAAGGCCAAAUGCCAAUCAAUAAAUCAAACUUUUCCUUGUGACUUGACUGAAACACAUACAUUUCACGAUUAACUUUCCAAAUAAAUACCCAUAAGGUAUAUGUCAAAAAAGAGAUAAAUAUAACCCCUUUCCCGCGCACAAUUCCGGGAAGGGUCUUUGUUGGGGUGUUAAAAGCCCGAAAACACCACGCCCGCACUAUAAUUAGUGUGACGUAUUACGACGAUAUGGUAUAUCCGUAAAUGCGUGUAAAAAUCAGUGUCGGGUCACAUACUCGGUUUUUUUUUAAACGUUUGGAUAGUCGGAAUCUGAUAUCCGCGGGUAAUUUGAAUGGAAAAAUCCGAAUACGAUACGCCCAGGCGUCCGCAAACAUUCGGAUGUUUAAAGUAUUCGGAUUUCUUCUACUUUCAGGUAUUUUAAUUUUUAUUGUAACUCCGGUUCGUGAUUCAAUACUUUAAUUACUACGUCGUUCGACCCAAAUAUAACUCGAAUAUUCUCGAUUACAUUUUCAUGUGCAUUCGCGGUUGAUAAAGAUACCUAUUCGAAUAGUAGAUCCGUAUAAUAGGUGUACGUACGUAUGUUACGCAUUACACUCGAACAGCACUUGGGGAUGUCCGAUUAGAUUGAGCGAUGCAAUUAUAUGUCGGACAAUAGUCCUGCUAUCCGAAUUCGUAUUUUAGAUUCUGAGUGGAGCGAGGGAGCUAUUGGUUUUACUAAGAUGUUAAUUUUUUUUCUUUCUUCCUUCCUUCUAGUUUCUUCCCUAGUAAACUGGGUCCGAUGUAUAAGCAUAGCAUCUCUUCUGAAAGCUCAAGUAGUCUAUAUGGUACUUUAAAGAGAUCAUUUUUUGAUUUCCUACUCCAUUUUUUAAAUGAAAGCAUUCGAUGGGAAAAAAACGUAGGAAAACGUACAAUUUCAUGGUUUCAUCAUUUUAUAAAAACACGAACGACGUUUUCUACCAGAAAAAAUGAUUUAAUCGAAAAAUCACACGAAAACUUCUUUGUUUCCUUUUUGAUUCAUUUUCUUACAGUAUCAUCGCUAAAACUUUUGAGCCACUUUUGAGUUUUUAAGAAAUCUUAAUUUUUGGGAAUUUUGUUUGCUGUAAUUUGAUUAUAAAUACGCGAAGAGACUUGAAACUUGGUAAUAAUAUUUAUGUUGGACUUGCCUUUUUUUUUUUGUUUUUUUCAAUAAGCGUUUUGAAAUAAAAUUUAAACGAAAAUCGCAACAAAAAUACUACACUUUAAAUUAUGUAUUACCGAACUACGCUCGGAAUCGUCUUUCGUCAAGCAAUGGUUUAUCGCCGCUUACAGAUAUAAAUGAAAUAACCUUAUGUAUCCUACGUUCCCAGCUUCUCAUCUACAACAGUGAUCGCUUUUCAGCUCUCCUACCAGAAAUAUUACUCCGAUUUACAUGUGUAGCAUUUUUUUUUUUUUUUGAAAGCGCUUCAGAGAAGUCAUUUGUUGAUUUUCCCAGGAGUUGUUGCGUUCACAAAGAAUAUCACUAUCACUCAGCGACACUAGAACCGAACUCCGCCCGGCACUGUUUUUUUCGUUAGCAAUGGUUAAUGGUUGUUUACGGAUAUACGUUAAACGCGUCCCGUUUGUGUUCCGCCUCCCUAACCGGCCGGCUACAACAGUGGCCGGCACCCGUCCCCGUUAUCCUAUAAAACAGAUUUUUUUCAUCCGGGAUUUUCGAAACGGUCCCGACGCCGCGACGCCGUAAGUGAAUGUCGCUGUACGCUCUCUCGACAUUUAUAGAAAAAAAAAAAAAAAAAAAAAUACCCGACGAUAACAAUAUUACGCGUACUCGUUAUGGCGCAGAAUCGUUCGUAAUUGUUAUCGUACGUCGCGUAUAAUACUAUACUCGUGUGCGUGCUGCGAAGUGCUCCGUAAUAACACGAGACGCGCAAGUAAUAGUAGUAGUGGUAGUAAUAGUAGUAGUAGCAGCAGCAGCAGCAGUAGUAGUAGAGCAGUGUAUUAUAAUAAUACGUGUAUUAUCAUUAUUGUUAUACGAACACCGCGUCGUCGACGGUGACAAUGACGAAUAACAAACAACGGGCGGCGGUUAAACACGACAAUAACCGCUCGCGCAGUGUACCGAUUAGUAUAUUAAUGCGCGCCGCGGCCGCGCCGUACGCAACGUAUAGACGCGAAAACUUUCCGCGGCGUAUUAUUAUAAUAUCGUAUACAUACGGUAUGUACACGGAGUCACCGGAGCCGAAGCCGCAGCCGCCGCCGCCGCCGCCGCCGCCGCCGUACAGUACCUACUGCGCUCCUCGUUAAUUAAUUACUCGCGGCGAAAGAGCGGUCGAUCGAUAAAACGUACGGGUUAGGGGAGGUGCACCGCGCGCGAAUACAACACGGCUCUCGUAUAUUACGCUGUAAUAAUAAUAUAGGCACGGGGCCAAAGAGAAGUUUAAAUACCGUCGACCGUCGACCGCCUCCGCCGCCGUCGCCGCGGCCGCCGCCGCCGCCGCACUGUACCGCAGUCGCCCGUCGCCGUCGUCGUCGUCGUCGUCGUCGUCAUCGCGCCUACGCGCCCGGAAAAGCCAAUCCCUUUGCCGAACACGCGCGUCACAAACACCCGUACGCGAUACAUAACAAUAUAAUAAUAAUAAUAAUAAUAAUAAUAGGUGUAGUACCGCUUAAGUACACCAAGUUGCGUGUAUAUGUAUAGCGCGUGUAUAUAUAAGACCGCAACGCGCGUGUUUGAGACGGCGGCGGCCCGAGUUUCGCGGAAAAAGUUUCUGCGGCCGACGCGCGCCGUAAAUCCGCCGGCGGCGUACCCGGCGCGUAAGCGCCGGACGCCCUUCCGCCCUCUCCUCCUCCUACUCCUUCUCCUCCUCCUCCUCCUCCUCCUCCACCUCCUCCUCCGUCCACGCGCAAACCGCCGUGGCCGCGGGCCGGCAUAAUCCGAAAUAAUAUUAUAAUAGUUAUACCAUCGGCGUAUUAUCGUUAUUGUUAUUACGGUUAUUGUCAUCGUCAUUGGUAUUGUUAUGGGUGCCGCGCGGGGGUUUUUAUAACCGCGCGCUGUAUAUUUUACGCGUCGCCGUUGUCGUGUACAACGGCGGCCCCCGACUUCGGCGUGUCGGCGACCCGAGGUAUUACCCGAUUUUUCGCGCGACCUUUUUAAAAAUGUCCCCAUCCCGCUCAAUUGUACGGUUACCGUAACCGAAAGAGACUUCGUUGUCCUUCGUUCAUUUUUAAAAGUAAUACACACGACAAACGGACACCUAGUGCACGACACCUACCUUAUGUACAGUUUUUACGUACUCGUAUUUAUUUACACGCCGUCAACAGUCCGCUUAAUAUGUAACUCGUUCGUUGGUAUUUUUCGAUCUUAAUGGCGUAAUAGUUUAAGUACUAAUUCGUGUAGCUCUUCAAAGUUCGACGGGCUUGUGUUGAAAGCUGUACAAAAUUUACUUAAGCCCUUUUUCCUUCAACCCCGGACCAAAGAUAAAUUAAUAUAAAUCUUUAUAAUCGUUAUGAUGAAUAAUAAAAAAAAUAAUAGGUACUUAAAUGGAAUCGUCUAACAUCACAUUUGUGUAAGAAUCCGAAACAUUUUGUAUUUUAGACUCGAAUACUUGUUUUAAACCUUGUUUUAAACUUGUUUUAAUACUCACCCUGAACACUCAUCUGUCGAUCAUAACAAGUGUACAGUAUAUUCAAAGCUAUUUAUGUAAGGAGAUUGAUAAAGGUUUUUAUAAUUUUUUUUACUUGUAAACUACCACCCUGACGAUAAGACUUUUCCACUGAUCUACUGACCAAUUUAUGGGAAAGGGGUACGGCCAUUUUCGCGGACAAACAUGACGUUUUAGACAGAAAAACUAAAUAUAACUGUAGGAAUUCCGUUUGGUAGAUUUAAAUUUAGAAAACGUGUAAUGAUUCUUCUUUACGUUUAUUACUAGAAUACAUUGGAAUUAUUUUUUUAAAUUUAUAAAAGCCAAAUACUUUAAGAUUAUACUUUUAAUAAUUUUUCUAAAAUCAAAUCGAAAUUUUUCUACGAUUUCCAAUAAAAUAAUUAAACGUUCAUUUCCUGCAAAACUUAUUUGAUAUAUAAUCCGUUUUCAAAAAUUGUAUAGAAAUCCGUCAAACACAAUUCCUCUGCUGUUUUGGCCGGCUUUUAAAUCCACUAAAUUAAACACCUUUAUAAAUAAACGUAAAAUAUACAUUUCGGAGCUGUCGUCGUCAACCAGUCAAAUUCGAUAAAGUAAUUUUUUUUUUCGAUUUCCAGUAUUUCCAGUUAAAUAAUGUUAAAUUUCUAUAUCCGCUACUUACCCUAUAUAGUAACACUUUUCCACCGGUCUAUUGCUCGAUUGAAAGGGGAACGAAUACUGUGAAUACAUGUUUUUGCGGACGAAUAUGACGUUUUAGAUCAAAAAGCCAUUAAUUUACGACCGCUAUAACCACCGAGUGGCAGAAUUUUAAAUAUAAUAUUAUCGCGUCGGUCGACAUUUUACAGGCAGUUUUUAUUUCAGGAAGGGUGACCGGUGAUAUUACCAAAAAAUAUAUAUUACCUCGUGAAAAUGUAUAACAUUACUACACGUAAACUACAUGCGACGCGAUAUACGAAACGGGUAAUGGGCCGAUUACGAGUCAUUUUGUUGGCAAUCAAAUUAAAAAAAAAAGGACCGUGUUGAAUAAAUACCCGUAUUUUAAUGAGCUACGAAAAAAAAAAACUCGUCAUUGAGCUUAUUUUUGUAAUUUCUUAACCGGGCGCGAAAAUUCCCAGAUCCGGCUCUGCCUUUGGCAUACCCAUAGACGCAACUAGACCACCAACUAUGGCGGCGCUAAAAUUAUAAACACAUCACAGACCCAUGGUUUUGAUGCCUCAAAAAUUCUCUUUACACGAUAUCUAUAUUAAUAAGUAGACACCGGAUUAAUAUGUUCUUAAAAUCCACAAAAAGCACUCGAAAACGUCAAAAAGCCUUGAAAAAAAUCAUUUAAAAAAUAUAUGAACACGAAAAACUAAUAGAGGGGCUUUAAUAUUCCCCCCUCUAACGGAUUUACAAUACAAUUUUCUAACAUCACAAAAAUGAAUAACAAAAAGUAAUUCUUUUCUUUAACAAUACGUACGAUUUUAUUUAAAAGAAAUUAUUUAAUAGUGUUAGGAAAUAAAAUUUAAUAAGUAAAUGGGAGACCUUUUAAACUCCUCUACCAUCUUUGCUUUUUAAAUGUUUAAAUCUUUUUUCAGAAAUUGUUUUUGAUGUGUUAAAGCGCCUUUGUGCAGAUUUUAAGAGAAUAUAAAUCCGGCCUCUAAAUUAAUAAUUAAUUACACAUUUCAUUUGCAAUUUUCGUAUGAAAACGUAUCAAAACUUUUGAACUUUAUAUUUUGUGUACGCGCAUAUUGUGUUGUCUGUAGGUAAGUAAUCUGUAGUUUAUUCUGCUUAUUGAUAUUACGAACUACACGACGGAUAAAAUAUUUAGUCGAUUAUAAAUAUACAAGGAAAAAGUUUAUCGCGUAUAUUUUCGGGAGCGCUAAAAACCCGCGUAACACCGUCCUAUAGUUGCGUCUACGGGCGUACCCCUUUGAAAAUUUGCGAAAAGCCCUCGGGGAAAAGAAAGUAUCUGAAAUAAACGCUGCAUAAGACAGGUAUGUUAAAUUAAUAAUAUAACGAAAAUAUUAAUAUCGUACGACGGCACGGCACGCCGACGCAUACAACGUUAAUAUUUAUUUUUUGAAGAACGCGUAAAUAAACUAUUUUCUUCAUAAGUUGUUUUACGCGUAACGUCUUCGGGGUUCGCCUUUAUAGUCCCGCGCCAGCGUAUACAAGUAAAUCUUGAGCGAUAACGUAGCGGGAUCGGUAAUUUAUAUUAUAUAUAGGUACGUGUAUAUUCUUAACGAUAUUAUACGUUCGCCCUUUGAAGUGAGAUAUAAUAUUAUAUCCGUCUUAAUCUAUAUUAUAUUAUUAUUAUUAUUGUAUUACUCGGUCUAUCUCGAUUUAUUUUCCCGCUUUAUGUGUCCCACGCGCGUUUAUACGAAAUAAUAAUAAUGUACGUAUACAUAAUUCGGCGGUAGAUCGUGACGUCCGUAUUAUAUUUUAUAUUGUAUUAUUUUCGCCCGUCGCGCGCGUCUCUUUUGAAAUAUUCGUCUUAACCUGUAUAUAAUAAUAUUCUCUCUCUCUCUCUCUCUCUCUCUCUCUCUCGAUUUAUUUUCCCGCCGUCUCGCCGUACCGUAUCAAUAACGUGUAUAAUAUUCCUCCGGCUCUAUCCCUCGGAGACCGCACGCCGCCUCCGCCGCCGCCGCCGCCGCCGCGCCGUUCACGUUAUUACUAAACGAAAACGAUAAAUACAAAUUCGGCGCCGGAUUUAAAACGUUAAAGGCAACGGGUAUUUCGUAACCCCCCGGGUGGUCUACAAAUAUAAAAAUCGCGCGGGUUUAUGUCCCGUCAUAACCCGCCGGUCCGAGAUUUAAAGUUUCAAUUUUCCCUCUCGUAUACGGCGCGUAUCGUACAAAUAGUAAUAACAGUCUCGUCGAUAAAACACUCUGUUGUAUAUUAUAAUUUAACUUCUCGACGGACGCAACAACAUCGAAGUGUAUAACUAAUAUAUUAUAUAGUAACGAUAUAUUGUACGUUUCGAGAAUGUCAGUGUCGAAUCCAGACAACUGUUAUUAUUAAUCCAUGAUAGAAUACAGUUUUAAAAUAUUUCGCCAUUCGUCAACAAUACUUUGCUAUAAUUCAGUAAUAAAUAGAACCAGAAAAAAUAUUGGGGGUCGGGGGGUUGAUAGUGGCGUAUUUAGGAGAGGUCCCGUGGGGGGAAACAUUGCUAAAAUUAUAGUAUGAUAACAAUGAUGUUUAUUUAUUUUUUUUCUAUGGACAACUUUUCUACCAGCAGUUUUGCUCCGAUUUACAACGAUAGCACUUUUUGCAAAACUGGGGAGAUACUUUAAGGAUGUCUUUGUUUGAUUUUUCCAGGGGUUUUGCCAAUAUAUUGGAAAAACCGGGAAAACGGAAAAAUAGGUACAAUAUUUAACAAAUAUUAUUAAAGAUAACAUAUAAUCCACGUAUAAUUAUUUUACCAUGAUAUGGCAUAUAUAUUGUUGACAAAACAACACUAGUAACUUAAAUUUAAGUAAUUAAAGUUUUCAUAUUGUAUUCUAUUUCGAAGUAGCCCGUCGCCAUUGAAAAGUCUACAUCUAUAAAUUCUUAUCGGUUGUAUUUAUGUAUUUAAAAAAAUUAAAAAUUAAAAAUAAAUAAAUAAAUUUUCUUUUUACCAUUUUUCGUUUUUUUAUGACCCAUUAUAGCUUAUUUUACGAUUUGUUAGGUCGUAUUACAGCACUUAUUUUACGAUUUGUUAGGUCAUAUUGUAACGCAUAUUUCAAUUAUUUUCAGUACAUUAAAUCCGAGCCCUGCGUAUAUCACAACACCUUUAGUGCUCGAAUCGGGGUCCCUCUAACAUUUAUUUUAAGCGGAAAGCAAAGUCCGGUAUAGGUUUUUUGCAUUUUUACAACUAAUCGUAUUGUAUAACUCAUAAUAAUCGUUUUGUUAAAUUUUCGAUCAUUUUUGCCGAGCCAAAACCAUUUUUAAUCAUGUAAAAUCAACGGACGGUUGAACAAUGACGGAAACUGUACCGUGUCUCGAAAAAUCCGGUAGAAAAGUAUUCGGCGAAAUUUUCCGAUUAUUUUUUUUACAGAAUUCGAAAAUAAAAAAAAAAUCGAAUAUAACAGAAACCGUAUGAACGCGGUGUGAAUAUUAUACUAUUAUAAUAUAAUUCUCGGUUUCGGCCAAACACACGGCCGAGAAACGAAAAAAAUAAUAAUAAUAAUAAUAAUAACGAAUUUCUCGUCGCGCUAAUCGUCCGUUUACGGUGUCGCCAGAAACAAUCACGAAACGGUAAUUCCACCGCAAACAAACGUACUGUACGCCACCGUCGGCGAUAACCUAGUCCGCGGCGGCGUGAUUAAGUAUGCAAUAUGAUAAUACAGGGGCGGGCUGACGGUUCUCGCCGAAUCGGCUACGCUAUAACGUUCUUUUAUUUUUUUUUUUUUUCAAGACCUCAUAACAUACCGCAGUCGCCUUUCAUUUUUCCGGUUCGGGCAGCGCUCUGGACCGGGCUGCCCGGGCCGCCGCACGCCGCGGCACGAUGGCGAACCCGAACCGCACACGGGAAACGCGCGAGCGACCCCCGCGAGCCCUCCGCCCCCCGUCGAUUGCCGACAAUGUUUCCAUUUUCCAAACGCUUCGUCUUAUCUGUUCGCCAUUGUAUAAUCCAACGCGCGCCGCAUACCGCAACAAUAUAAUAAUAUCGGUCGGUCGCCGGUGCCGACGUAUUAUAUUUUCGCCGGCGAUAACAUUACACCCGCAAUCGCGCCGCGUCUCUCCGCCGCCCCUUCCGCACGCCGAUUAACGUUCUCUCCGCCGCCGUCCGCCUGUUCGCCGCAUUAUGUAUUACGGUUAUCGUAAAACAGACCGUGAUACGAUAACACAUUAUAAUAUCGCGCGGGUAGACGCGCGCUUCUCUUACAUACGCAUUCAACGGACGUUAUUAAUAUUAAAACGCGACGAUACCGUACGCGCGGCCAGGUGCCCGCGCCGCAGUAACAAUUCCCGGGUUUAUUCAUCAGCCCCGGCCGCCGCGUAAAAGUCCCGCGGCGCGGACGACGCGAAGAGUUAUUAAUGUUGCCCGCGGCCGGGACGCGGAAAAACCCGACGAAAACGAUUUAUCAUCGCGCGCGCGAAACGAUGUUGCGCGCGCGCGCAUAACGUUAUCGUACAACAACGACUGCGCCACCGCGUAUAACAUAAAAACGCGCGCUCGACCGAAUGCACCGCGGCCGUGUUUAUUAUUAUUACCGUUACCGUUGCUGUUAUUAUUGUUGAAUUCGAAACGCGGGCGGGCGUAACGUAAUGAUAAUAUUAUUACAUCGUUCGCCGUUGGCGCGCGGGGCUGCAGCAGGUGUCCGCGGCCGACGUGAAAUCCGAACGAAAUACAUUAUACGCGUGUACGCAUCACGCGCGCGGCUACCUACCUGCCUGCCCGCCCGAUGGCUGCGCGCUGUAAGGUUUCGCCCCGGUGUAUAAACCAGACGACGGCGACAGAUAUAAUAUUACAUUUCGGGCGUGUGUGCGUGUGCGGGCCACGUAUCGCGUGUAGGUGUACGUGCGUAUUAUACACGUAUACCGCGCUGUAAUAUAUCGCGCGAGUGGGUAUAAAUUUCCGAAUAAGUCUGCGGGACCGCGGACCGCAGUGCGGCGGGAGCGGAAUACGCGUUGUAUACCCCCCCACCCCAUACAUACCUGGCCGCCCGCCUGCCUGCCUGCCUGCCUGCCUGACGCCCGAGCUUCUCCUCGGAAUUGCUCCGGCUACCGCGCAUUAUGUUACACCGACUCUCUGCCCGCGCCGCCCGUCGCCUGUACGCUCGAGCUUACCCGCGUAUAUACGUGCGCGAGCACACGUCCUCCGCCCGUCCACCCGGCCGCCCGCGCGCCGACGCGCGACCGCACGUAUAUAUAUUAUAUAAACCAAAACGCACGCAACCGAACGUCUCCCGUAUAAAGUUUUCGACGUAACCCCAAUAACUUAUUCCCGGAGAGAGAGCGGUAUGAGUGGGAAAGAGAGUGUGCGCGUGUGUGUGUGUGCGUUUGUGUGUAAAGGAGAGCGCGGAGGAGGAGGGAAACCCGUCACCCGGCCGACCCGCCGAGACGAUCCUUUCGCCCGAGUCGUACUCAAAGGUCGCGGCCGCAACGCAUAUAUACCGCGUAUAAUAUAUAAUAGAUACUUCCGACUAGGUAGUACCUAUACAUCGAAACCGGAGAAGAUAAUAUCGUUAAAAUUUCGCGCUCCGGUACACAUAUAAUACAUAUACGCCCCGUCGUUAAUGUUUAUAAAUUAUACGGAGUAAGAGUAAUGUUUAAUUUAUAGGUAUAACGGCGGCGGCGGCGAGCGGAAUACCGAAACCGAAAUUACUUUUAUAGAUUCCGAUGAAAAUAUAUUGGUUUUACAAAUCUGUGCGGUGGUUUUUUAUUUAUUUAUUUAUUUAUUUAUUUAUUUAUUUAUUUAUUUACGGCUAUCGCCACUUUUUCGUUUAAUAAAAAUUGCGUUUCGAAGCUUACUUUAUACGUCGUCUAUAUUAAAAUAUAUAUAUAUAAAUAUAGGUACGAUGCGAUGAUGGGAUAUCUUAUAAGAAACCCAUAUACUGUAUAUUAUUAUUUUGUAUGACGCGUUUUUCUAUAGACAACAUUUCAUUUCACACUUGACGAAUUGCGGACUUUUUAUAUUCGGGACGGGCGAUAUAUGUUUAUUUUGCUAUACGAUGUGUGCUUUUUUUCCCCUGUCAGUUUACAACUUUUUUAUCGCAAAUCUUGCUCCAAUCAGAAAAUGACAAGAGCGAGUAUUUGCGAGUAUUGGAUUUAUUCGAUGCAUAGACGAGGUCGGUUUUUUCAAGCAGUUUUCAUAAUGCGGGAAAAAAAUAUAGAAAAACCGGAUAAAUUUGCAGAAAUACAAGUUUUGUUAUUUUCGAUUUUGUUUCAUUUUUUUUUCUUUUGAAAAUCCAUUAAAAAAAAAAUACUUGAAAUUCUUACAGAAUACUUGUGGUAAAAUUAUCAAAAUAUUUUGGCGAUUUAGAGCUAUUUAUAAGUAUUUGACAUUUUAACGUUAUUUUAUUUUUAUUUAAUUUUAUGUGAAUAAAAUUGUUUUAACCGAACAGAAACGCUUGACAAUUUGAUACGAGGUUUAUCACAAAUCGUACUUAGUAAAACAAAAAAAAAAAAUUAGCGUUAUGUAGUAAUUUUUAUAAACUUUUUAAGUAAAUAUUUUAAAGGUAUUUCAAAGCAUACUCAACCGAACUUCACUCAGAAUGGUAUUUUGUUAGCAAUCAUUAUCGAUACGGAUACUUAGCAGAAACCGAACAUGACUUUCAGAGAGCUCUAGUUGAGAUGCAAGUGAUUAUAAAUGAGUUUCAAAUGCAUAUAAAUUAAAGCAAAACAAAAAUUUUAGUUUGUACUCUCGAACCAACAUUCAAUACAAGUAUUUGUUUAGGAAAUCAUCUUAUAGCCCAAGUUUCCAGUUUUAAAUACCUGGGUAGCUUAAAAACUGCAUACGGAAGAAGUUCGCAGGAAAUCAAACAAAGAACAGGACAAACAAAGGCAGCUUUUAUCAAGAAAAAGAGAAUUUUGGCCUCGAAAAAAAUUAUCAGAGCAAUAAAGAAGACGUUUCUAAAAACUUUUGUAUAGAGCGUCGCUUUGUAUGGCUGUGAGACAUGGGUUAUGAAUUAAACGGAAAAAAGAUCCUUGAAGCUAUCGAAAUGCAGUAUUGGUGACAAAUGGAAUUUAAUUGGGCAGAAAUAGUAAAAAAUGAGGAUGUACUGACCCAGGUAGGAGAUACAAGAUCCAUAUUGAAUAUAAUAAAGCGACGUCGAUGGGACAUUUUACGCCAUUACGAAUAAUUUUAUCGCACUAUCAAAGAAGGUGCAAUGGAAGGACGAAAACCACCAGGAAAACCAAGAAACUAGUACAUAUCUCAAUUGAAAAAAUAUGCAGGAAAUAAUACAUACGCCGGAUUAAAAAGGCUUGCUGAAGAUCGUGAAAACUGGAGGACGAAGUUAAACGUUGUAAACCAACCUAUUACCGAUUGAAAAAAAAUCGAUACAGAUAUAUAUAUAUAUAUAUAUAUUAUAUUACUAUAAUGACAGUAUCAGCUAUUAGAAUAGUUUUCUGUUCACAAUGAUUUAUUCAAUACAUUCGACAUUGAACUAAAACACCAUAAUAUUAUAAAUCCUAUCUUCCUAACUGCCCUUCUACUGUUAUAAUGGCUUGCCCGCGUUGUGGAAAUAUGUCCGGGUUUUUUUUAAAAUAUUUUUUUUAAGUAGCUAUUUUAGAACAAGAGUAGAUUUUACGUCACAACUCACUAUAGUUGCGGAUUUCCUAGUUUUCUGACGAAUAAUUAUUUUGCGGGUUGUCGGUUGACACGAAUAAUUUUUUAUAUCAUCGUGACAAAAAUCUCGGCUCAGAUUUUUCGAAGAUAAAUGAAAUUACCAUUGCGUCGUUUUCGGUGUUCACAAAAUGUCGGCUUUUUAAAUAUUAUUUAAUAUUAUAAUAAUACACUUACUGUCCUGCAUAAAUUAUCCCGUGCACGGUAUUAUUAGACGAAAGAAAUAAAUUUAAUAAAUAAAAAAAAGUGUCUUCUCGCUUCCACCCCCGUUCCUAUCCCAGUUAAUCGUUGUUGCCCGGUAAUUUAUUUUUUAAAAAGGGUAGGUAUACUUCCUUGUCCGUGACAACCAAACGACCUAUUAAUAUUUGUUUUUUUUUAUUCGUGUCACCCAUAGGUGAACCAUAAAUCAACAAAAAAUUAAAUUUCCGUUCCAAAAUACCAAAAACACCGUGUUAACACAUAGCCUUUAGGGAUUGAAUUUUGUAAAUCCGACUUUGAAGUGCACACAGACUCGUUUAUCUUCUUUGUUAUAAGCAAAUGUCAAACUUCUGAACAUUCAACUUGUUUCAACUUCCGACCCCCGCGUCCGCUUCCACCGUCUGUUUGUAUAUGCAAGUAAAAUUCUUGAAAACUACUUUACCUAUUUUGAUGAAACUUUUUUCAUUCCAUUCCUUAACAUUACCAGACACAUAUAGGUUCCGCAAUACGAGAAUAUUUUUCGUUUAUCAUAAACAAGGGAGGGUAGUAGACCGUGAAUUAAAGCGAGGGUGGAGAGUAGACGUGAUUAAUGGUCGAACACAAAUCAUAAAUAAAUACAUUUACGAAUUGAAUUUAAUUAAGUAUACCAAGUGUAAUAUUAUACAUUAUUAACACCAGUGAGCGAUCAUAUGUAUUUUAGAUCAAUUAUGAAAACACCCACACGCCGUAAUAAAACCGAUGAAUCGUAUAACGGCAACAAGUCAGCCAAAAGGAAAAUUCGAAUUCUCUUGCUCGCGGUCGUUUCGUUACCCCCGUUCGAGAGACAGAGAUAAGGCCGUUUCAUCUCGACAUUGCACACAAUAUUAUCGUUACUCGCGAUGAUAAAUUUAAAAAAAAAACCGCGCACCGGGACGGUAAAUAAUGAAUUAAAAUAAUAAUAAUAAUGUACUCGUACGAGUUAGCACAGUUAGCAGGUGUACAUAUAAUAGUGUUCAUAUUAAUAAAUACAACAACGGCGGAGGGGAACGGGCGGGUGAGUGUGGUUGGGGGGGGGGAUUGCAGCGUCCGGCGAUAAAGCGAACAAUUUAUUGUGUUGCGAUAACAUUAAUAUCGCGUAUCCAGAAAUCGGAACCGCGUUGUCGUCGAAAUAAUCGUAACGGCGAUUAUUGCCGGUGGUAGGGGGGAGGGCCCGUUUUACCGUGUAUAAUAUGAUAUAGUCGUGAACGCCGGAAAGGAAAUAAUCCGCGUACACAAUACGCGUCGUCGACGUCCCCGAUCGGGCGGCGGAUACGCAAAGCCCGGUCGUAACGAAACGGACAUCCUAUAAUAUAAUAUGAACGGGCUUUAAACGACGGCUACGACGUGCUGUAAUACUAAUUUAACGGUUUAUACCCGAUACCUAUAUUCCCGUACCGUCUCAUUUUAUACAGUAGAUUAUAGCCAACUGAAUCUAUAUCGCCGAAUCGAUAACAACAACAUAUAUAUAUAUAUAGCGUGCAGCGUACAAGAUGACGUGUAUAGGUGUCUACCUAUAAUACGCGUCGUAUUGUAUUAUCUCAGGUCCCGGGGAAAAACGGCUUAGACGUCAAUCGUGUAUACACAUCAACGUGGACGGAUUAAAUUUCGAAAAUGACAAAAUAUGAUUGUUUAAACGGCUAAACCGCGGCCCUAAUCUGAACGCCGUCGUCGCUUUGUAACGGUUCGAGUCAUAAUAAACAUAAUAACUAUGUUGUUCGAACAACAAAUAUUAGCGGCUUACGAUAUAUAUAUAUAUUUAAUUUUCACAGUAAAACCCGAAUAAAAUGCAUGCACUUAGAGAAAAUAAUAAUAAUAAUAAAGCGAAAAAUAUUGCAUAAGACACACUAUCAUAGAAAAAAAUAUCAAACAUUUACUUUACAAGCCUUUUUCCUUGCGAACAUUAGACUAAAGAUAUAGUCCGACCGCUCGGUUUACCCGAAAUCAAAGCGCAUGUUUAUAGGUAUACACUUUGUAAGAAAAAAGAAAAUUGUAUUAUAUUACAGUUAUUAUAAUAAAGUAAAAAAAUCACCAACGCAUUUCUAUACUUAAAAAAUGAUUAAGCACUAUUAUUAUUAUUAUUAUUUUCAUUAUGCGUUAUUAAAGCUUCAACAGCAAGGUCAUUUGAAGCCUGUUAUUUAAAUUAUUAAUAACACUGUUUUGAAUUCGAUCGCUGAGCUUUAUUUAUACCUAUAUAUUAUUCCAAAAAGAACGAUAGUCAUCUAUUCUUAUUUUAUGUAGCAUGAUGGGAAACGUUUUUGGCUAUCGACCAUUUAUUUUUCUGAAGGACGUGGACCAAAAAUGUUUAUUAUUUUCCCGGAAAAUGUAUAUAAAAAUUCGUGAAUUUAUUUACAAAUACAGCACGCCACGGCUAAUAUAGAAUAGCAGUGGCAUAAUAUUCAUGUUGUACAAUAAUAUGGUCGAUCGAAGUACCGGGUUUGUCGAAAAUGCGAAUACUAAUGAUAUUUUUAAAUAUUCAAAAUAAUCGCCGACAACCUAAGCCGAAUAAAAUCAACAAAUAAUACCAAACAAUAAAACGUCGUUUCCAAACAUUCCGAUAAUAUAACAAUAUCGUAUACGUGUCACUCUGCGUACGCAGCGGCGCGGUGAACUCAAAUAUUUGCGAGUAUUUUUUUCCCCGGCAUCCCGAUGAACCCAUGACUCGCCCGUUGGCUGCUAUACAUUUACUGUACGUGAAGAUUUAACAUCGGGUUUUUAUCGAUUUCUUAAAAAUCGUCAUACAAGGCACAUAACAGGCACAUAUUCGGACCCCUUAAAAAAAAAAAGUCGCCUCUCGAUUAUCCCCUUCGCCACGUCAUCGCGCGCACAUUGAUCAAACAGCCCCUUCCCGGGUCGUUACGAGCUCCGUAGAUCGCCAACCGUAGCCGCGGUAAGUUGAAUGCAAUUUCGUACGUUCUCCGUUGAAAUAAAUCCGAAAAAUAAAUCGAGUAGGUACAGUAAUUAUUAUCAUUACAAUAUAACACCGCGGACUGGUGUUAAUGUGUUGUGCCUUCCUAACGCUACCUGCGUAUUGUAUACACCUGCGAACGGGUCUAAUAAACGCUAUGCAGUUAUUUUGUAAUACCCAUUUCGCGUGUGAAACGAACACGCGAAACUAUACGUUAUCUGAUUCGUGUUCGUACAUUACGAGGGGAUCGGAUUGCCGUAUAAAUAGUUUAAGCGGCGAGCGGUUACGGCGAAUUAAUUCGUUUCGUUACUGUUUUGUUCGACAGGCGAAAAACAGACGGACGUCGACGCACGUCUGGGAACGCCGGGGUUUUUGCCGUGCGAACUGGAACCCAACAACGUCACCGAUGGAUUUAUUAUGACAUCCAGGUGCGGAAUGGUCCAUUCGGUGAAAUGGUACCGAGGAGCCACGAGGAUAUUUCUGUACACGGGCGGCAUUCGCGUGACACAGCCGCAAAGAGACGGUUACUCCGACAGAUACGACAAGUAAGUAUACCGAAUCGAAACCGAUACAUUAUAGUGGCGGGCCGUCAUAAUAAUACCGUUUUUGAACGUUCGGGCAACCGGAAUCCGACGACUGCGGACGGAAUGACAAAAUCCCGAUAUACUCGAAUAUCCGGAUAUUCGUACACAGUGUUCGGAUUCGUAUACUUUCAAAUAUUUUAUCGUGACUCGUGGGAUACAUUUUAAGAGGAUCUCGUACAUAGUUAUACGCGGGUAGAUUAUUGCGGAUUUAAUAUGCUACAUUUGACGUGUGGUGGAUAUCCGAAUUGAUUCUUAUCUGCAAUUUAAAAAUAUCCGAAUAUCCCCGAAUAGUUCUGAAAUUAAUUGAAACGUAUAAUAUAUAAACAUGUUUUAUUAUCAUAAUCUUUGUCGGAGGAGAGAGUGCGUGCAACGCUGAAUAAUAAUUCCACUGUAAAAACUGUUUCACACGUUGAAAAAACUACUCGGGCUAAAGAAUUAAUUAUUGUGAAAUUAAUUUUUUCACCAGUAUAAGGAAAAGGAGAACAGUUGUAGUGUGCAACGUCUGUUUUUUUUUUUUUUUUCAAUAUAAUGCAAAUACAUACAAUAAAAAGUUAUUAUUGUUUUGAAAAUAAGACAGUUUUUCGUUUUUCAAACUCAUAAAACUUUUUUCGUAACAAUAUUAUGGAAAAACUAAAACUAUCGUUGCACGAUACAAGUUAUCGGAAAAAAAAAAAAAACUAAAUUUGUAACUAAGUGCAUACAGCUCGAGUUGUUUUCGCCCUUGCGAAACCGUUUUUCAUACAUUUUUUGUUGAUUCCACCUUAGAUUAGAUUAGACACGAAACUACUUGUAAAUGUAUUUGAAUAUUUUAAAGUUGAUAGAAUUUAAUUUUCCAAUAAUGUCGAGAAAUUUCCUAUACGCAACCUCUUGAAUACGGGAGAUGGCAUCUCCUCUUAAGAGGACGUGUCACCACUCGUAAAUCGAUUGUAAAAACCGUUUUACCACGCGACAAUUUUAUUUAUUUUUUUUGACACCGUUCUAUUUUAUAAUAGAAUAUUAUCGACAUUUCAAAACGCGUAGAACUUAAUUUACGUUUAAUAUUUUUCUUAACAUUUUUUACAGCUAUAAUUCAUAUUUAUUUAUAAAGUUUCCGUGUUUUUUUUUCUGUUUGUUCGUUUGCUUAUAAAAAACUUAUUGGCAGCGCUAAUAAACAUAGUAAGCCCAGUACGGCCCAAAUAAUGUUCUUCCCUGUAUGCGACCUGUAAAUUAGAGACAAGAAGAUUGGGAUAGUUAAAAACUACGUUUAUAAAACGGUGCUUAUUAGCGGAUUUCCGCGGUUAACGAACAUUUCAAGGCCGAAAUUGGUUAUCGAUGUGAUUUCUAUUGCAUGAAUGAUGUGCCUACCUUCAAACCAGCGAUUAUACGCGAAACUGUCGAUUCUCCGGUAUUUUUUUCGUUUUUUUUUUUUUUUUUUCGUUCCGAAUUAAGUGAUUCACAAAAUAUUAUGGGCUCGUAGGACGGAUUUUCCGUCCCGUAAUAUCGUAUUAUUAUAAUGUGGUAUAUAUAAUAUAGAAACGAAUAAAUAAAAUAACGUAAAACAAUGCGAAAAUGGUUUUAUGUAUAUCGACCAAAGCUGAUAUGCGCUCCCUCCGGGUACUCGACUCGUUGACGUAUUUUUAAGUACGUAUAGAUUUUAAUGAAUUAUUAAUUAGAUGUUAAUUACGAAAUCCGUCCACUACUCGCCCUCCCGACACUUAAGUUGCCGAUUAAUAUUUAAAUACACUACACCGCCACCGACGCAGUGUUUAUUAUAAUAUCGGCUAUAUAUUGCAGCGAACCGUUUUCACGUUUUGUUUUCAUUUUAAUAAUAUAUACUGUAGACUGUAGAACCAUUUUUUUUUCUUUUUUUUUUCUAAUUUUUCGUUUCGUUUCUUUCCCUCGUGUCUUAAAUAAACAAUGUUUUGAAUAUUCGGAAUCGACGUCAUCCGGUUCAUUUCGCGUUUGACAUUAAAAUAGUAAUAACAUUACGAAAACGUAUUCCAAUUACAAACAAAACGUAAUUAGAUAGUAUAAAAAUCGUAAAAUAUGCGGUUAUAGGUAUUAUGUUAGGUUGGUGUGCCUACUAUAUUAUAAUACCCAUUUACGGUAUAAUAAUUAAUAUUAUUAAUAAUAUACAAGUACAACCCAAUAUCCCGAAAUUGCUUGUGAUUUCCGCUCGGUAUUGUUUAGAUUUUAAUUUUAUGGAUAUUAUCAUUGCGAAAAUACCAUUAUAAUAUUAAUUUGGCCGUGUCGAUUUCAUUAUAAUUCCAUACCUACGAGUAUGCGAGUGCAAUAUGGAACGUAAAAUAAUUGGAUUGAUUGCACAGAUUUAGAUUAAUCUUGGCACCGAAACCCGUGUAAAAACACGUGUAACUUAUGUCUGUAUUUUACGUUUCUUAAAGAUUGGUAAUAUCAUUAGCGAUUUUCACGUUAUUUUUAUAAUAACGGAAGUGCGUUGUACAAUUUAUGACAUUUUGCAAUUUUAAAAAUAUUUACAAGAAUUUCCAAAAAAAAAAAAACUCAUUAAAAUACAGACAGUAAACUGAAAAUUAUUUUUGGAAUUCUACACAACGUCGUUGCGUUCAAAUUAGAAAUAAUUACACUUCAAUUAUUAUUACAUUACGUUAUGCUGCGAGGUAAAUGAAGCAAAACGAGUCAUUAUUCUACCUUUAAAAUUCGUUUUUUUCCAUUUUAUACAAAAAAAAAAAAAAAAAAACGAACUAUUUCAAAUCGACAUCACGUUAUUUUUUUUUUUUACAAAUAAUAUAUUUUCGUACAUUUAUUAUUUUAAUCGUAUUUUGUUUUGUAUUUUCUUAAGUAUAUACUACCUAUAUUUACAUUAACCUAGUUGAAUACGUUUAUUUUGGCAAAUAUUAUCGUUCAAUAAAUAAUAACUAACUAGUUUCGUUACUGUAUAGACUAAUUUGCUAUGUGUUUAUUACUUCCUAUAUUUAUGAAUAGUACAUUACUCAUUACCAAAAAUAAAUAUUCUAUUUACGCAUUGCUAUUUUAGUACCGAACGUUGCCAAGAAGAAAUGUUUUUAGUAGUGAAAUCACGAUCGCUAAGAUAAAUUAUUUUUAAUUUUCUGUUUUAAAACUAUUGAGUAUAAUAGAAUUGUAUGUUUUUAAUAAUCUUAUUAUUUUCACACGAAAUCGACAUAAAUAAAUCGUUUUAACAUUUUAUGCUCACACCUAAACCUAAAUUGGAUCAGCUGUAUUUUUAUAAUAUAUAUUCAAAAAAAAAAAAAAAAAAAACUUUCCAGUCGUUGCUAAAAAAUCGUUUUCAAGUUUAUUCCAUAAAAAAAAAUAUCUAACCCAGACAUCCACUUUAUUAGCAUUAUAUAGUUUGGCGCCAUUGCACGCCUUUUGACCAAAUGUUUAUUAUUUUUCUAUAGGGUAUACCCUAUUGUAGCAAUUGUCAAAGCGAAAUUUGAAACUUUCUUCAUACUUUGAACCCUAUAUCCGUCCUAGUAUAGGUUAUCGGAGUAUUAUUUACGAUAUCACACCCGAACCAAGUAGGUAUAAAAUAAAUAUAUUACAGCAUUCAUAUUCCAUAACAAUACAAAUUUUAAUAUUAUCAUCUUUUAUUAUUAUCAUACAUCAUUAUUUAUCUCUAUAAAUGUUUAAAAUUAUUAUUAAACGUACAUUUUUUCUUAUAAUAAUAACAGUAUUUAAAAUUGAUACUUUUUACUAUAAUAUGACAAACGACAUAGAAAAAAUACUAUACGAUAUAAUACAUGUUGAUGUUAGCCAAAAGUUCUAAAAAUAUUUUGGCUAUUGUUGCUUAAUUUACCGUGUAAAUGCUUCAGUAAUGCCAAAUAAGUUAGAUACAUAUUAUAAUUACAUAUAUUUGUAUAGAUUUUUUUUAUAAUGAUCUUUCGAAUAAUGACAGAAUAAUCAAUUUACACGUAUAACACUACCAUUAUAAUAUAUAUACCAUUAAUAUGAAAAAUGCACAUUAUAUCGUUGUAAAACUUUUUGAAAUAAAAUACUAGUUUUAUAAAUAACUAUAAAAAGCUAAAAGUUUUAGAUUUUUAUUAUAGGUAUAAAAGUUAAAAUUAAACAUAACGUUGGAGUUUAGUUACAGAUUAUUAACAUUUAAUAACUUUUUUGUUUUUAAAAUAUUUCAAUAAAAUUUUGUUAAGUUUAGAAACGGUUCGUGUUAUAUUUUUAUAACUGAAUUAUAUAUUUGUAUGCACACCUACACAUAUAUAACGUACGUUUACCUUAUUUCAGGUAAUAUUUUAGACUAUAAAUAUUAUUAAUUUUUGAACAUCACGGAUUUAUUUUGGUCCAUAUAAAAUAUAUGGGUAGCAUAUACUCUUAGUAAAGUAUAUAUCUAUUUAACAUAUUUAUUAGUUUAAUUCGUAUGAAUAUAUAUCUUCUCGUAUAUAUCUAAUCAAUAUUGGGAAAGUUCCUUUUGUAAAGAAAUUCGUUCCCAUUCCUCAUUCCUACUACAAAAAAAGAACUAUCGUUCCUUUAAACGGGUAUCUCUUUACUAUAAUGCAGUCCAAAAUAAUUUUUUUAUAUUGUUGACUUGAAAUCAUCACUGAUUUAUUUAUUUUGUAAAUAAAUACAUAUUUGAUAUUAAAGGUCUUUAUGAGUUAUUCAUUAGUGAAAGUUAUUUGUGUGAAUACCUAAUUUUCAUAAAAAAAAUUAGUAUAGUCAGAGUUAAUCAAGUCAACUAAAAUUGGAAACUAUUUUACUCAUUAGAAUUGACAUGUUUAAAAUUAAAAUUAAUUAAAUUAAAUUUAUUUCCCACCUUAAAAUAUGAAAAUAAAAUAAACGCAUAAAUUGAAAAAAAUUAUGAUCAAUCUAACCAAGACGCCAUUUAUAUCACGGUUAUACCAGUAUGUACAGCCGUGAUUAAUAUUAAUAUUAUCAUAUUUAUAUUACGUACCUUGUAUGUUAAUAAAACUGGAAGAGUUAAGAAUGAAUUAUUAUAGUGUAGUAAUUUAUUAGUAACUGACGCAGUGAACUAGUGAUAGCAACACUAAAACAUUUCUAAACUGCAAUAUUAUCGUUAAAAUAACGCGUGUUUCAUUAUUAUCUAUUUUUCAUAAUAUGAAAAACGUAAAUUAACGUUUACGUUCCUCAUAAAUGUAGGAACUCUUUCCCUGUUCCUCGUUUCUGUGUUUAAAAAGGGACGCGUUUAAAGCUUUAUUCCAAUAAAUAAGAUCUUAAUCAGUUUCAUAAAAAAGCUAAUUCAUUUAUAGAACUAUGAAAAUUGUUUUUUUUUUUUUUUUUUAUGACAGUUUCUUCAAUUGGAUCAGAAACAAAGAAUAUUGCACAUAUUAUUAUAUUAUAAAUAUAAUUAUAGUUUAGUUACAUUAAAGUGUACUUAAAAAUCAUGUUUCACUAUCUUAUAACUACUGAUAACUACACAAUAAAUUGCACAAUUUGACAUAAUAUUAUAUUUACUUUUCUUUCUAUAGUUUCAAUACGCGUAAUAUUAUAAAUUAUCUCUUUAUCCAUGAAUCAUAUAUUUUUUGCUCGUCUCUCUGCUCCGACGAGGCAACAUUUGGAACGUCGCCAACGCGUUACUACACGUCGUAUAUAAAUAAUUUGUCUCCUUUGCUGUUAAUGAUAUUAUAACAUUAUAAUGUGUGCAUCAAAAUAUAUAAUUAAUUAUAAUAAUGAAUGGUAUAUUUUUGUAUAGCGUGUAUUGGAGUGCAACACCGGGGAAUACGACUGGCUUCUUGGUGAUUGACAAUAUUACAGCACUCGAUGAGGGCAUAUAUAAAUGCGAGAUCACAUAUACCAAAGUGCACGAGGGUUGCAACAUCAUUCAGUUCAUCAAUCUCACGACUUUCAGUAAGAAAUAGAUAAACCGUUAAAUUAUUGAUUACGAAUAUAUUUAAUAAUUACUAUUCGUAUUAGAAGCACUUACUUUCUAAUUUUCUAAUAAACAUAUUUAUAUUAUAUUUUAUACUAUAGUAAACUUCCGUUAACGGUCGCCUCUAAGAGACGGCCACCUCUCUGUAACGGUCAUUAUUUCUGGUCCCUUCGGUGACCGUUAUAUAGAAGUUUUACUGUAUAUAUUAUAAUACGGAAUAAUAAUCUUUUUCUCCUUCACAUUUUACCACUUUUUAGGGGAUGGCCAACUUCGUCCUAAACUUUCACUUGCCCCGAUUUCCUACAUAAUUCCUGCAUGCAUCGGCCGUCGUCAUAUCGUUAUCAAACACUUAUACAUUUUUAUUUUUUAUUUUUUUUAUUUUCGUUCUAAAUAAAAAUUAGUUGAAUGGUAUUAAAAUUAGAGAUGGAUGAUAACCAAAGUUUAGAAUUCGUUACUCGUUUUAUUUCACUGUUUGAUAGUCGAUAUCACAACUCGAUUUUCGAUACCUUAUGACUUAUUGUUUAAAAAUAAAAAACAAAAUACAGCUAUUAAUAUAUAUAUAUAUUAUUUAUAUUAUUAUAAAAACUACUCUCUAGAAUCUAUAUGUAAAAAAACUAAUAACGCAUUAUAAACUGAAAAAUUAUACUAAUUGAUUUAAUCUUAUUUCUCUAACCACGUCGUAGUUAUUACGUAAUUGCUUAACAUUUUAACAUAACAAAAUAUCGAAAUAGAUCUAAAAUAUUAACUUGAUUUCGAUAUACAAAUCUUUCUUAAGUGUUGAAUUGCCUAUCCUUUAUACAAAUAAUAAAAUAUUACGAGUAUUAAUAUCUAAAUUGGGUUACAAAUAAUUAAAAAAAAAAAAAAAAAAAUUAUAAAUGUAUGUUAAAAUACAAAUUAAAACUUUAAAUACUUGUAAAAAUCACAUCGACUGUAUUUAUAUAUGCAUAUAUAUAUAUGUAUAUGUAUAUGUAUAUGUAUAUAGUAUAUGUCAUAUACAUUUCAACAGUUUAAACAUUAAAUUCGUACUUCACACUUUACAGUGAUACGGUGUAGUCGUGUCACUGUAAAUUCGGAAAAACAAAAAGUCAACCCCCCCCCUCUCUUGUUUAUAACAGUUCCAAAUGUUCCGACGUGCCAGUACUCGCGGUUGGGCAACUACCCGAUAAUUUAGUAUUGCGUGUCUGCAUUACUCGACACACCCCUCGUUCUACGUAUAACUAAUUAACAAUUUAAACUUAACACAAACUGUCUGCUGCAAGACUUAUGGAGAAACUCGCGGAACUUGCGGGUGACAGUUUACCGGAUUCGCCGCUGUAAAACAAACUAAAUUAAUAGCCGUAAGACUUAUCCGGAAAUCUAAAAACAAACCAAUUAAAUACAUUUUCGGAUUUUGAAAAUCCGUAUUGAAUAUGAAAAUUCGGAUUUAUCCCACUACAUUCCACUGGUUAUAUGUAUGUACAGUUGACUUUUCAACUACGACAAUUUAUAAACCACAAAAUCAACUUUUAUUGCAACUGUACAGCGUUUGCAGUAUUUCGGUAGUACCCGUAAUUAUGUAUAAUUUCAUUGUAUGCGUUAUUGUAUCUUUGUGAGUCACGCCACGAAAUACAUCUAUACAAUUACGAUUAUUAAUUUUAACGAGUUAGGAAAGCCCACAUUACGAGUGUGUACGGAUUUUACACGAUCGCAAUGAAACGGCGGUGAAAUGUUUAUGCAAAUUUCCCAGUUCCAAUCGCUGUUCAAACAACAGAUUAUAACUCCGUGUACAGUUUCAAAGCAAUUUGGUAAUCUAGUAGAUUAACCCACCCACACCCAGCAACAACCACUUCCGCAAUAAUUACAGCGGAAACGUCAACUCUUCGAGUGACAAGAGUUCGUUGAAUUUCCCUUCUGUCAUUGUGCGUAAUCGGUCUACGAAUGCUUUAGAACCGGGGGCAGCCAAUAAUAUGGACACAAUAAUGAAACGCUAUGAAGUAAAUACUCAUUAGUCGUUGAUCCUAAUAUAAUGAUGUAUUUUUUUCAAUAACCAUCCAGGAAUUUUCGCGUUCGCUCUGAUUUCAAUUGAAGUACAAUAAGUUCCGCCAUUUACUUGCAUCGAACGUUGGUGGGAUACAUUAUAUAUGUAUAUAUAGUGAAUCAUCUUCUUUUAAUUGGUUAUUUGGUGAAGGUAUAAAUAAUCUUUUCUUCGGCCAUAACUUCUUUGAGUAUUGUUUGAUUGUUCUCCUAAACCCUUGUUUAGGUUAUAUCAGCUAUUCGAAAAAUGUAUAAUUAACUUAUCAAUUAUUCAACAACAUUUAAUAAUUACGUGUUUGCCGUAUUAAACAAACGCACAACGAAAUUACAACGAAUUAAACAAUGAACUUAAUCGUGUUAAGUAAACAAACAUAAAAACACUAAGGUUGGAACAAAAUUAAUUUGAGCAGGAAGACCUGUGAGUAUAAUGAACUCACCCUUGAACGGGAGUUCGCUUUAUUUAUUAUAAGCUGCGUUUCGUACGAGUAAUAAAUCAAUAGUUUUCAGUAGGAAAAAAAUACUUGUACGAGUUCCUAACAUUAUAGUAUUUCGAAAAUUUCAAUCGGCAAACCGAGAUAACUAGUAUUUAUGAAAUUGUUUUACCAGUCAACUGUAAUUUAGUAAGGUUAAUAGUUUUUAUUUAAUAAAACCACAAAUUGCACAAACAGAUGCCGAUUUAUGUAUAAUUUCUGACAGCGCCAUAAUAUUCUAAAAUUAUGAAAGUGACUGCGUGUGAUCGUCAACUACUAUCAACUUAUUUUCUGUUUUUUUUUUUUUUUUUUUUUUUUUUUUAAUUUUCUACAAUGCUGAAACCAUUUCAAAUAAUUAAAAUUAAUUUACAAAGUGUGUAUGCUGAAAACAAAUACACAAACAGAAAAAAUUCGAUACCGCCGGCGGGCCGUUGCUGCAGGUGGGAAGUGUAGAGGAAGAAGAAUACAGAGUUGUUUAAUUUAUUUUUACCGAGAAGAGAGAGAGAGAGAGAGAGAGAAAGGCGUUAAAAUCGUAAAAAUGACGUAAUUCCAAAACGCAUCUGACUUCCGUUUAUUAUUUCGCAUUAUUAUUAAUAUUACUAUGAAAACACAUUAUCCAAACGCGUUUAUUAUUGCGAUUUGCUUGCUUGCUUUUUUUUUUUUUUUUUUUUUUUUUUUUUUUGUAGUCUGAGUUAUUCGCGGAAUUUCAUAAACGCCGCAGCGCGCAAACAAAGAAACUGCGAGUGUACAAAACGUGCAGUUUCCCCAUAACACUUUUAAAACUUCUCGCGUUUCUCGGAAACGGAACACCACUGCCGCGGCCAAUUAAAACAAAUGCGUUUCGAGCGCAAACAUCCAUUAUGCAUGUUACACGUAAUAACGUAUUAUAGCCGCAUGCAUAUAGAUGAACACUAAUUAUACUCCCAUUACAAUAUUACGUCAAUAACAUUAUUGAUUUUCAUUCGAUUCGUCAACUUCCCGGACGGACCGUCGCGCGAACACGCCGCACGACGACGAAUCGGCGAAUUCGCAGGGCGAAAAUAUCGAUCGGAUCGCGGGGAACUCGCCGUGGGUCACGCCGGAAUUUCGCAUGUACGGGACGGAUUAAAUCGUUUCGAACGGACUCGUUAAAUUUAAUCGUUUUAUCUGCGCGGCGCGAGUUUACCGGAUAUGAUGUGCUGCGAUCGCGUUUCGAAACGAUAUUAUUUACGUAUACAUGUCGUGUUUGCGACAGGUACGCGCGCGUUUUAAACUGCGCGGUUUGGACGCACAGUUUUCACAUAUUUCCCGGUGAUCGACGAAAUCUACGCGUUAGCGUAAGCAAUGGUUUGAAAAUAACGUGUUUGGAAAAUGCUGAAUAAAGCGUAAUUUCUUUCUUUUGAUUUUUCAUUCGACAAAAUGUAUAACCGCAUUUAUAUAUUUUAAUAAAAGUUGCCAAUUCUUUUAUUUGAUCACUAGUAUAAAUAUUGUUUUUCCAAAUAAUUCCAUAAUAAACUGUUGACAUUAUAUCCCUGUGUGGGUUUUGUUAUUUAAUUAACUAUGAGCUUUGCUUGUUUUAAUAGUCGAAAUAUAAAAGCUCGUCUGGCUAAAAUUGCAUUAUAUUAAUUAAAAAAAUAACGGUAUGUAUCUAAAUACUCUAAAGUGCCAGUUAUUUUUAAAGUUUAAAAUUUUAAAAAGCGCUGGCCGUAAAUUUGUUCGAAUAUAUCUGAAAAUGGGGUUCGUAAAAAAUGAGCUUGGACCUAACUAACAGGACGUGCUUCAAGCUCAAAGUUUUUAUGAAAAAGUAGGUAUUUAAUUGGUUUUUACAUAUACUUCGUUAAGUCUUAAGAUUACAUAAAAUUAUAUUUAUUUUUUAUUUUAAAAUGAAUUGUCAUUUUUGAGCUCUUUAUAUGUAUUUUAAUUUUAUCGGUUUUUUUUACGUAGUUUUUAUUCGAUAGGUAGGUACUCUGUGGAUAAAAUUGUUAGACAAACAGAAAUACUAGACAAUUUAACUGGAGUUUAUAAGACGUACUUAAUGGUAAAAAAAAAUUGAGUGUAAUGUAAAAUUUUAUUUUUAAAAUAAUUUUAAUAUAUUAAAUUUGAAAAAUUGAAAGCAAUACUAUAAACUGAACUUCACUUAGAAUAAUCGUUUUUAGUUAGUAAUGGUUAAUCGUAUAUACUUAAAAUUUCUCCUCUACUUUCCCAACUUUUCACCUGCAACAAUGGCCCACUCAUCGUGCGAAAUAUGUCUGUCAUUUUUUUUUUUUUUUUUUUUUUUACCAAAAUUUGACAAAAAAUAUUAAUCUAUAUUAAUAUGCAAAUAUAAUAAAAGGUCUAAAUAUAGUAAAUAGAAUAUAUAACAAAAAUUAUUUCUGUUACAUUUAUUAUUAAUACCAAACUGGCAUAACUCAUUAAUAAUUUGACUAGAAACAGUAUUAUACGAGCAAGUUUCAGAUUUAAAUGUAUCUAAUAAAUUGUAUAGGCAAUUUAAUUUAUCAACUUGAUUCAUACUUUUAAUGCGAAUAUUUUAAUUUAACUAUUACUAAAAUGUUUCCAUGAGUAUGAGGAAGAAAAAGUAAAAGUUGUUACAGGUUUUUAUUAUGUUUUAACAAGCUUAGAAACUUUCCAUUUUUGCAGGAUUAUCAAUAAUGCAUGAAAUCUAUUAAAUUUAACAAAACUUUAGUAAGAUUAAAUUAAAAGAUUUGACUAAUUUCAUCGGUUUUUAUCGUAGUUUUUUGAAUGUAUUUUAUACAGAUAUUUUUAAAUACAUAUUUUAUGAGUACUUAGAUAUUUUUAAGAGGGAAACACGUACGUCAUUAUUGAUUCAGUAUUGUAGCCAGGGAAACACUGAAAGGUGUGCUCUCAGUGUCCCCGAAAUCUUUUGUUUUAUUGGUUACUUCUGCAGUUAUUCUUGUGUAUUUUAUUAUUCUAAAAAUGGUAGGUAAUAAUUAAAAUUAUUAGUGAUAAUAAUUACCCCUCUCCCUCCAACAUUUUAUUCAAGCUACAGUAUUACCUUGAUCAUCAUUUUAUUAAAAUAAGAACAUAAAUAUUACAUUUUUUGAAACUAGAGAUGAGCGAUAGGUACCAACAAUUUAGAAUUCGAUACUUAUUUUAUUUCAAUAUUCGAUACUAAAUUCUCGAUACCUAUCUUUAUUAAAAAAUUAAAAACAAAACACAAAUAUUACAAUAUAAAAUUAACAUUUUAUAUUAUUUAUUAUCAUGCAAAUUCACUAUGUAAAAACACAUAAUAAAAAAAAAAUACCAAUUUAUUUAAUCUACCUAAUCUAUUUAACCACGACGUAAUUAUCAUGUUAUCAUUUAUAAUUUUAUCAUAAGAAAACAUUGAAAUUGAUUCCAAAAAUUACUUCGAUUUCGAUAUUUGAUAGUCUGUAUGAAAUGUAUCGAGAUAUCGAAUCAUCCACUUGAAAUUUAAAAUUUGAAAUUGGUUUGAAAUAUAAAAUAAAAACUAACAAAAUCAGUUAUGUUAAUUUUUUUUUUUAUCAAUAUAAUUAUGAAAAAAAUAUUUAUUAUAAAUUAAUGAAAUAAUAUUUGAUUUAAACGUUAAUGAGUUUUAAUAAUUGUUAUCGAUCACUCUUAAUUAGAUAAAUAUAUAUAUGUUAUAUAGAUUAUAGGUAUUUUGAAAUUGUAGUAUUUUAUUGUGUCUUGACGUAUUUUUAAUUUAUCGUUCUCUGUUUAGGUGAUCCUGCAUCCAUUGGCGUCGGUACAUUUGCCGAACCCGGUGAUCUUUCAGCAUUUAAUUAUGAUGACCCGAAGUCGGAUUUUUACGACACUAAAGAGAGCUACCCAAAGUUUGGUAUAAUGAAAAGGUUGAUAACUGGAAACAAUGUUGGACCGGUUGAUGAAGGAAGCAAAAUACGUCUGGUAUGUCGUGCUGGUCGUACCAGACCUAUACCCCAAAUCACAUGGUGGCAACAUAACCGUGGACAAAUUUAUGACGAUGAAAUGAGUAAGUAGUUUAUAAAUCGAUUAGGUGAUUGGGGGCACAUGAUGUAAAUAUGAAAUAUUUGUAAAAAUAUGUUUUAUUUAUACUUAUGUCAGUAUUUAUUUUGUUUUAACUAUUAUUUCUAGUUGAUUAUCAAUACCGCAGUGUUGAUUCCGAUGAUUACGAUGAUUAUUACGAUUAUACAGGAUUAUAUGUUUCGCAAAGUAUCCUCACUGUUGUUGGUAAGAGAGGUGCCAACGGACGGUAUGAGUGUAGAGUUAGAACGGUAACAGAAUCAACAAAAUCUCUAGCCGCCGCUAUUGAUGUCAUUGUCAACGGUUAGUAUGAAUAAAUUCUUAGUUUUCAUAUACAGUCUCUUGUAGCUAAAAUGCUUAAUACAUAUGAAACAUUUUUUUUUACGAUUAUUAUACCCACACAUUUUUAAGUUAUGAAUGGUUCAUUAAAUAUACAAUGUCUUCUAAAUGUCAUGAUACUGCAAAAUUUUAAUUAAUGGAAUUUUACUUUCCGUCGACCCGUUUACGAUAUAUUUCACGUUUAAGUUUAACGUUUUGUAGAUAAGGGGAUUGUAGUGGAGUAUCAUUCGUGUGGUAGCACAGCGAAAUAUUUCGUCAAUGAGUAACUAAAAAUAUAUUUAAAUUAAAACUACAUCUACUUAUGGUAUUUUUAAUAUGAGUUGCUAUUUGAAAACCAAAAUUAAAUUGCAAUUUCAUCCCCAAAAAUAAGGACAGUGCAACAUUUUAGAAUACAUUAUGAUGAUUUCAAACAAUUUUUAUAUUGGAAUAAAAUAAGUAUUUCGUAAAAAUAUGACUGUAUUAUUCAAUUUGAAAGAACCUGUAUACUUAUACGUUAUAAUAUAUUAUAACGAUAAACGACUAAUAAGUUUUUUAUUUUCAUCUACGUUUUUCAGUUAGUCCUUACUCUGUUGAAAUGUCCUCGUCAACAUCGGGACCAACAGUUUCUAAAAUUUCCAAAGUAGAUGACGGUCAAACAUCGCAAAACGGCGAACAAGAUAAAAAAGCCGAUGAAGUCGUUUACGCCGAAACCACAGAAGGACAACCAUUAGUAAUCCGGUGCGCAGCACGCGGAGCUCGUCCCCAAGCAAACGUGACGUGGUAUUAUUAUUACAAUGACCAACAAGACGACGAUAACGAUUACGCCAGCGGAAUUAGAAAUGAGUUUAACGCUCGUACACAAUCUCUUCAGCCAUCAAAAUCUUCCAAGCACGGUCCUCCGGUUAUGUUGGGAGGUACUCAUCGAAUCAACUCGGGCUCCGCAACACCCAGGAUGCCCAGUGAUUAUUUAAUUUCAGAAACACGCCGUGUGGAAAAUGGGGCCGAGAUUAUAGGCCCCGUGGAAAUAGCUCAGCACACCGAAUACCAAGUAAAUAAAAACGCGACGAUUUAUUUUGAUAAUAUACCUAACAUUAUUUCAAUUAAUGUUUUUAUCACUUUGACUACCCUGUAACAUAAUAAAUUAUUUCUUUUUAUAGUCUGACGGUACUCGAGAUACGCACAGUCAGUUAUCAAUGUCACAACUACACCGUCAACAAGACGGUUCUGUGUUGCGGUGUGACGCGUUCAAUCAUGUCGGCUCUUCACCAUCUCACCCUCUCACUGUGAACAUGACAAUCCGCGUGAAAUGUAAGUCAAUUAAAACGGAAAAAAAAUCAUAUAAGCCGUGUAUAAAUCGUAUAACCAUCAUUCAAUUUCUACGUUUAGUUAUGCCAACUGCUUGGGUAGUGCCGCUUACUGACGGAGAAAAUUCUGGCGCUAUUGUCGAGGACGAAAUAAAAACUGAAAUAGACCAACAGCAUAAGGGACCCGAGAGUAUCAAUUUCAACCCAGGUGUAAAUGAUGGUUCUAAACCUACAGACGACGGGCUUCAUUAUCAAACAUAUUUAUACACGGUUUUGGUCAACGAAACAAAGGAAUUGAGAUUGCUGUGUGCAUUCCAUGCCAAUCCGGACAAACUCCGUACUCCGGUUAAAUGGUUAAUAAAUUAUAUUAUACAUAUAUUUUUUUUAUUUUAAAGAUAUGUAUAACACUAUAUUGUGCUAUAAUUUAAAUCUACUUAUUUUCGUACAUAGGUAUCACGAUGGUAACGAGUUACAGUUGGUGGAUGAAGACGAACAAACUCAGUCAAAUUAUGGACCACCUUAUUUGAUGCACGCUAACAUCGGGAACCUUUUGAACUCCAGAUAUCCGGCAAAAUACGCCAGAGUCAAAGGAUCACCAAAUGGAAAUAACCGCCUUUACGGCGACGGAAACGGUGAAGAUGCAACCGUGUUGGUGAUAAGAAGGUUGACGCGUUCUGACUCUGGUCGUUAUGAAUGCCGCGUAAGAAAUUCAGUCGGGGCCGCUAACUCGACGAAUUUUGCAAAUGUCCGUGUUCAGUGUACGUAUAAUAUUCUAUAUAAAAUACAUAUAAUAUUAUAUUUCUUGUUUCAAUUCGAUAAAAUAAAUAAAAUAUUUGCAGUUGUUACAAACGAAAGUGUAAAAUAUUAUAGUAUUUGUUGUUUCUAUUGCAGAUUCUCCCAAGGUAAAAUUGCAGGUUAUCCUAGACGAUUCACAUGGCGAUAACCAAACUUCAAGUAAUAUGAUGAUUGGACCCAACCCAAUCGUAAUAGAAUCGGAACAUCGUAACGUUACUCUACGGUGUGCCGUGAAACUAGAAUCGGAUCAAGAAAACAUGGAAGAUAUAGAGAGUGAUCAGUCUUUGAAUUUGACAUUUGUUCAUUGGUAUUGGAACGGCGUACAAAUGCAGUUACCUAACUGUACUAAAGCCUCAGAUUCAAAUAGUUUUAACAGCGAACCAUUUGAAAUCGAACACACCGAGGGGAAUACUGAUUUUGAUGUUUCACAAGAAAACGAUAAUGCUAUGAAUGUUAACUACUAUACCGAUGCACGCGAAGGAGAUCCAGAUUACGACUCGAUCAAUGUUGAUAACGAAACCAAGAAACGCAAUAGAAAACUAAGAAAAAUAGUAUGCACCGAGAGAGAACUUAUUUUAGUAAAUGUCACGAAAAAUAUACACGGAAAUUAUUCAUGCCGAGCUCGAAACGCAGCUGGUCUUCUUACUACAAUGUCUGAUCAGACACCUCUUAUUGUUUACUGUAAGUGUGUUUCGGUAUAUUUAUAGGUAUAGGCUAUUAGCCGUAGGAUAAUUUAUAAGCUGAUUAAAAAUAAAAUAAAGAAACAUUAACACAUUUAAAAUUGAAAACUGUCAUCAAAUUUGUUUGGUUAAUUAAUGUACCUGUACAGUCCUGCAUAAUCAUAUUGACCUAUCAUAUAGAAUGGCCCGAAUGACUUUUGAUGAACAAUUGAUAAUCCCAUUAUUAUAAAAUUAUAUUUAUUGAAAUAAUUUAUUGUUCAAUUACAGUGUUAAUUUAGUAAUUAAAUUUUAAUUUUUUUUAAAUUUAUUAUAAAUUAUUUAAAAACUCGAAAAUGAUGUUGGAAAUAAAAUAUUAAAUAAGACAAAAAAUCUAUUUACAAUUGCUAUUGUUAUUAAAUAUUAUUAUACUUAUCAAAAGGGUAAACGGUAAAAAAAUGAAUAAAACAAAAUUUAAUUUAUAAUAGAUAUAAUAAUUAUUAUAACCAAUAUAAAAUGUUACAAUAAUUCUCUAUAAUUUUAAUACGUGACGAUAACAUUAUAUUUUUGAGUUGGCAUUUGAACUUUUAUUAUAUAAUUAUUGUACUAUACGUAUACACAAUUUUACGUUUAAUAAUUGUUUUAUAAAAUAAUUUUGACAUUUUUAAAUUUAUUGUUAGGCAUAAAAAAAUGUAUAAUAUAAAUUAAUAAUAUAUUCCAAUUUUAUAGUUGCUCCAGGGCCAGUAACAUUGGAAUUUAAUCCGGCACUAGUCAUCAAAGACAGAAAUGUCACUUUGCGCUGUAACGCACAAUACCUUGGUCGGCCACAACAUCCUACCCGUUACUCUUGGUACCGUAACGGACAUCCGAUAUAUCAUCAAAAUCAAGGAAUGACAAAUUCUGGAACCGGAAGCAUUUCUAUUUCGAGUGGAAACAUCGGCGCGGGCAAUUUCAAUCCCGAAUGGUUUAUCGAACACGUUUCGUUGGAAACCCAUGCUAAUUUUACAUGUUCCGCAUGGAACGAGGGCGGAAUCACAUACUCCGAACCCGUAUCUAUUGAAGUCAAAGGUAAUAUUGAUCGAAAAAUCAAAAUAUAAUAAGCUGUAUUUUACCAAAAACUAAGAAAAAAGAUUGACUAAAAUUACAUCAUGUGGCCUAUAAACAAUUUAAUCGUUUGCAGCUCCUCCAAAAUACAUUACUGGACCUCCGCAAUACUUGGGCGUUGCUUUUAAUGCAACACACGUCAACGCUUCUUGCACCGUAGAAUGUUCUCCUACUUGUUCCGUGUAUUGGCUACGACGGGGUGUCCUCAUCGAUCCCAUUAAUAACGAAUACGAUAGACAAAGGUAAAACGUAUAUCUGUUCUUGUAACGCUAUAAAUUAUACGUCGCAAAGGCAGUAAUAACAAUUUUAAAUCCGCGGCGAAAUUUUAAUUUGUUGUACCCAUAUAUUGUUUAAUUAUUUUAUGGAGAGUUUUAAAGAAUCUUAUAAUUUUUUUUAGAUACGUGAUACUGAUCGAAACCGUAAACGAGACACGGACGAAAAACGAUUUCGAGGCAGUGCGCAGCACGUUAAUAUGGCGUAUGGAGAAUUGGCCCGGAGGUAUGGGUUUGGAUCCAAUAACAGAUUCCACGGAAUACAGUUGCCGGAGCAGUGGCAACGAAGUCGGACCGCCGGUUGACGAAACAAUAAUGAAUUUCUCUGUCGAAUGUAUGACGAAUAAAUACAAUUUCUUUUUUUUAUCAACUCCGUGCUCGAGUGGAAAAUAUAUUUUAAUAUUUGACAUUUUUUUUUUCUGUUCGUUACAGACCCCCCCGGAAACAUGACCGUAUCCAAAUCAAUCGUGCACGUCAACGAAGGCAACAUACCCGAAAAGGUAUUUUGCCACGCCGAAGGUCGCCCCCUACCGUUUUUCGAAUGGCGGUUCGCGACGAUCACAAACAACUGGAAGGUCUCCGGGAAUAACGCUACUCUCUCGCCCACGCAACAGAAACUUUUGGUUUCCAGCAUCAACGGCGGGGUCGAUACCAGCGUCGGAAGCAUUUCGGGAGGCAGCAGCCAAACCAACAACCAACAAUUAGCGUUGAAUGCAGCCGUGACCAGACAACAGGCCGGCUAUUACGCUUGCAUUGCCCGCAACACACACGGAAAUGGCACUGCCUACACUUACCUGGACGUCAUGUGUAAGUUGAGACUUACAAACGCCGUGUGUAACCCCCCCCCCCUCCCCACUGAGUAUUUUACAUUCUGAGUGGGGCGACGAAUGUAUUGGAUUUAUAAUGAUAUGUUUACAUGUAUAUAUUUUUUUUUUAUCUGUGAACAAAUUUUCUACUAGCAAUUACACUCCGAUACACAAUGAUAGCUUUUUUUCGUAUAUACGAGUAGUGUAAUCGAAAUCCCAUAAUUUAAACCGGUGUUUUAGAGAAUUUGUACUUAUAUCAAAAAGGAUUAUUAGAAUAGGUACUAAAAUGACACGCCCAACUACAAAUUUUAAAUUACUGGUUUCUAAUAUUGUUUCGUUAUAACUAUUCUAAGCCAAUAAUUUCUAUCAUUAUUAUUAUUAUAGACAAACCAAGUUGCCAGCUCAGAUUGAUGACAGUAGACCAACUUAAACAGGAAACAACCAACGGGGUGGAACAAGCCUCCGAAUCUGGAACAGAAGAUUUGAACACAAUUUUAUCAUCAUACUCCGGUGAAAAGAGAGUUCUAGUGUGCACAGCUACCGCUAAUCCGAGUCAAGUACAAUACACGUGGACUGUUAGAAACUCGGGUCGCCAGAACGAUACAUCAACUCCAUCGUCUUUAACAUCUGAUUCUCCAGCUUCUGAUAGAAUAAUCACCGUCGCAAUGAGAUCGACCAAAGACGGUUCAACAGACAUGGACAGUGCCGAAAGUUGGAAUCAAAGCGUAUUAAUAUUACACGACAUUCUUGAGGUACCCGACGACGAGAACGACAAUGACAAUGAGGAAAACGGAAAAAGUAACGACAACGCACCGAAUAAACCAGCAGAAGGCGUCAGAACAUACGUGUGCACAGUGAACAACACUGUUGGUUGGGACCAAUGCACUAUUCAAGUACAAGGUAAAAAUAUUAUUAUUAUACUAGAGCUCGGAAUUGUAUUCACUAAAAAAUAUUAUAUGGUUAAUAUGCUUCCGAAAAUGUAUAUUUAUGCAUAAAAUUCAAUUAAAUAAUUUAAAAUUUUCAAUUUGUAUUCAUCGCAUGCAUUUAUUACGUUUUCCAAGUUUCCAAAGAAUUAAUUUAGCUAAUAGAUGCUCGUGAAAUGUGAUCUGUACGUUUAAGUUAAAAUUUGAAUCCGUUAUAAUAAUGUUAAUAAUAUUAUAUAAUGUGUUUCAUUUUUUUUUUUUUUUUUUGUACUAGCUAUCAGUGAAAGUGAGUCUCACAAUAUAGUAUACUAUAAUAUUUACUAAUUUAUACUUACUAUUAUAUUUAUAUAGCAUUAUUUUGAAAAUACUACAAUUUGAUUAUGAUAUUUAUAAUUAUUCGAAAAUGUUCUUCCACUUUUCUACAUUACAGUUAUUAUUGUUUUUUAUUUUCGUUUGCUAAAAAAAAAAAAAAAAACGAUAUGGUUAAUAUUUUACGUUGACGUCCGAAACAGAUGACGCUCCUUGGUGGAAACAGUUUUUGGUGACCAUCGGCUUGGGCGGAUUACCCGUAAUGGUCGUAUUGGUCGGCUUGGUGGUCAUUUUGCUAAUCAUCGUCAUCAUAAUCAUUGUUAUUCUGUUGCUGUUCGUUUGCAAAAACCGAUACUUUAAACCCGGGAACAGCGCGAACGGAGGACGUCAAAAAUGUAAGUGGUUAACGUUAAAAAAAUAAUGCAAUACUGUGUAACGAACUACCUAGUUUAAUGUUAACGGAAGCUUUUAAAGACGUCGCGUACAAAAUGAAAGGUAUCGAACUAAUAACGUUUUUGAUGUUAUAGUCAACUAUAUAAUAAUUAUUAUAGCAUCGUUUGUAAUGUGCGUGUAUUGUUCCGUCCGUUUUAUUUUACGUAGAAUAUUAUAAUAUAAUUAGAUUGAUUUAUUCUAGAUUCUGAGCGGAGUGCGGAAUGUAUUGAUUUUACAAUGAUGUUUAUUAUUUUCUUUAUGGACAUCUUAUUUUUCUACUAGCAAUUUUGCUUUGAUUUUCUACGAUAUCACUUUUUCUGAAAAGAAAUCAGACUGGGGAGGUAUUUUGGAGAGGUCAUUUAUUGAUUUUCCCAUAAGUUUCCUCAAUAAAUGGGGAAAACCGUAGGAAAAAGGGGAAAACAGGUACGAUAUUUAGCAAAUAUAUUGUUAAAGAAAAUAUAAUAUAACGUAUGUGUAAUUGUUUUACUAUAACAUGACAUAUAUUAUAUUGUUGAUAAAACAAUAACACUUAACCGAAUUCCGCUCAGAAUCGUUUUUUGCGUUAGCAAUGGUUUUUAUUUUUUGCAUUGAGCAUUGGGCUUUGUUAUUGUAUUUCGUUUCUGUUUUGAUUUUUGUUUUUUUUUUAUUUAAUGUAUAGAUGUUAAACAAAAAUAUCCUUCACUGACGGCGUGUAGGGUACCGGUCGUUUGGCGCCGGCAACGAGGCCGCGACUCGCUAUUAAACGUAUCGAAAGUACGGCAAAAGUGAGUAUAAUAUUGCGGUUAAUGUUGAACACUGCGGACGCGGGUCGUUAAUUGGUACGCUAUCGCUAGCACUUACAAAACUCACUGGUUUUUUUUUUUUUUUCUUUUUUUUAUAUACAUAUAUAUUAUUUAUCGAUUAUUCUUCUUCUUCUUCGGAACGUGAUAAUAUAAGUAUUACAUGUUUUGGUGGCGGACGACAAUAACCUUUUGUUUUCUAUGCACUUAAUAAUAUACCUGCAGUACUCGACACGUUUCGCGCUAUUUUUCUGCAUCGCGGUACAGGGACACGGACACCGGCAGAUAUUAUAUGUAUGUUACAAUACCGGCUAUACAAUCGCUACAAGCAGUCGCAGCUGAUCGCUUAUGAACAUUUUUUUUUUUUUUUAAAAAACACUAUUUGAAUAUGCAAAGGCGUGGCUACGGGUUGUGCAGGGCUCGCUGUGCGCCCUGCAGUGAGUCGUGUCAAUAAGAUUCUUAAAUCAGAAAUUAUAUACAAUGAAAUCAUAUUAUAGUUAUGAACAAUAACCGAACUGGUUUAGUAAUAUUAUUAUGUGCGAUACUAUAUUACGUGUUAUCACUUAUUGUUAUCAAAUCGAAGACGAAUUAAAGUUGAAAAACGUUUGGCGAAAGCACUCGCGGGCGUCUUGAAAAAGGUUCCACGACAAAAGCUGGCCAAAAAAAAUAAUCGAAAUAGCAUGAGAUAGUUUCUCGGAUGUAUUUAAAACGCUUUCAAUUUUUGUGACAAUAUACAUGUCACAAGCUGCUCCGCCGGGCGGAAAAUUCCUAAAUCGAAUAUCGUGAAAAUAAAAUUUGAGAGUGAUAUGACACGAGAAAGUCUCGACUCAAGUUAUCGUUAUGAAUUCUGCGGAACGGACAUCUUGGUACCGAAAUUAACUGCGAUGAAGUCGUCGAAGGUUAUUAAAACCAAACAUUUAAACGACCACUGGGCCGUUUAGAAUAUUAUCAAAUAUAAAGCGCGAUUCAAAUAUUACUUUAAAACAGAAAUUAGAUUUAUAUAGAUCCCCAGGGAAUUAUGUGGCCUGCAAGGUGACAAUUUCAUCGAAACAAAAUCGGGGGGUGCGUGAGAUCUAAUUACAGGCGAUAAAUGAUAUCACGGGUGUCUACGAACAAAAAAAAAAAAAAUAUAGAUUAGCGAGCGGUGUACGGAGAAAGAAAGUUUGGGACCCUAUGCUUUAAAGCAAUUAGUUUUUUUUUAAGAUUUUGGAGAAAUCGUACGGGGUUUAAGGGGCGGGUGUGAGCACUUUCUACGCAAAUUGCCUAGCCACGCCUAUGUGUAUAAAUAUACGUGUACACGCGUAAUGUUAUAAUUACGCCCGUUUGGCCGAGUAUUCUUUGUAACGUUUGUACCUGUAUACUGAAUUGUAGUCCCGAAGGGAGUGCCACGUCUUCGCCGUCUCAUCCCGCCGAUCCCGCGAACCCGCACCAGCGCAGUCCCGAACGAUCCGAGAAUACCGCGGCGGGCACGCCGAAACCGCCGCCCGGAUACGGCGACGAUCUCGGCGGCGGCGACCCGACCGAAUCGUUUUCCAAUCAGCAGACCACGGCGAACGCCGUGGGAAAAUGGCCGCUGAAACCCGGCGUGCUGGUGCAUUCCAAACAGCAGCUGCUCAAACCGCAAUCGGCCGCGGCCGUUUCUCCGCGGGCGAACGGCGCGGCCGCGAAAACCGAUGCCAACGAAAGCGAUAAGCCGAAAUCGAAAAAAACCAACGGCGGCGUUUGUAAAUCGAAAUCGCCGGCCGACGGUAUUGUGUUGACCAACGAAACGCAAUCGGAGCGCGCGGCGCGCAUCCGCCGCAUGAUGAUCGGAUCCAAUAACAACUUGUCGAAGAAACCGGCGCCCAUGACGCCUCCCCCCGCGCCGCCUAUUCGGCAAAAUCCAGACAACGUCGUCGCGGGGAAUUACGCUUCCGUAACAGGUAGACAAAAAGAACUAAAUGUGUAAUCUCUCGGGGUUAUCAUCAUUUCGUUUCGCAAAUUUAUCUAUCUAUCGGUGUCAUUGUAAAACUAUAUGUGUAUGUAUAUUAUCAUAAUGUCGCGUUGGACAGUGGCGUAGUUCCGGAGGGCGGGGAACCGAACUCUUAAAAAAUACAAAAAAACGCGAGUGACAGAGCUGCCGUCACUAUAUAGAGUCGAAUUUCCCCCCAGCUGACUUAUUGUUACAAAAUAGCCAAUGUGUUUUUUUUUUUUUUUUUUUUUGUGUACAUAAUGAUAAGGGAUUGAACAAAGAAGUUUUGCCAAAAAUCAAAAUACGUAAAGUAGGGUUAGCACUCGAGAUUUUUGAUAAUACAUAAACAGACGGCGGGGUCGACAGUCGGAAGUUUAUUAAACCUUCUAAAGGCACGUAUCCUUGACAACAAUAAUCUAUAUUUAUGUGUACAAAUUUUAACGGAGUUUCAUUCGUUUCAAGUCUGAGAGUGAAUUCAAAAUCUGAUAUUUCCCGCGGAAACCAUAAGGAAGAGCAUAAAAAUGGUCGGAGAAGGGGUUGACAUUUGAAAUUUGAUACUUAUACCACGCGUGUACAAAACAAUUCGCCCUCCCGGCUUCAUUUAGGAGGUCUGUAGAGGCGUACAAAUCAAAAAAACAACGCUUCUCCCGCAACAACUUGCCGAAGUUCAUAACGAAAAUUCAACCGAAAUUUUAUCACUCUAAUCCGCUCGUAAAAAAACUCAAAUUUCCCAAGGUUGAGCUCUUUUAGACCGGAGGAAGCCGCUAAAUGUACCCGGAAAAAGAUAUAUAAUAUUACAGUUUCAAUUCAGUGCAAUUUUCUCCAUAUUCAGGUAAAAUUCGACAAAAAUCCAAUUAUUUAUGAUGAAAAAGUAAUUAUAUUAUAUACUCUAUAAACGACUCUGAACUCCUCUCAAUUUAUAUCGUUUGGGACUAGGGUUUCGUCUUUGUUCCCGUCGUAUCGAUCACAUCACGUGCGAAGUUUACGAAACUCUCGGUUUUUGUUAAUAAGAGAAUAGCUGUCGAAUUCAAACUGACAAACUCGCUCAAGACCCUGUAUUAUUGUACCCUAAUUAGACCAAUACUUGAAUACGGCUCGGUUGUAUAGGACCCACGUGGCGUAAACGACAGCCAUCAAACUCGAGUGGGUUCGCAAAAAACGCCUAAACUCUGCGCGCCAUAAAUUAAAAAUGAAUCGCCCUCCACGUGACUGUACCCCUCUUAAUCCAGCCCCACUAUUUACGACCGUCGUCACUCCCGUGACUUAACCUUUCUUUAUGACUUCAUUGUCUACCUCUCUAUAGUUGAUCGCUCGUCAACUUUAAAACACCCUUACAUCCCACUCGUCAAAUCACGUAAUUUUUCAUUUUACAAUGCACAACUGUUUAGUAAAUUAACUCUCAACUGUACAACGAAACUCGUAAAUUAAGACACAUCUUUCUCUAUAGGAAUUAACGCUCAUAAUACGUUUAAUAUUGCAUACUUAUCGAUCAAAUCAGUAUCUCGGACUACGUUGAUACGUUUGCGGCAGAUAAUAAUAGACGCGCGAGCUUUUAAAUAUUCUAAAACUUAAAAAAAAAUUGAUCGCACAAAACAAACAUUUUAUUUCGGUUUAUAAUUUUUAAAUAAAUACAUAAAACGCAGCGUACACUAACGGUAGAAUUUGCGUGUAUCCUUAUUUUUACGUAUUUUGUUUUUUUUUUUUCUUUACAUUUUCAAUAUGAAAAGUUUUCAUUUUCGACUCAGAGUUCCUGACUACCCCACUGUCUACAUACAACCGAUAUUAUAACCGUAUAUUUCUAAUGGGAAACAAACAAAGUUCCUUUUGUAUGGUUUUUAAGUUUCGAAAAUUAUUUAUUUUUCCGUUUAGAAACAUCAUUAUUAUAACGCACUCAACAACGCGACAAAUUUGACAUUUUCUACUUAAGCGAUUGUGUAAACAACGUAAUAUUUUAAAUUAAUUUUCUCGUGGUAAACAUUCGGGCGUAAAAAUAUAGAAGUUCUCCGUAAAACAAUACACCAUCUUAAUACUGGUUUUAAAAUAAAAUAUUCUCGAAUAAUUCAUUUUACGGUUUCUCGUCACUCUCGAGCCUUAUUUUAUGGUUAUACCUAUACCUGUUGGUUUCAAAAUAAUUAUAAUUACAUAUAAAUAUGUCGCGUAAACGAAUUUUUUUUAUAUAACACCAGCUCCAUCCCCAAACCUUCUAUUCUGUAUAGGAUAUUAAUGUCUUAUUAUUAAGGAUAAUUUACGUAAUAUUUGUUAUAAUAUAUUAUUAUAGUUUCUACAUUAUGGUAUUAUUAUCCGUUACGUUGCUACGAUAGUAUGAUGUUUUAGCGUACCGUGUUAUAUUUUAUACUGUUUUUAUUAUUUAUUAUUAUUGUAUAUACAACAUUAUAUACCGUGUGUUUAUUUAUUCGUUCAAACGCUGUGAUUGUUAUUUAUUAUUGUAAUAAUAUCGUAGACUAUAACGUCUGCGGCGUUUAUAUUGUAACCGAAAAAACAGAAAUAUAAAAAUAAAAAAAAAACAUGAAAACAAUAAUUCCUCGGUGAGUUUCCGACUGAGUACUAACGGAUAUCGAGUCUUGUGUCCGGUUAUUGGGCCGCGCGGUAUGUAUAGGUAAAUAUUAUAAUAAUACUAACCGACUAAUUAGUAUACGUAGACGGUAGACGUUGUUUGCGCGUUUGCGUUUGUGUCGUUUUUCGUCCGACAAGUAAUAGUAAAAAAAUAACAAGUAAUAUUAUAAUACACGGACGUGACCGUAUAUGGACGACGGUCUUCGCCGACGAUAAGCACGCAAGUAUUCGUAGAAGAUAUAAAUUAGAUUUUCUUUAUUUUUUUUUUUUUUAUUUUAUUUUUAAAAACGACAAAACGAAAAAACUCGUCCAGAAGUUAACAAACAAAGAAAAAAACACCGCCAAACCCGGUAAUAAUUAUUAUUUCACGCGUGUACGGACCCCGGAUUUAAACGGCGUCGCUGUUAUCGCCGAUACGCCGUGACGUGCAGAUUAUCGCGAUUUAUCGUAAUUUAAAUUAUUCGUGUUUUUUCGUUUGUAUUUGUAGACACCCGAGGCAGAGCCGGACAACAACAGGACAACGAUUCGAACUUGGGGACGACCGGCGAAACGAAAGCCGCGUUCUACGAGAAUUUACCGUUCCACGGGAUGCGACCGCCGCCCGAUCAGGUGAGAAAAAGGAUUUUCGUAUUUUUGAUUAGCGACGAAUAUUGUCAGUGGCGCGCAGAGGAAUUCCGAAAGCAGCGCGUGCAGUGAAUCUCGCUACGCUCCGCAAUACAUUCUACCCGAGAAGACGUUAGCUGUCUUUGAGACAGUGGCGUGCGCAGGAGGGAGCGCAGAAUAGGGGUUAUGCAUCCUCCUUAAAACCGGAACACAAAUACGAGUAAAUUCUAACGUUGAAAUGCAUAUAAUUCGGCCGCGUUACGAGGAAAAGCUAUUAUUGAUCAGAAAUUGACUUUCAUUAGAAUCCGGCUUUCAAACUAUCGCGGUUCCCACAGUCGGGACGGGCACAGAGAAGACGAUUUUGCAAUUUAUUCACGAUUCUUGUUUGCUACGUCCCCUGCUCCCGUUGAAAAUUCCCGGGCUCGCUUCGAGACUAUUUCGCGUAAAAUAAUUUAACGUGCGAACGCUGUUGCCGUUUAAAGCUCCGUGCACGAAUCUGAAAUGUAAUAAAUGUCCGAGUUAAAAUAACAACAACGACGCACCCAGAGUGUGUUGCAGUAUUGGAAUCUGGGCGCCACUGAACAACAAUAAUAAUUUGCGAGUUUUAAGUACACAUAAAUCCGAUCCCUAGAUUAUAUUAUACACCAAACUGUUAGCGUAUACGACCGCGGUCGUGAUUAUCGUUGUUGUUAUUAUUAUUUUUGUUUGAACAAUGCAUGCGCUGAACAAACAAUAAUUUUUGUUCGUUUGGCUUUGUUAUUAGUUUUAUUUUUUUAUUUUUUUUUUUUUUUUAUUGUUUUGUAUAUGCGUGUGCGUGUAUUGUUGUCUGCGAAUUAUGAUUUGUUUACCCCUUGCCGAUAAUAUCGAAAAAUCAUCAGUCGCCCGCCACGUGCCCACGCGUAAGUAGUAACGAUAGUGCCGCCGGUGUCAAUAAGCCGCCGUGUCCUCUGCCGAAACCCUCAGCGGCCGGUACGCCGGCGCCGUUGCUCUCGUCGCUGAUCCACCGGUCGCCGAACGGCGGCUACGUGUCGCUGUUGCGCCGUGCCGUUUUGGCCGCGGACGACGCGGUCCGGUUCAAUUCGCUCCAGAGACCGGGCCGGGGAACGCCGGACGCGUCGCAGCGGUCCGUCCAUCAAUUCCGAUCGAUGAGAAGCGUUAGCAGCAUCAAAAGCAACCGCGAUAAUAACGGGGAGACCGCGAAAACCGUCGGCCGUCGCGCGUCCGCGGCAUCGGCCCGGGAUAACAACAACAACAACAACAACAACAACAACAACAACGAUCGGCGAGACUUACUCGAGCGGCCGAAUAACAACGCCCACAACAGCGGCGAUAAUGGCGAGCCGAUUACGCCGGCGGCGGAACGUAACAGGAACGCGAGCGAGGAGACCGGCCAGCAACGGAAAGACGUCGCCGGACCCGCGCUUCCCAAACCGGCACCGAGGACGCGGAUACCUUCGGCUACGGUGGCGCCGCCGGCGUUGGCCCACCGCGACACUUACGCGAACCUGCAGCAGCUGUUGAACGGUGACAAUAAAGACGAUAGUAAUAUGAUUGCCGACAAAAAGGUAUGUAACGGUCCCGACGGUCGCUUGUGUCGCUAAUAAUAACCGCACUUGCCGGCAAUAUCGAUAUUGUUAUACGCUUAUACGCCGUCGCCGUGUACCGUACGGUUUCUAAUCCCGGGCGUACGAACUUGGCAGAGAAACGUGUGUUCAAACGUUCCGUGAUUUUUUUUUUUUUUUCCAUCCGUAAAUCGGCCGAGCGGUGCGUCCCGCAAUAUAUCCCGCGCAUAGUAUACUCGGGACACGCAGUGCGUCCCGAGCAUCUGUAUGACCGACCGUUGCUAACGAAAAACGAUUCUGGGCGGCGUUCGAUUGAUGUAGCGUUGUUGCAUUGUCGAUAGUAAUUUCCCGGUUUUCCGUGUUAUCACGGAAACGUCUGGGGAAAUAAAAACAAACUACCUCCCUAAAGUACCGCCCCGGUUAGGUUUCCUUUCGGGAAAAGUUGUUUACAGAUGAAAAAAAAAAAACAACAACAAAUAUCGUUACAAAACCAAUAUAUUCUCGCUUCGCUCGGAAUCUAAAUGUUGCGACUAAAUGGGAGAGAUCUAAUCGAGAGAUUCGUUACCGUUUGAAUGAGCGUACCGCGUUGCGUAGCGUUUUAUUGCGAUGUUCGAAUAAUAAUAAUAAUUUGAAGCGUCCCAACGAGUCCGUGCUUAUGCAUAUUAUAAUACACGUGAUACGUAUACGCAUUUUCGUCGGAAUGUUUUCUCGCCGAAAUCAUUAUAAAGUCGCUCAGUUAGCCCGUGCCCGGGGGCACGACGACAAUAUCGGAACGCGAUUCUUAUGCGCAAAAUAUUAGCAAAGGUCCGCGACAAAAUACGCGUGGGGCGCACAAGUGUAUAAUGUCUAAAAAACACUUUUUUCGGCCAAGUUCGUCGUGAAUAAAGUCCUAUUAACGCUGUACACGGUUUUCGAUAUUUUUAUUUUUUUUUUUUUUUUCGUUAUUAUUAUUAUUAUUUCUUAGAACAGUAUACGCUUGCAAAUUGUACCGAUUAACAAAAUAACAAUAACACUUUACUAACAUCGCAAUUGUGUGUGUGUGUGUGUGUGUGUGCGUGUGUGAUUAACAGCUACCCGGAGUCGGGAUCGGAGCACGGAGCCUGGACGAAUUUUACCGCAUGCAAAUACAACAACACGAGUCGCUUUACCACCGAGUCACCGAGGACGAAGCGGCGAUAGCGCUGUCCGCCGGAUAUUCGAUGCCCAUCGACGGCACGCGGUCCGCCGGUUCGCAGCACCAUCGUCAGCAGUCCAUCGAAAUGACGCAGUUCGAGACGACCGCGGGCGGCAGGGGGUCCAACGGCGACAUAGUAUUGGAAUCGUAUCAGAAACCUAGGAAACACCAUCAGCACCGUAACGCUCACCGGACGAUGUGCGACGAGGACUACGACGCCGAGGACGACAUCGACGUAGGCAUCAGACUGCAGUCGAUGGUCGGCGCCGGGACGAUGGGCAGACGUCGCCGCGCGGCGAGUCAACAAGUUCUCGGCGGCGGGGGCUAUACCGGGGGCAACAACGGUCGCCAGUACCAUCACCACCAUCAGCAAUACGGCAUGACCGCCAGGAGACGUAACAACAUCAAGGGCGGCGUCGAAUGCUUGUCCAACGGGCAGCCGGCGGCGGGAGCGGCGUCUAAUACGCCCAGCAAUUACAAUACCGUCGGCGGCGGUAGCGUGGGGUACUACGCGGCCGAGGUUUACGCCACCAUGGAGUCGCGUCAACAGCAAGCAAAACAACAACAGCAGCAACAACAACAACAGCAGCAGCAACAACAGCAACAACAACAGCAACAACAGCAACAACAGCAACAGCAGCAGCAGCAGCAGCGUUCCUACUUGGGCCGCGGCGACAGCGGCGACCACCUCGCCGUUUCCACGGACAUGGUCGAAAACACACUGGCCGCCAAACGUUCUUGGCGACGGCAACAGAACCGUCGCCGUAGGGACGCCGGCGGCGGCGUGUCCGCCAUGGUUUCCGGUUUCGAAGCGGACGCCGGUCCGUCGUCGGUACGCCCGGCGUCGGAUUACGCGUCGUCGGCGAUGGACGCCGUCAUCGGCGGCCGGAUCGGCAUGAACACCGAGGACCCGUUGGACGGCGGCAGAUACCGCGGCGCGAUCACCGCGACCACGCAGCUGGAACACCACCACCGGUCUUGGCAGAAAGCCGACGACCUGGGCAGCCACCCGUUAGCGGACGGGCCUAUGCCCGCGGCGGCGUCGGCCGGGCUGUCCGCCGACCAAUCCGCGGUCAACGGCACCGGCGCCGGUAACUCGAACGGCAACAACAGCGGCAGCGCGAACAAAAACGUCGUGAAAUUCCACGACGUGGGCCGCGAGAUCGACGUGUAGACGCCGCGAACCCCGGCAGUAGUGUAACAUUAGAGUAGUGUUUAAAUACCGACGUCUCCGCGUAAUAGAAGGUACAGCUAACGUAUAGUCGUCCGCGAUCGCGGUACAAGUAGGUGCGACGCGAGAUCGCGCGCCGUCCGCUCGCAUUAUUCCCGAUCGCAUAACCGCGUAAUAACCGCUGUAACCCGCUAUAACCCGUGUGCGUUUUUUUUUUUUUUUAUUGGUUUUCAACGUCUAACGCGCGGACACCAACGGAGAAACGGAUGGGCAGCCCGGAACGCACGUCAGGCGGCGUCCCGGCGGACGCGCGGAUAAACCAGACAUCACCAGGAUGGCGCGCAUCGUUUCUUUUGCGUUUCCGCCUUGGAAUAACACUGUAUCCGCCGCCGCCCGUCGGAACGCCGACGGGUUCCGGGCGCGUACCUAUCCGCGUCUUCGUCGUCCGCGGUCUAACACCGUCCGACAAACGGAAACAACAGCAACAACAACGGUCCGACAUACGCGGUUCGCUGACACCGUGGCCCGGCGGAACGCGACGACGAACGCGUCCGUGUCACACCGGGUGCGUUUCGCCAUCAUUUCAAUAACGCGUGCCGUGUGUGUGUUGUUUUCAGCCGUACAAACCGCCGGCGGCCAGCGGAUACGCGGAGAGCGGUAGCGACUUGGAGUACGCGGACGUGGACUACCGUAAUAUCUAUUACGGACCGAUCAAUUACAAACAGUCGUCUUGAACUACUGUGCGUAACGCGGUCGCGCGACUCGUUGAAAUUGAGAAGGAGAAAAAAACAAAAAAAAAAAACAAAAAAAAAAAUGUCCAAACAACGUUUUUGUUCCGCACGUCCCCACCCCCACCCCCUUCUACUAUAUCUAUAUCAUAAAAAAAAACCCCACUAUACACAUACACACACACACACACACACACACUAUUAUUUAUAACAAUAUGCAUUUUAAACCCUUAUUAAUACGACGCGACGUGUCUCGCGCGUGUCUAUGUGUUACGUUUAUGUACACGGAGAUACUUUUGUGUAACGUGUGUGACCGAUCACGGGCGUGCUAGCGACGACGGUAGGACGGGGUCGUUGUGUUCGGGGCAUCACAACCGUCCCCACUUCGCCCCGUUUGGCAGUGUUUUUUAUUUAUUUUUUUUUUUUUUCGGAUCGGUUCAAAUCGCACGGUAACCCUCCGCCCGUUCCGGUAAAGCGGAGGAGUGCGUCCGUUUCAAAAAAAUAAAAGAAAAAAAAAAAAAUGGAAAAAAAGAUGAAAAUCCGAGAGCACGCCGCCGCAGUGACCCGCGCGCGCGAGACCGUUUCUCUAAAUAAUAUAUCGUCGACACACACACACACACAAACAUACGCACACACACACACACACACAGGGUAUAUAUAUAUAAAUAUAACAAUUAUAAUUAAUAAACACGAUUCGAUCGAUUAUAAUAUAAUUAUAUAAUUAUUAUAUACACACCUCGUGCAGCACGCCGCGAUAUUCUGUCGCGUACAUUACGUCUUUCUCUAGUACGAUACCGUGUAGAUAACUCGCACUCAAUAAUCCUUCGCUCGUCCGGAAUGCAAUUCUCGCGUAACGUCACCCCGUAUGUUUCGCCCGAGUCCCCCCCCCCCUCCCCGUAGUAUUUUAUUAAAACGCGAUCAAAUCAAACCGAUUACCCGCCCCCGCAGAAAAAAAAAAAAAAAAAAAAAAAAAAAAACACGACCCGGUUUUAUUUCUCGUAUAAUAUGUAUAUGUAUGGUGGGGAGGGGGAGGGAGAGAGAGCACCCGGUACGCGCGCGGUUCGACGUAACGAUUAAUUGUGCGCGCCCACGUGUCCGACCGUCACCGAAUCGGUUCCCGCGUGAACCGGGGCGAACACGUCCGCGUCGUUGAAUCCCCCGCGGCACGGUAAAAAUGUUCAAGCGGACGGUUGACGGCGUGUCGGCAUUCCGCAACAAAAUCGAUCGCACCGGACUUCCGGGAGCCGAUUACAAUGUGUCCCCGUCGCCGGUAUGUUUCACUUUACACGUAUUGCGCCAUCGGCCAACGCGCUUUAUCCGAACGUACCGAUCUGCGAAAUGCGGCAUUUCGUUAUUGCCGGGUUCUCUCUCCUCUCUCUCUCUCUCUCACUCUAUAUAUAUAUAUAUUUAUAUGAUAUCACGACCUACCUAAUCCCGUAUUAAAAAAAAAACGAAAAAACAAAAAAAAAAAAAAUUAUUAUCGAAAUUAUCUAUCGUCAAUGUAAUUUACUCUAUUUCAUAUCUUCUUGUAUAAAAAAAAAAAAAAAAAAAAUUAUACUUAUAUGUAUAUUGAUUUGAUGUUACCUAUCUAAUAUAUAUUACAUACAAAUUAUAAUUAAUAGUAAUAAUAAUAACGUUGUGCCCGUGUAGCCGGUCGCUCGUCUGCGUUACCGCAGUCGUAUACAAUUGGACACUCGUCUGUACUCUGAAAAACGAAAAAAAAAAUCCUAUAACCCCGUGCCGUUUACAUUAAAACAACACGAUAACAAUAUUAUAGUUUUUUUGUCGUUUAGUUUUUUUUUUUCUUUUUUUCCGAAUACUAUUGCGUUCCGCCGACAAGUAGUACUUGGACAUUUUAAACUCGCCGAAAAUUAACGACGAACAACAGUGUCGUUUCCACCCGUGCGCGCCCUGCCACAAUAACGGUAUCACGAGCGUCGCAACCGGGAUUCAUCAACGGACGGAGGGGGUUACGACACCCGAACCUCCCCUCACUGGCCUUGCAAUUGUACCGUACUAUAAUCGUCGGCGUAUAUACGUUACGUAUUACGUUGUUCGCGGCAGAACGGCGGCAAUAUAACCGCUCCGCCCCUCGCCCGCCCCCCGCAAAAAAAAAAAAAAAACUAUACACUCGAUAAUAUUACUCGUUCCGUAGUGCGUUUAAAUGCAAUAUAAUAAUUUUUCCCCCCAAUCGCGUUCAUCGCGCACCGACGGCGUUACGGCGAUACAAUUGUUAUUAUUAUUAUUAUUAAGGAAAUUAUACAUUAAUUUCGGUAGUGAACAUUAUUAUAUCGUAUACCUAUAUUAAUAACGAUAUAAACCGUAGUGGAUAAAAAAAAAAAAAAAAAAAAAUUUAACGAAAACGUAAUAGACGUACUACUAAAUAUUAAUUAUAAUUAUAUUAUCAUUAUUAUUAUUAUUAUUAUUAUUACUAUUAUUACUAUUAUUACUAUUAUUAUGGUAUUUUACACGCGUGGCAGUAAUAAUGCGUACGAGUUUUUUUUGUUUUUUGCGGGCGGUUUUCCGUUACGGUGUCACGAAAAAUAAUACGUACAGCCCGUAGCGGCAGGUCCCGACGGGUUUCGACGGACAACGCGCGUUAUAAUUGUUGUCAUUGUCACGCGCGACAAACGCCGUACCGUACGCGAGGCGCGUGCACCGAACGGGAAACCGUCCCGCGUCAGUAAAAAACGUAUAUUUUUAACGUUUUUUUUUUUUUUUUAUUAUUAUUAUAUGUCUGCCCGUACUGCAGUCGCACGGCCGUAACGUUUCGCCCGCCGCGCGUUCGCGUUCGCCAUCAUCGACCGUCUCGAACGUUGCGAAUCGUUUCGUUUUCGGGUACCCCCCCUCAUCUCCCCCCUAACCGUCCCGCGGGGCGUCUGUUUGAACGCCGCGCGUAUUUACCACCCGUCCGCGCGCGGCCGAACCGGUUUCGAAUGCGCGCCGUCCGACAAACGCGGGCCGCGGCAAUCGUCGCGCGAAAAUAUUAUCGUUUCGCGAUAAUACGACAACGCUGUACGGCCCGUUCCCCCGGCCGCAUUGCGUUUUUCGGCAAACGUCCGCGGACUUUCGGUUCGGUUUCUCUUUCGCCGCCGUCGCCGGGGAGGGGCGGGGUAGCCCGCGGCGACAAUCACCCGCGGUCCGGUUACAACGAUCAGGUGUACGGGCGCGCAGCGGGUCUCGGCGCGCGCCUCCGUAAUGCAUCGCGAACGCGUUCCCGCGACCCGCGCCACUGUCGACUCCCGCGUUCAAAUAACACGCGAAACCGUCGUCCUCGUAAUAUUUUCGCCGAGCGAAACGCGAAACGCGACGACCGCGAGAACCCGAGAGGGAAUACCGUGGGUUCGAAUACGAUCCGGGAUCCAAUAUAAACGUACGGGGACGUACGUAAAAAGAAAAAAAACACCUCUAACACCGGGUUUUAUAACGUAGAUACGCCGACGGAGAAGAAAAAUCACAUCGAAAUACACCUAUUACGAUCGCGUCUUUCUUAUUUCUUUUUUUCCUUUUUUUUCCUUUUUUUUUUAACAGAAUUUUUUCCAACUCGUUCCCAAAUUCCCACAAUAUUCCCGUAACCGCCAUCUUUAUCGUUUUUUUUUUUUUUUACAUUACAACAAUAGGUAAUAGACGUAUUUUCACCGAUCGUUUUUUUCGCCUCUCCAUCCUCAAUACGCAACCGCGCAUCAUUUAUGUAUUUCGUACACCCGUAUACCUGGAUAAUUGGAAAAAAUCGAUUUUCUAUAAAACGCGGCUUUCUACACCUGGGACACGCGGUCGUGCGCGCGAUACGGGCCUUACAUUAUUAUAUUAUACAAAUAAUCGUACACAUAGGUAUAUGAAUGUUAUCACUUAAUUAUUAUCGUAAUUUUUAGACGAAAAUAUAUCAUAGAUUAUUAUAUUAUAUUAAACACGCGACGAAUACGCGCAUACGAUAUUAUAUUAUAUUACGCAAAAACUUUCAAAUUCAAACAAACUCGUCUCCGACUCGCCGAGAAAAAAAUAUCGGUCUAAUAUGAUACGCAUAAAACAGGUACGCGACCGGACACACACAUGAUUAUACGGACCUACCUGAACAUUAAAUACUAUAGAAUAACAUGCAAUAAUAGGUACACUUAGAUUUUUUUCCGCGGGAAAACAUUUUACAUCCGUUUUCGGUUUGUUAAAUUAAUCAAUAUCGUUCGGCGGUAAUAGAUUACGGCGCCGCCGUUCGUUUUUUUUUUUUAAAUAUAUCUUACGUUUACCAGCGGUGUUUCCGUAGGGUGUACACUAUACAAUACAACCUGUAAAUACUACGCCGCGUAUCCUCAACGUUUUGCCGAAAAAUCACGUGUACCCUGCGCACACUCUCAAAUAGUCGACAUUUUCAUAACAAUAAUAAUAAUCAAAAAAUUUUCAUGACGUCGUGUAGUAUUAUCGUUGCUCGUACACUAACCGUCUUUGCCACCGAAACCGUAAUAUACAAAUUGUAUUUAUUUCUAUGAUUAGAACUAAAAAUUUACGAUUUACAAUAGUUAUUUUUUUUUAUUUUUUUUUUUUUAAUUUUGAAUGUUUUAUUUCGGAAAUUUUAAUCUCGUUUUCUUAUAAUAUCGAUUUUUAUUGCCCUGUGCACAGUAAAAUCGGUACGUAAAAUAUCAAAUACCCUGCGUAAGGCACGCGGCAUGUUAUAGUGUACUCUCGAAAAACUUUACGGGAGCUCGGCUAAUGUUUUCCAUUAUAAAUUGAAAUUUAACUCGUUAAUAAAAAAAAAACAAAUAGAAUAGCCGCGUAUUUCCGAUUACGUAUUUGCUCUGUAGGUAUCGUAUUAGACUGAGGCCCGUUCUCACCAACAUGAACGUUGAUUUUUAAACGGAGUUUAGGAAACAAUCGAUCAACCGCGGGCGGUUAUCGGCUAUAAACUCAGUUUAAGAAUCAGAUAAACGGUUUUUUUUUUUUUUUUUUUAUUGUUGUACGUUGGUGAGAACGGCCUUUAGAAUAUUUCCGAGCGAGCGUCUAUGUCGGAAAUGCAUCGUGCAUUAUUAUUGUGUUAUACAAUAGUACGUACCCGCGUCCGAAAUCAUAAUAUAAUAUCGUAUCGCAGUAGAGAGAGAGACCGUUGGUUACCACCACCGUGUUUAUUGUUUAUUAAUUUCGUUGACAAUCACAAUUAUUAAAAAAAAAAAAAAAAAAGAAGCUUUUACGUUUACUUAUUUUUUCAUAUCAUAUAUAUAUAUAUAUAUAUAUAUAUAUAUAUAUAUGGUAUAAUAAUAUAAUAUAACAUAAUAUAAAUGAAUAUUGAAACGCAUACAACACAAUAUGAUAUUAUAAAACCGCGCGCGUUUGUUGAUUGUUAUUAUUAUUAUUAUUAUUAUUAUUGUCCCCGGUUAUGUUUAUUAUCACUACCUACGGGCGUAUACAGUGUGUUGUUGCCGUGUGUACAGUCGACUUUUUUACACCGUGCGCCUGUGUACACGUCAUUAUACAACAAUAUAUAAUAUCGUUUGUCGAUGAAGUAUCGACCCCACUUUGCACUAACCCCGAACGCCUAACGUUGUUUUACGAUAUUUUACACGCAUUUUACCCGUUGAAAAAGAUUACAAUAUUAUUAUUUACUGCAGAUACCGUUCUACCUAUGCCCACAUUAUUAUUAAUAUUGUUAUAUUAUUUUGUAUAUUUUGUUUUUAUUAUUCAUUAUACUUUAUCUAUUUAUUAGGUGCCUAGUGUACUUAUUAUACCUAUAGUAUAGUACAAUGGGUGUAACACUGCAAUCAUUUAUAUUGUAUACGUCUUUAUUUAUUAUUUGUAUCAUUAUUAUUAUUAUUAUUAUUAUUAUUAUUAUUAUUAUUAUUAUUAUUAUUGUUGUAUUAUUUUGCAUUUUUUACAUUAACACGCGGCAUUUGCGAUUAAUAUAUUAUUAUUAUUAUAUUAUAUUAUAUUCGUAGAUAUAUUGCGGUAAUUGAAGGGUGGUGGAACCUCCGCCGUUUGUAUUCUAGUCAUUAUUAUAUGAUAAACAAUAUAUAUAUAUAUAUAUAUAUAUAUUAUAAUAUAAAAAAAAGAAAAAAAUAAUAAAUUAAUAAUAAUAUUAUGUUCUGUGUGUCCUUUAUAUUAUAUUUGACGGUAUUUUGACGCUUAUCGUGACAAAACGUUUUCAAGUGUUUUAGACAUAUUAUAAUAGACCAUAAUAAAAUAUAUUAAUAUUUACUGUAAUAUUUUAACUUUUAAGUAGUUUAUUAUACUAUUAUUAUACCUAUCGAUAUAUUAUUAUUAUAUACGUUUAAAACGUUUUUUUUUAGUAUAGAAUUUAUUGUUAUCAUAUAAAAUGAAAAGUAAUUUUUUUUUUUUAAUAUUUAUGUGUAUCUAUAAUAAUAUUAUUGGUUAUCUAUGACGAUGAUAAUUUUUGUUUCGAUGAUAAUAAAAAAAAGUGUGAGAAACACAAAAUAUAAGUAUUAUUAUUUUUAAGCAAUGUCCGGUGCGUAUGUAGUAUGAGCAAACUGUAUCAUACAUUUUUACCAUUGAUCCUGCUCUGUGUGCUCAGCUGCGUACAAAACGAUAUUAAUUCAAAUUGUUAGGGGAUAAAACCUAAAAUUGUCCAUAUACAAAUAAUUUCCGGGGAGGGAUUACGUUCUCGUGUGUACGUACU